CUACCGCCGAUCGCUCGUAGACGCUCGGCGACAACGGUCCCGCGCGAAAAAGGACAUUUUUUUCAGGUUUUAAUUUUUUUUUAUUUCACUCAAAUUAAUCCAUUCAAUUAUCGUGGUCCGGUGUCCUCGUCUCAUCCACGGACCGAAUAAUCACCGAAAUGGACUCAAAUAUACCGGAUCCGGGUAAGCUUUAAUGGUUUUUUUUUUUUUUAAAUAACAGUCUAAUCAUUGAAGUUAUAAUAUGUUUGUUUUUUAUCCUAUGUUACAAAUAUUUGAGAGAUAAUAGAAUCUAUAAAUAAUAUAAAUUUAUAAAAAACAAAAAAAAAUUUAAAUGUAAAUUAGGUAUGGCUUAUUAGUAUCUCAAAAAAAAAAAAAAAAUGUUUUACCUACGAAUAUAAUACCGCUAAUGAUAUUAUACGUAUUAAAAAACUAAAAAUAAAAAAGCCUGUCGACAAACUAAACAAUUAAUUAAUACAAUUUGUUUACAAUGUACCUAAACAGCAGGUAAUAUAAAUAUUUUUUUUUUUUUAAAAAUAUAAACGCUCCACAAUUGAUUGCGUAGAGAAAAUCAGAUUAGAUGAAAAUUAUUUUAAAAAUACGAUUCAUGCAUUGUAUAUAUAAUAAAUACAUUUAAAACAAGUAUAGAUACUGUUGAUGGGCCAUUGUUGUAGGUGGGAAGUUAGGAAGGUAGACGGGAAAUUGAAUGUACAUCCUUACGCAAUGAUUCACCAUUGCUAAUGAAAAACAUUAGGUUAUUUAAUUUAUAACUGUAAGUAACAAUAAACCACUGCCAGUAAAAAAACAAUUCUGAAUGGAGUUUUGUUAUACAUAUUUUAAAAGUCUGUAACAAAAACGAUUUUCGUCAAAAUUUGGUAUUAAAAAUCUUACUAAAAGAUUUCGUUUCAGACAAAUGCUGUAUUUGAUAAAUCGAAACAAGAUUCUCGUAGAAAUGUGUACACAUUCUAAAAAUAAAAUUAACAUUAUUUUAAAACCAAUACAUUCCUUGCACCGCGCAAAAUUUAAACUAGAAAAUGUAAAAUAUACAUAAAAAAAAACAAAAAUCGCCAUAAUGUAUUGAACAUUUUACCACGUCCUAAAAAGUCCCUAAAGUUUCUAUGAAUAUUUUUAACUUAAUUACAACAAAAGAACAAAAUUUAAAAUCACGAAAUUAUUGUUUCUUAAACAUCAUAAGUUUUUCUAUGUUUUUUCCGGUUGUGCUCAAUCAUCACUACGCGGAAAAUGAAAAUUCUACAAAAAUGGUCUUUAGUUUUCUAUUUUAUCAAUAUUUCAGGCAACAAAAGUAAAUCGCAAACAUUUAAUAUAAUGCAUUGCAUUUGUAGUCCAUUUUAACUUUACGUCUUUUUUCAAAUGUUUUCAAAACUUAACUGGAAAAUCAAAAAAUUACUUUCUUUCUUAUUAACUAGAUCCAAAAUGCAAAAAAAUAGUUUCUUGUGAUUUUUUGAUCUAAUUAAUAUUUCUGUCAGAGUACAUGGUAUGUUUAAAUAAAUAUCGGUAACGCUAUCACUGUGAUUCGUAAACAUUAGUCUAUACUUUUUAUUCUAGUUUUACCCAAUUAUUUUUAAAACUCCUAAAAAAACAAUAAAUGAUCUCUUCGAUCCGUUAAUAUCUAUCGAUCUCAAAUGCUAUAAACAAGAUCUCCGGUCAAUUUUCGGUUGGAGCAAGAUUUUUGGUAAUAAUUGCUUACAGACACAAUUAAAACAAAAUAAUAAUAGUAACACUCAACAUAGUAAAACCAAAAGAUUUCUUGCUGCGUUCCGAAUCUAAAACUAAUGAUUGUGCUGAAAAACAGAAAAAUUAGAAAGUAAAAACAAAAUAUCAAAUACUUAAAUUUUAGGACUUAAUUUUUCCAAAUUUGUGUAGGUACUGAAUAGGCACUAAUAAUUUAAGAUACAUUAUUUUUUGAUUUACCCAUUAUAGCUACAUUCGUCGAUAGUGCAUAAAGAAAUAUUACAAAUCGAUCUGUGUUUACAUAAACAAUAUAAUAUAUUUCAUUUUUUUUUCUAGUUUUAAAUAUUCGUAUUUUUAGUUCUCUUUACGGUUAUAUUUUUUAAUAUUAAACAGAAAAAAAAAGCCAUUAUAAGAAGACGUCACAGUUCGUAACAUUUAUUAUCUCUGUUUCCAUCCAAAAAUGCAUCUUAAAAGUCUCAACGAGUACUUACUUUGGUUUUGAAAAUAGACUUCAAACAAAUUAAAUAAAUUCUCCAAAUUAAAUAAAGACGAUAGCAUUUACUACAAGUUUUCGUCGAAGGAUUAUUUCAUAUACGAUUCUCAGACAUAACCUACCAAUAUUCUUACAAGAAAAAUAUAAAACAAGUUUAUUUAUUUUUUUUUUAGUUUUCAUAAAAUACUUAAUAAUGUAAAAAAAAAAAUCUCAGUUUUUAAUUUAGUGAAAAAUGUAUUGUUUUAUUGUGGAUUGGAACCGGAGUACAUUAUUUGAAUUCCAUAUACACAAGUUGCAAGUUAAAAAUAUGACAUAGACGGUGAUUGUAAUUGUGAAGUAGUCCUUUUAAGAUUUUUAAGUUCGCUAUAUUCAUCAUUGGUGAACUUAUUGUAAAUAGUAUUAAUAAUUAAUAUUGAGCAGUAUCACGGAUGUAUGUGUUUCAAGAAUAUAAUCUACCGAAAUCAUACACAUUUGCUAGUGUAUGAAUUCAGAUUUUUUUAAUUUUAUUACUUCUGCAGUGAAUAGAUUUUUUAUAAUCUGUAGAAUUCUUUAAAUGUAAUUAUGUUAUGAUUUAAGUGAUUUGUUUGUCUAUCCAUUAGUUUUGGAAUUUUUGCAAACCAUGUUUUCUAACAAAAAUAUUGCUCCUAUAGAAAAAAAAAGAACCAUUUUUGUUGUAUUUUUAAUCUUGUUAGCGAGUAUUAGUUUCGUUUUUUGAUAUUCUCUAUGGUUUUUUUAAUAAUUGAGCGAAGCCGAAAAAAAAAUCAUUGAAAGAAACAGGUAAUCUACGUAAAUCAUACUUUUAUUACUAAAUAAUUAUUAAAUAAUUGAAAUUUUGUACUUUUGGUUUUUUUGUUAUAAUUCAGUUAAAAAUAUUCGAAAAAUUUAAACUUUGAAAACUAUUAAAAAAAACGGUUAUUUUCGAGCUAUUUAAUACUUUUUUGUGUUUGCAAAUUUAUUAAAAAAUUUUCAUUUUUUUGGGUGCUUUAUAAAACUGUUAGGCUAUUCAGAAAUAUUUGAAUAUUUAACGGUAUAUAUGUUCAUUAUACAACGUACUACUUGGUGUGAUGAUAAUAAAUAAAUAAAUAAAUAUAUAAUAAUAAUAAUAAAAACAAAAAUAGAGUGUAAUGUAGUAUUUAUUUUUUUAUAAGAGUUUUAAUAUCAAAUUUUGGCGAAAAUUGUAAAUAUUACAGUCUUUCAAAACAUGUAUAACUGAACUUCGCUCCGAAUCAUUUUUCAUUAGUUGAAAAAUAGUACAUCGUUGUUUACAGAUAUAUAUUAAAUAACUUAAUAUGUACUAUGUUCGCAAAUUCCCACUUACUAAAAUGGCACACGAGUAAAAAAAAACUAAUACUGGUUCUUUUUUAAAAUGAAAUUAUAAUAUUUUAUGUGCAUUAGGUACGGAAAAGUUAGUGGCUCUUUCUUCCAAAUAUAAUGGGCGCCCAUAUUUUGUUAUACAUGUUCGUUUAUUAAAAUAAAUCUUUUGAGUUGUAACAAAUAUUCAAUAAAGUGUUGUGAAAUCAUGAUUGUGACAUAAUUGAAGUUAUCUGUUAUCUUUUACAUAUCUUUGAUACAUUAUUAUUUACUAUAGAUACUGUUUUUACUGCGUAUCUUCUAUAAUUUAUAUCUUUUAUUAAGAGCUGUAAAAUUAAUUAAUUAAUUUUGAUAUUUUUUUUUUUUUACAUCUUGCUCAACCUUGUUCAUAAUUUAGUAGUAUAAAAUUUAAAAAUCAUGGUGAUUUUUAAAUUGGUAUCCUAAUAUAAUUAGUCUAUUAUAUCGAUGUUGCUAGAUAAGAAUUCUCUCAACAUUACGAUACAUCUAUAAAUACGAUUUAUAAUAAAAUUUUAAAUUUAAAGUUUUAGAAUCAGUGGCCUAACAGCAAUAUUACUUCUUUUCCGUACUCCUACAGCUAGAUACAGAAUUUAAUGACGACAAAAAAUGCAAAAUAAUUUAUAUUUUAUUCAUAUCUGUGUGUUUGAGCUGAAAUUACUCUAAUGAUUUAAAUACACUUUUUUCAUAAUAUAUACAUAUAUUAUACAUGUAGGAUUUUAGGUACGUAAUAAAUAUAAGUGUUUUAUAUAUUUACAUAAUGUUAAUAAAAAUUGGUUGUUUUCCACGUUUUGGGUUUUGAAAUAAUUAUACUUUAUAAGUAGGUAUUAUUUUCAAAUGUCGUAAAUUACGACACUCGACUCAUGGCAGUUAACUCUAGAGAAAAUUUUUUUUUUCAAUACGUGAAACUACAUUUUAAGUGUACACUGUACACUAAUAUAUGAUGGCCAAUAAAUCAUUAUCGAGAGAUGGACUGACGGGCAUGUGUAUUCAACACACUGUGUUCUCAUGUUUCCCUUUGCUUUAGGUUAGCAAAUUUAAAAUUAUAAUUUUUGCACAUUACAUACAAAUUAAGAUGACAGACUCGAUAACUUUUGAUUUUCAUUAGUAAGAAAAUGUUUAACCUUUAUAGACAAACUAACAUUUUUUAAAACGCUUUUUAAUAAUAAUAGUUGUUUAUUGUAACCAAAAAUAAUAUGAGCUUAUUACAACAUAACAAUAAAGCAUAUAAUCAUGGUUACACAUCACCUAUAAGCAUUGCUUGAGAUGGUGAUGUUGAUUUAAUAUACAUUAUAAUAUAAUAAAUAUAAUAAUAAUAAAAAAAAAAGAAACAAGAAAUAAAAAAUUUCAGGCAAAUCAGUAAACAUAUGGUAAAUGCAUACUAGUAUAAAAAUUAAAUUAAAGAAAUUACAAGUACAAAAUGAUAAGUAUAUUAUAAUUUUAAAACUUAAGAUAUUAACAUUUAGUUGAAAACAACUUGUAUAAAAUGUAGAUUGUUAAUUAGUAAAAUCAAACUGAUUGAGAAAAAAUAAAUAGUUUUUUUUUCAAAAAAACCAACUAUUCUACCUUUAAGAUAUUUUUCCAAAAGCUUAGAAAGUGAUAAAAGUAAAGAAAUAAAACGAUAACUAUUAUAGUCAAUUUUUUCUUCAUUUUUAAAAAAAAUUGAAUAACUAUACAAAUUUUAAAUAAUUGAGGAUAUUCGCUAGCUGUUAAUGAUAAAUAUAAAAUUAACAUUAAUGGAAAGGAAAUAGUAUUUGAGAUUUUUUUAAAAUACAAUUUUACAGUAAAUUUUCAAAAUAUGAAGUGUGCAAUUCAGAUAAUAUUGUUGAGAAUUUAUAAAUACUUAGAUGGAAUUAUGUUUAACUUUUAUCUUUAUAUGGGUUAUAUAUCACUUAUAUGAGGUUCUAAUCGUGUUCUAAAUCUAACUCUAUCAAUUUUUUAUUAAAGAUAAUUGUUUACUCUUUGAUAGAACGCCAUGUUGCCGAUCGAAUUUCACAAUUAUACAAUAUAAAUAGAUCACAACAUAAUUAGAACAUAUUCUAGUUUAUACAGUUUAUUUGUAUUUUUCUCCUUCAAAAAUUUCGUUAAAAUAACUUCUAUGCAACUUAAUGAUAGAAAUGUAUUACAAAAAUUCAGUAUCAAUCUGAUUCUAUUAUUUGACGGUAGAUUCAGUACCUAUAUAGAUUUAAUAUGUAGGUAUUUUUCAUAAAAUACUACACCGAUAAUUUGUGUUCCAUUGAGUUCCACUCGCCGAUAUCGAAAUGGGGUCAAUUUUUUGAUUUUUCUGGUUCGAUUUGCGUUCGGUUAUGUUCAGCUCAUUUAUAUUAUUGCUUCCGCAAUCGGCUAAAAAGGGUCGGUUAUUAUUUUAAUAGUGUUAGUGUUUUACUAGUGUUAAAAUGUGAAACACCACAGCUCAUUUUGUGUAUCUUGAAUAAUUCAACUAUCCAAACAUUACAUACGUAUAUCAUAAGGUCCCUUACAUUUUGCGUAUAUAUAUAUAUAUAUAUAUAUAUAUAUAUACAUACUAGCACUUGAAAUAGGACAAAUGAGUUUUGCGGUUUUGUUGCCGCAGCCGACAUAACGACAACCAGAAAUAUAAACUAAACGACAUUUUGGCUUAAACGGUUUGCCCAGAAGAACAAAAUAGAAUUAUAUAGGGUGUUAGAGUAACAUUUACUGCGCUGACCGUUGACCUAAAUCCGGUCCUGUCUGUAUAUCUCUUUUUAUGUAUUUUGUUUUUGUUUUUUGUAUAUAUACUCAUUUUUACAAUAUUUUUUGAAUACACACAGCAUAACAUAUAAUUAGAUUCUGAACAAAACGACAAGGUUUUACAAAAAAAAAUUUUUAAAAAAAAAUACUGAAAAUAAAUUGUAUGGUACAUCAGUGUAACCACGAUAGUUUACCCCCGUGUCGAUUUCCUUUACGGGGUAAUUUUUUACGAGAAAAAUUUGAACACGGAUUGACCAUCAGCUGAUAAAAUUUCACAAGUGAUAAUAAUCCCUUAUCAUUACGUGUACAAAGGUUUAAAAACUAAGAUUGAAUAAAUAAUAAAAGUAUGGAACUCAAAAUUUGAAUAUAUUUUCACUAAUACCUACAUUUCUUAUAUUUUCUCGUUUUUUUUUCGGUUAUUAAAAUUUUAUGAGAAAACUCCUAAGAAAUCGAAAAAUAACCUCUUUAGUGAAAUUUCCUUUUAAAAACAUUGCUAUCAUUAAAAGUUGGAGCAAAAUUGCUAGUAAAAAAGUUGUUUACAGAUUAAAAAAAAAUAAACAUAUUUGUAAAACCCACAAGUUUUUUCGAUCCACUCUGAAUUUAAAAAAAGAUAAAAUAGUUUAAUUCUGCGAUUUUUGCCAUCUUUCCAUGUCAAAACUGGAUUUAAUUGGGACCGGAUGAAAUUAGGAAAUAACUACUCUGCCCUCGGUAUGAAAUUUGGAUUUUUAUUCUGGCCCCGUACAUAAGUAGUAUGGAACGGAAUUCAUGUGAAGCCCAAUUUCUAUACUCCAGAAGACUUUCUUUUCAGGUUUGUUAGCCAAUUUCUGACUUUUGUAUGGUUUCUUUGGAAGAAAAACCUACUUUAAUUAUCAUUUGUCUAAACCAAUUAAAUAGACCAUCUUCAUACAGUGCCAAUAAUAAUAGUGGGAUUUUGCACUUUUAAUAAAGAAGGUGUUUAAUUAUCUAUACAAAUGAACAUAUUGUAUAAAAUACAUAACUUACGCUGGCACAUGCCCAAAAACGGCACCAGACUUCCGUAUAUAGUUUUAUUCAUUAUAUCGAUUCUCUCUGUAAAAGACUCCCCUCCUCAUCCCUUCCGCCCCCGAUAAUUGAUUGCAGGGAUCAUUCAUUCAGAGUCUUCCGGCAAUUUCUUUUUACGAUCUCAUUUUGAAAAACGUCAAGACCUCUGUAGCUCGUUCGCGCCAAAUCUUGCUCCGCUUGACGUAUCCGUUUGAUUUUCCACCUAUAGGUACUUAACUAUAUUAUAUUAUUUAUAUGAAACACUAACGGUCAGAUAAUUAUUCAGCAUAGUAUUAGUAUUAUUGUUAUUACAUUGAUACGGCUAAUUUGAGCGAUAAGGUUAGAAUUUUUCACACUGCACUUGUCGUAUUAUUUGAAUAAUCGAUGAUUUAAUAAUUAAUUUAUAGAUCGUAAUCAAUAAAAUAUUAUAACCGAAAGAUUACGAACGAAUAAAUGAUUAAAAUAUGUGUUUUUUUUUUGGUGGGUGGAGUGUGCCUUUAUACCCGUUUCCUCAAACAAAUUCGUGUCCGACCAUUGACUAUUUUUGGCUGCUUUUCUUCGUUUGUUUCUUGAAUCUACCGAAUUAACAUCCCUUUUUAUAUUCCUGCAGUAUUUACAUAUUAGACGAGGCAUUUCUAGAAGUUUUUCCUCUAUUAAGCCUACUUCAAUACUAACAUUAUUACCGCUCUUAUCAUAAAACUAUUACAUGUUUCCAUAAAACAUUAUUACGCGAAUAAUUAAAAAAAAAAAGGAAAUUUAUAUAAUUCUAAUUGAAUUUUAAUGACGAUUUCCGAACAUGCAUUUGUAUAAUUAUGUUUAAUUCCGUGUUGUUUACCGGUGUUGAAGGCUAAUAUUAAAAAAAAAAAAAAAAAAUGAGGAGUUUAUUAACAUUUUUAAACUAAUUAACUAAAUAUAUUUAUAUAAUACAUAUUUACCGGAGAGUUUAAUAGUGCUUUUAUUUUAUAAAAUUACUGCAUCGGUCCUUUAAUAGUUGAAGAUUACUAUUUUCGGACAAUGUAAAUCGUAUUUUAAAAUUAUUUUUAACGGUAAAUAAAAAUAUGUAUACAUUUCGUUCAAAAAUCAAACUAAAUAUUUAUUUAAUUCAAGACGAUCUCGGCUGGAUAUUUAUUUAACUUUAUUUAGGUUAAUGUAAUAAGGUAGGUAAUGAAAUAUAAUAAUCAAUUUUAAAUAAUUAUAAAAUGUAUUUUAAGACAAUUUUUUGUAAUUUAAAUUAGAUUAAUUUUUAUACUUUAUUUAAUACUACUUAAGUAAUGAAGUUAGAAUUAAUUUUUCCAAUCUUUAAUGAUUCGCGUUUUAUAUUUUGACUGUGAUAUACCUGAUGAAUUUUUAAUUCGAAACCGAUCGUAUAAUACAAUUAUCAUAAUACUCCAGACGACGCAUUGAUUCAUUUAUUUAUUUUAUUUUUAUACAUACAUUUUUUAUUUAUAUAUUUAUUUGCUAUAUUUUUUUACUUUAAUCUUUAAUAGUUUAUAAAUCUAAAGUACAUUUAAGAUAAUCAUUUUGUUUAGUAAGUACCUAGGUUCUAGGUAUACAAGUUUCGUUAUACAACGUAUUAUAGUAACUAAAAGUAUUUUUUAAGAAAAUAGAUAUAAAAUGUCUGAUGUAAAAUAAUGUGUACAGUUUUUUUUCACAUUUAUUUUGAUGUAUGAAUGGAGAAGAUAAUAGUUUUAUCAUUAAAUGUGUGUGUGUGUGUGUGUGUGUGUGUAUGUACGUAUUUUUUCUCUUGGAAAACAUUUAUUGUGGUAGUAAAAAUUGUUCAAUUUCUUCGCAUAGAAGAAAAUAUCUUGAUUCGUAAACGUUGUUUUAUGCAAUUUAAAUAAUUUAUAGCAAAUACCCAUGCAUAGGUUUUACUUUUGUUGAUUUCUAGGCUAUCUAACCUAACCUUACAAGGGAAAAAAAACACUGCUAAAACUACUCCGGUCAGAAUCCUACUUUGAUUUUAAUAAUUUAUCGUUGCUUUCAGUACCUAUAAAACUUGAAUUGCCGAUAACCUAUGUAUUUUAAACUUUCCACCUACUACAGUGGCCUACUCAUCAUACGUACGGUUUCUUUUUUUACUUCGUUUUUAUAGUCUUCCGCGUCUAUUAAUAAAAAUAUAUACAAAAAUUCUAUAUGCAUACUUACAUUAUAUUAGCUUUAGUAUUAGUAGUGUAAAUAGUCUAACCGUUAUUUGGCCGAGUUUUAGAUUUUUCCAUUUUGGCGUUUCACAAAAAAAAAAAAAAAAAAACUAAUAAUAAUAAAUUAGCUAUUUGAUUUUAGCAGGUUAGUUCCAAAACACAUUUACCAUGAGAUGCAUUUCUCUCUACAUAUUUUAAAAAUAAUAUCACUAAAACGUCAUCUAAUAUUAGCUCACAUUAAUAAAAACGAUUUUUGUUCGUUUAAAUGAUCUUACAGAAAAAUAAUUUGUAUUGUAAUUGGCUAAUCUUUAUGUACACACAAUUCGUCUAUGUUAAUCUGGCUAUACUUGCAAUUUUAUUUUACUCACUAUAUUUGUGUUAAACCUCUAUAUAUAUUAACUUAAUUUUAAUUUUAAAUUUCGUAAAUGAGCAAAACUAUUUAUUCAAUUUUUAAAUUUAUUAAAAACUAAUUUUUCUCGAAUUGAAAAAAUUGACUUGGAUAGCUCAGCACCUGAACCAGGGUUCUUUACAUAUAUUCUUUAUUUGUUAUUUAAUAUUCCAUUUCAUCUAUAUUUAAAAUCAUAGUUAAUCGAGAAGAUUACAUUUUUUUAUUCUAUUUAUUAAUAUUUGUCUACGCUAUCGUCAUGAUGAAUGCCGUCUUUUUGAGACGUGCCAAAAUGUAUACAGUCCAAUUCAUUUUUUACUAUAAUAAAAUUAUACUGUAUCACGUAUUUUUGAAAUAUAUUUUAAUAAAGUUAACGCUAUACGCAUUUUUAUAGCAAUUGUAAAGUGGAAAAAAUUAUUUUAUUGUUAUUUUGUAAAAAACUAUAAAAUAUAGUAGUAUACGUAUAAUAUAGAACUGAUCUGGUCGAAAUAAUUCGUGGUUGUUGCUUAUGUACCAAUUAUGAUAACGGCAAAACAUUUUUUAAACAGUAAAUUGUUGACUACGGUAACUCUAAAUUCGAGCUCGCCUCUCUUGCCGUUUAUUAUAAUACCUACUUUACAGAACGGAAAUUUGUAUUUUUUUAUUUCGUUAUAUUAGAAAUUAUUCAGAACGUUGAAUUCCAAGUAUAAUCCGUUUUCUUUUUUAAAUUUAUUCUAGGAAUAUAGAUAUUUUGCUAUUUUUUUCACUUUCGUUUCGUUUAUCAGGUGUCCUAUAAUAUUGUUGCGGCAAAUUUUCGGCUAUUUUAUGUCCAUCUUUUUGUUUGUCAGAGGCUUUUUCUAAUUUCUAAACGAAAUAUGAGAUAUCGGUUUGAAAUGCUUAUAUAAUAUUAGUUAAUCAUAUACACUAUAAACAGAAAAUCCAAAAAAAUUGUACAAUACAUAUUAUUAUAUUGCAGAUUUAUAUUAUAUUAUUAUUAUUACUAUCGAUUAAUAUAUAUCUAUAUUUAUAUAAUAAAUUUAAAAAAAAACAAAUCGUAAAUGUCAUUAUAUACGCAAAUGCAUAUUAUUAAUUUGUAAGGUCGAUAACCCUGGGUAUUUGAAAUGAUUUCUGAUUAUGAUUAAAAUGUCUUAUUUUAUGUAUAUAAUUCGUAAAGUUGUCCAUAACACGAACUUCUGUGUGUAUGUGUGUUAAAUUGGCACUUGAGUAUUUUUAGAAUUAAGUUUUAUAUCAUUUAAAUCAAAUGCUGGGCAGUAACUAUGUAGUUCAAAAGUUAAAAAUUAAGCUGUAACUUAUUUUAUAACUUUUAAAUUAAUUAGUUUAAAAAAAUUAAAAUGUUAGAAAUCAAUUUAGUAAUUUCUUUUUAUAAGCUAUUUAACUGAAUUUAAUUAUUUUGGUAAAAUUUAAUUAAUUUCUAAAGCAUUAUUUAGGUAUGAGUUUUUUUUUUUUAUGAUUACUGUAUGUUUAAGUUCUUUGUACUUUUAUUUCUAUGAAAAUGAAUAUCAUUUAUUACAUAACAAGACAGGCAUACAUUCUAUAGGAUACUCACAUAAGUCUUGUACAGUAUAUAUACACAUACACAAGUAUAACCUUAAUACAUAAUACGUCUAUAAGUGUAAUUAAAAGUAAUAAAUCGUAAAAAAAUAAUUUAGAAAUUAUCUUAAGUUACUAUUUUUCCGACAAUUUGUAACAUAACUUAGUUACUCAAAUUCGUUUAUAUUUUAACGCUUCACUGGGUGCAUUGUCACUGGUGCAUCAUAUAGUUUAAUAUAGUUUGGUUAUAACCGAUUGAGUACAAUUGGCCAUAUUUAUGCUUCACCGAAAUCUAUAACUAGAAACUAAAAUUGAUUUUUUUUUUAAACUUUAAUGAAAUUUUCGUGUACAUUUACAUAUUAUUAAAUAAAAAAAAAAAAAAAAUUCAUGCAAUUAAGUAAAAUUUAACAAGCGUUUUUAUAAUUAUUAUUUUUCUUUUAAGAUAACUUAUACUAGUUAAAAAAAAAUCAGUUAACGCGUCCACUUAUCGUUUUAUCUGUGCUUAAUAAAAUAUAUAAAUACCUAUUCAAAUAUUCCAAAUUUAUGUUAUAGACGCGUUAUUUAAAUAACCGCAUAAACCGUUUCCUGUAGUGUAUCGGGCAAUCAAGAAUCGAUUUUGUUUACAUCCCAUGUUAGAACCUCUGACUAAUUAACACAGAGUUGAGUUUCAGAAACCAUAUAUCGAUGUUUUGUUUAUUUACGAUCGACCAUUGGCUAGAGCCACGUGUUUUGGCGCCAUCGAGUCGAAUACAAAGUUAUACCAUUUUCACUAGGUAUACUAGUUCGUAUAAUAUGUGUUCCUAAAAUAAAACUAUUCAUCUUCUGAGCGCUCUUGGUGUGCAUUUUGGUAUGUUAUGAGUACGUUAUCAUUAUUUAUUUUUGGAUUGUACGUUCUACAUAUGAGAAUAAUAUUUUUGUUUUACGUUAAUGUUUUGGCUACUUUUAAAUACUCGGAAACUUACUAUACAAAGAUAAUCAAGAGUAUAGUUUGUUAUUAUUAGUUAAAAACUUAACAAAAUAAAGUUGGUCAUGAUGUCACAAUUCGCUUAUAUUGAAGUUUAAAUUUUGGACGAAACUCGUAUAAAAAUCACGCAAAAUUAUAAAUUAUAAUUUUAAAAUGUAAUAAUUAUUAUUAUUUAUAAGUUUAAUGCAAUUUUAUUUGAUCGAAGAAACUUUUAAUCAGGCUCUACUCUGUAGAAUCGUAUUUUUUCAAUUUUCAAUGAUUUUUCGAAGGUUUAAACUAAAUUGCCUUCAGAUUUUUUUUUUUUUUAAUAAUAAUUUCUGGCUCUUUUGUUUACGGAAUGAAAAAAAAAAUUGCUAGGGAUGAUUGCUUUCAUCUUCUUCAUUAUCUUUAUACUUGUUUUGUUUUUUUCUAAUUUUUUUAGAAAACAAAUUUUCACUGUAUCAUGUUCGAUCUUAUAAAAAUUGAUUAUUUGUAUAUUUAUAAUUGAAUCUUUUUUCAAUAAUCAAUUAUUUUGAACAAUUCUAUGCUUCUAGCGGCUCUCUCUGGUUAAAUGAGGCAGUGAAAAGUGAAAUGAUUUAAGAGGUAAAUUUCAAUCCGAUUUUUAGCAUGUUUCGGGAAAGGGGAAUAUAUUUUUUUUAGCUUCGAAUAUCCUUAAAGAACUUUUAAAUUAAACUAGAUGAUGAAUGAAAUUUUGAAUAGAAAUUGAGUUGGUUCCCCCCCUCCAGGAUAUGCCUUUUGUUAGUUUCGACUUUUAAUCUUUUUUCUCUCCAUUUGCAUUACUAAUUUUACAAUUAGUUGUGGAAAUAUUGUGAUUUUUUUCUACUUUUAUUAAAACUUAAAGAAAACUCAUAAAAAAUUGUCAGAAAAACUGGAAUAAUAACUAUUAAAAUUUUCCAGUUUGUAAUGAUCUAUCGUUGCGUUCUGAAUUUAAAUUAAAUUACCGUCACCUCUUUUUUUUAAAACAAAUUUAUUUUUGGUUUCCUCUGUCAUUGUGUAAUAUGAAUUUGUUAGAGAUGAUCGUUACUUUAUAAACUCCUUCUUGUACUUGUUUUUAUCGCGUUGCAAUACUCAUUUCUAAUAUCGAUUAUCACGUUACUCCGCGUUUAAGUUUUAAAUUUAUAAUUAUUUUGAGGACGUGUCUAUACUACAAUCUGCGAGUUGUUGAUUGGCCGGCGGUCGUUAUUAGGCUAAUGUUAUACGAAUUUCAAAAAUAGGUCAUUUGCUGGAUCGAGCAAAUUAUAACGACAGUUUGUAUAGUGUUUUAUUGUUGAGAACCGAUCGAACAUUCGCGGUGUAUAAUACCUACGAUUAAACGAUUUUGUUUGUCACCGUGUUUCCAUAAACGACACUCAAUAACAUUCAUAACAACAAUACCAAUAAUUAUAAUUAUUACACGAGUUAAGUUUAAACUCACGAACAAUAAUAAUUAUUCAUAGUGCUGCAGGGUAAACGGCCGGCGAAUGAAACGUUAAAUUCGAGUGGACACGUCCGCCAAAAACCAUUAUAAUAGGUACCUAUCUGUCAGACUAUAUAACUUUGUCGAUUUCGCACGCAACCUAGUACCUGCGCAUUACGAAUUUUUCGGCACAGGUAAAACAACACAAUAAUUCUUGGUACUAUGGUGUUUCCAGAAUUUUUGAGUGCAUCUCAGUUUUUCUAUUGGUUUACUAUCGUGACAAUGACGACGACGCGACGGUGGUAUUACGAUGAUAAUCUAUACUACAUUUUUUAAGAUUCUGAACGUAGUAAGGAAUUUAUUGGUUUUACUAUGAUGUGUUUUUUUUCAUGUCUGUAAAUAACUUUUCUACUAAAAAUCUUACUCCGAUUUUCGAGUACAUCAAUUUAUCUGGAAGAAAAUUGUUUCUAAUUAGUGAAUUAAAGAUGUAAUUUUUCGGUUUUUCUUUGUUUUGUUUUGUUUUUUUUGAAAAAAUUGAAAAAACCUAUCAAAAAUGAGAAAGUUUACAGCAAUACAAUUUGCAUUACUUUCGAUUUAGUUUUAGAAGUAUUUCAACUAUAAAUUUUUCUCCAAGUUUCAAGUAUAGCAUUUUUUCAGAAGAUAAUUUCGUCUAGAUAACUAAAAGAACGUUUGUUCUUUGUUGUUUUCUAAAUAACUGGAAAAAACAGGACAUUUUACGAAAGUAAUGAAUUUAUUAACUACAAAAUUAUUAUUAUUUUUGUUGUAAUUCGGUUAAAAAUUAUCAUAAAGAUCUGAAAUUCAUACAUAAUACUUCUUUCAGUCUUUUAUACAUUUUCGAAUGUGGGUACUUAACAUAUUCAUCUUAUUUAGUUUUUAUUUUAUUUUAUGUGGAUUAAAUUGUUUUUUUUUUUUUUUGGCCGAGUAUAAAUACUUGACAAUUUCACACGAGAUUCAUUAUAAAUUGUAUUUUGAGGUCGAAAUAAAAACAUUUUUUUAUAAGUAUGUUAUUUUGAUAUAUUGAUGAAAAUCUUAAAAAUUAUGGCAUUUCAAAAUACCUAGUCUAACAGAACUUCGCUCAAAACUGUAUUUUUUACUAGCAUUGAUAUUUAGGUGUGUUUAUUUAGAAACAAAAUUACUUUAUUUAUUCUACUCUUCUAACUUCUCAUUUAAAAUAAUGACACGUUCAUCAUUAGUAUUAGCUCUCGUGUUUUGUUUUUCAAAGAUUUAACACAAAAUAAAAAAUAACACUUUAAUAACAAACUAUAUUAUACUAGGGUGGUCCGUAUUUUAAUGUAAAAUGCAUUUGUUUUAUUUACUAAGAAUAUAACUUACUCCAAAUAAAUAAUAACUCGAUUUGCGUAACCAACGUUAAAAUUGAACAUUUUUCUUUUUUCUUUUUUUUUCGAUAUUCUGUCGUUAUCGCAUUAUUGUAUACUAAUAUUUGGAACCAAUUAUAAGUAGAUAGGUGAUUCUUACUACCUUUUGAUAAAACUAUCAGUUGACAGUUGUUCACAAAACAGGAAUUCGGUAGAUCGAUUCCGACAUGGCUUUAAGGGAUUUACCUCGGUGAUAUACUCAAAUGGAUGUGGAACUCUAGAGAGUAAAUGGAAUAUUGACAUUGGUCGGGUUAUCGCGGGAUUUAGUGAACGAAACUCUUUGUCGUUCGGAACGCGUCUAUAUAUUUAAUAUAUAGACACAAUUUUAACUCGAUUUACAUUCGUUUUUCCGUCCUUCGUCCAUACCAAAACAGGCCUCAUACCAAUUACUACAGUAGUGAAAUUAAUGUUUAAGACUGUAUUAGUCACAGUUUAAUAAGAUCAGAAUAACGUAAGACAAAUUCGGAAGAUAUGGAAGAUUAAUAUUUAGAUAUUUAAAAGUUUAAAAAACAAACUAGAGCUCUAAAUUGUUAAAUUUAAGUUAUUUUUUUGUUACUCUUAUUUUGUGAUUUUUUUUAUAAAGCAUUAAUAGAACUCUAAAAGUAUUGCUAUAAGUAAACAAAAAAAAAUUUAACGAUAAAAUGUAAUUUAUAAUUACUAUAAAAUGUAUUAUACAUUAGAAUUGCGUUUAAAACAUUGCGGUUAGCAGAAAAUACGAUUUUUAGAAUUGAAAAUAAAAUCAAUUCUAUAGGUAAAUAUAGAUUUAUACGAUUUACAAGCGUGUUAUAUUUGUUUGUGUUUGUUUGUUACUGCCGUUUUUAAUUGUUUACUAUAGGUGUCUAUGUAUUUAUCAGUAUGUAAUAGCUCGGCUAUUAAAUUUUCAAGUUUUUAAAAAGUUUCAUUGAAACUUUUAUGGAGAAAACUGAAAAAUUGCUGAAAAUAAUUACGGUAAUACUUUUCUACCUACAAAUUAAUAGAAACAUUUUAAUUCCAAAUAUAGUUAUUUGGCUGUUUUUCAUUGUUUUAAAUUUUAAUCCACGGCCGAAAACCUUAGUCCUAUAAUUAUAAUUAUUUUUUCUUUUUUUUUACUUAAUACAAUUAUUAUAAUCUGGUCACUGUCGCUGGUUGUAUAUAACUUUGAUACCCGAUGAUCAUAAAACAUAUAUUAACCAAUAGCGUUUACAAUCACACAGAAAUCGAAAAAAAUAUUCCAGUUUAAUACAACAGAAAAAUAAAUUGUUAAACUUGCUUUUAAUAUCGUACGUUUCAAUAUUUUCCGUAAAUAUAUAUGUCUUAUUAGUUCAGACUUGAGCAGUAUUCCGAAAAAUAUUAUUCUGAAUACUGAAAUUAAAAUACUAUUUAAAUAUUUUAAAUAUUUGUAACAUUCUUUUUUCGAUAGCAUUUAUUACUGUAUUCCAAAUAACUUAAAAAAAUAUUUUAUUCUUUAAACAAUUUCCUUUCUAAUUUUAAAAAUGGUCUUUUCUCAUUUUUAGAUAAUGAAUAUUUUACUAUAAGAUGUGUGUAUUUUUUCUUUAGAAAACUCUUUUUUAGUCAGUACAAAUCUUCGAAUAUUUCCACUCAUUACUUUGAACGAUACGAAAUUUCUACUCAACGGUACUUUUUUGAAAUCUUUUUAGAAAUUCAUAAUAGUUUGCAAAUAAUUUGGAUUGUUUUAAAAUGUAUUAAAAUCUGUUUAUUACGCUGUAGGAGUCAACCAUGAAUACAAAAUGUGUUAUAAAAUCCUAUAUCUGUCCUUAAUUUAUAAAAUAAUAUUUGUUUUAAAGUUUCGUUGAUGUAUUCCUAUAAAAUAAUAGCCGAUAUAACUUUCAAAAUUAAUUAACAUAACAAUGACGAUAUACUACCCCCGACUUAAUCUGCAACAUUGACACGGUGACAUUUUUCGGGAUGUAACCUACUAGGUAUAUAUUUUAGUUUAAAUUAACUUUCACAAGUUGAUAAUAUUUUUUGAAUAUAAAUAAAUUUACAUUUUUCGGUAAGAAUAUAUUUUAAUACUGUAGUAUGCUGACGACAUAGGGAAACAAAAUCAAUAUAAAAUAUUAUACGCUUAAUACAUAUAUUGAACUGCAUCGUGUAUUUGCCGCAUCUCAUACAUCUAUCGUCCAUUUUAAAUUAUGUGAACAUAUGGUUACUUUUUUUUUACUGGUUUUAUGGAGUACAUCGAAAUAUAAGUUCUGUUAAACUGCAGACCACACGCGCUCUAUUGUUUUGUAUAUAUAUAUGUAUACAAUAUAAUGUAAUAAAAUUUCAAGAAUACGUUACACAACUUAAAUUUAAAGUUUCGAUAAAGCGUAACAAGGGCACUGUGGAAAUAUCGCUUUAUUAUAUUUUUACGGUUCAUAAGCAUUUAUGUUGUAUUUAAAUAUACGCAUAUGAUAUCAACAUGUUUGCUUUUGAUUACUGUAUACAUAUUAUAUACAUGUGUUUUGUAAAUAUAUAAUUUGAAAAAAUCAUUGCGUGUAAAACUAUUACUAUUCGUGUUCAAUAUGUACUUAUAGAUGUAUAAUAAAUACACAUGUAUAUAAAGUUACUGUACUGAACUGGUCAAAAAAAUGUUAUAACCGAAAAAAAAAAGUCGUUGUAUGACUACAAUAUUCUUGAGUUUCUCGAAUUUCUUCGCUCUCUUCAGUUCUAAAAAAAAGUAAAAUAGAUUGAUGACUAACGAAUAUAUACGGACAUAGGUACACGGGUUUGAAAAACCGAGUCUGAUGGCCCGUGUGUAAGUUCCGCCGUAAGUGACAGCGACAUGAAAAUAGGUUAACUUUAGUUUCGAAACGUGAUCGGCAACAACGAAGAUAACAGAAUUGUGGUUACUGCACACUAGUGGUGCAAAAGUGGUGUACCUAUAUUUAGUCUCGGCGUCGACUCGAAAAGGCUGUUAAAAAAAAAAAGUGUAACCGUUCAAGCAAUAAUAAAUAAUUUAUUAGAGUUGGCACUAUACAAAUAUUAAACGCCAUUGGUUUCAUAUUGUAGAUAAAUAAUAUAAGAUUAUAAAUUCUGUAUCCAUGGUUUGGAAAAAAAAUUAGGUUUUUGUGUAUCGUUAAUAAUGAUAUGUUCAAGUUCCGUAUGGUUAUAUUAUAAUAUGGAAUAACAGUUAAAUUACGAAAAUAUCGUAAAUUGAUUAUUGUGUUAUGUAUUCUUCGGAAAAAAAAAAUUUUAAAAAUUAAAUACGAAUUCACUCAAAAUCAUAAUGUAAUAUAAAUAAGUGAAAUAGAGCUUCUUACCACGACUUUAUAAAAUGUUUAUAACCACAAUUAGGGGGCACAUAGGUAGUUUCAGAAAAAUUGUUCGAUGAAGACAUCAGGGUAUAAAAAUAAAAUUGAUUGAAAUAAUUAUACUGCACGAGUAAUACAUUUAAUAAUUCAGUGAAAACGUUUAGUAAGGAAUGUCAAAUUUAAUUCAAAACUGGCUGGAAAAAAAAAGUCUAGGUAUAAAUGUUUUUAAAAAAUGGACUUAAUAAGUAACAACUUAGUAACAAAUAUAAAUAUUUAUUAUAAAAUAAGUAUAAAAAUAUUAUGUUUCUAAUUUAUAUUUCCAAAAAUGAAAUAUCUGAAAUUUUCUUCAGAAAUUCAGGUCCAUCUUUUUAUAAGUAUAGCACAGGCGUAUAUAAAUUAUAUAUUUAUAUAUUUUAUAAAAUUAUGAUAAAGUUCAAAAAUUGUUAUCAAUAUAAAUGAUACAAAUGGCCCCCAAUUUUCAGCUUCACUUAUAUACGUGAAUAGUAUAAGAAACUUUGCAGAUCUAUUUUAUUGUAUAUGACUUAUAUGUCUAUGACUCAAAAUAAUGGAAGCCGAUGAUAAAAAUGUCAAUCGUUCUGCCAGAAAAUAGGUUGUUCUUUGUUGGUAUUAAAAGUUUAACAUCUCAAUCUCUGAAUAUUUGACCCCCGGGCACGAAAUAUAAAAUUUUAAAUUUAUAUUUGCAUGUUAAAUGUCUUCAAUUUUGAUCUCCUCUUAUUUCAUUUUCUUGACGACCAUGGCCAAAAUAUAUUAUCAUAGUUUUUCUUAUUUUUAUCAUAACCGGAUUAUUUUCAUCACAAUUAAUUCGAAACUUACGACUAAGAUUACUGUAUUUUAUACGAAUAUACUAGACGUGGUAAUAUUUAUCACGUCGUUAAUAUUCAGAAAAGUAUAAUUACCCGAAAGUAUUUGAGCGGCGCUGACUAACAAAAGUCAACGCACUUUGACCAAUUUGUGAAAUCCUAAUCCCGGUAUACGCAUCGAUAUGUAUUGUGAGCACUUAGCGUAGGCAUUUAUAUAUUAUUAGGACUCGGAUGUUAUAGGAGUUGCAUAUUUUUCUGUAUGCACUGAAUUUAUUGCAGACUAUGCUAGAAACAUUUUCUAUACGAUGGAGAGUUUAAAAAUUGAACAUUUAAAUGCAUAUUUUGCAUAUUUCGUUAAUUUUAGAGAAAAAGUGCAUAUUUCGUCAAUUUUCAAAAAUAUUUUUAUUCAUAUUUAAUAUUUUCUAAAAAAAAUUUUUUCUCUCUUAACGAAUUUAUUUUACAUACAAUAAUAUGUUAUACUACAAUACUGUAAUAUCAAAUUUAAAAUUCAAUAUUAACUCAAUAACGUAGUUAUUUAUUAAUAUUUCUUACCGUCUUUGUCUAUUAAUAAAGACAACGGUGCGUUUCGUAUUUAAUUUUUAUCUUAGUUUUGCAUAUUAAUAAUAAAAUUAUAUGUUUUUGAAUAAUAAACUGAAUAAUUUGUUGCAUAUUUAUUACAUUUUUCAUAUAUUUAACAUUUUUUCUUACAUAUGUUAGAAUUUUUUUGUGCAUAUUUUCAUACAUAUUUUGCCUUUUUUAACUCCUAUAACUUCCAAUCCCUAUAUACUAUGUAUAAUAUGUAGGAAUAUAAUUUUUGAAACGCUGUAGUACCUACUCGACUUCCCUUUGGUAUCACGGAUUUCCGGCGCAAUGCAAUAACAUUGCGAAAUACGUUAUUAUUUAUCUCGUAAAAAGGAAAAACAUUCAAUAAAUAAAACAACGGAUUUGUUAUUCAUAUUUUAUUGACACCAGAGAGCCGAACAGUUUCGCGUGUCUCCUUAUUGUUAACCGGCCUACAUUCGCACAAGAGAUGCUAAAAGUAAAAGGAUAGUCAAAAUACAAAAAUUUGGUUUAAUUUUUGUAAGGUUUCAGUUUAUAAGAAACCGCGUUUACGUAUUAUUCGGAUUCCAGGCUUUGGGUUCAACAGGUUCAUAUUUUUUAAUUGUAUACAAAAUUACUAUCGUAGUUUUUGUUCACAUAAGAAGUGACUAAUGAGUAAUGGCCAAUAUAACCUAAAAUGAUUUAAAGGUCAUUUAUAUUGAUAUUAGAUAAAUAUUUAAUAUAGAUAUUUACGAAUACAUAGGUAUUCUUAAAAAAAAACAUAAAAAAAAAAUUAAUUUUAGUAAAUUUAAAAAAAAAAAAAUACAAUUGAAAUUUGAUAAUAUCAUUAAUAAUUACACAUUAUAAUAAAUUAUAGAUUAUUAUUUAUUGUUAAGUUUAUUAAUAUUAUAGUUAUUAUUUAGCCAGUAAAAUAAACUAAAUUAAACGAACACGGCGUCUAUUUAGACGUGCAUUCAAACCAAGUUAUUUAUAUAUUAUAUUCAAUCCUCUAUCAUAACAUUUAUUUCAUUUUAUCAUUAGUUGAUAUAGUAAGUCUAAAUUUUUCCAGGGCGGGGGGAGGGUAAACAUUUUCUCCGCGGGGUUAUACCCCUUUCCCCGAUCACUCUCUGAAAUAAACACUGAUUAGCUGCACUAAAACAUUGAAUUUAAGUAGUCACCAUAAAACAUAAUACUAUCUUCACAAUUCAACAAGGUGAACCAAAGUAUCAUUGGUAUUUAAUUUCAAAAUGUUUAAAAUUUACCGGUUUAACCUGUUCUAGGUCUUGUUCAAAAUAGAUUGUUUGGGUGAUAUUAUUUAAAGUAGCCGUUUUGAUGGUUAUCGCGGAACACCGGAAACAUAAUAUUUUAAUUAUAAAUUUGUUUCCGAUAUUAAUAAGUUCCUGCAUGCAAAAACACAUCUACGAUAACUCUCAUCGUGCUAUGCCGCGUUCUCUCACUUCUCAGAAGUAUAAUUUCCAUACGAAUUUUGAUAUUGUAAAUUUGUUGUAAAGUUCUUCAAUAGUUUUUCUUCAGGUGAUAUGUCAAACAUAUGUAUUCAAUUUUUGUUUGCAUUCAACGUCAAAAUGUAUGAUGAAAAUUUAGCACAAACUGUGUCUUGUUUGGAUUUUAAUUUAAAAAUGUUUUUCGUUGUGAUCGUCGCAUAACGAAAUCCACACUCGGUAUAGUGUUAUUAUAUUUAUACGAGUGUGUUUAUUGUGAAGUUUGGGCAAUUCUCCUGUUACAAGCGUUUUACCACCGAAACGAUGCAUUUUAUAUGAAAUAAUACUAUGUACACUGUUAUUAUAUUACACCACGUCAAUUAUUAUUGUCGUCGAACUUUCGAUGUGGGCGAAAAAUAGUAUCGCAUAUGUGCCGCUACGCUGUUUAAUAAUUCGUUCGACGACGUUGUCGUUUUUCGUGCACGGACACGCACUUUCGAUUUAUAUGCGCCACCGCCGCUGCUCGACACAUCCCACUCGGACGUUUUAUACCCUUGUCGGCGGUGGCAGGGGCGGAUGAUUACUCGCACAGGUUCGGUUAAAGCAGUAAUACUCCCCCUUCCCCUUUUUUUUUUGAUACACUUCGAGAGAUUUUCAGGAUAUUUCUUUUCGUCCGACAACCCGGCGUUCCCCCGACCGCGACUCGAUCUCACGAAAUCCACGAAAAACUAUUAUAUUUAUACUUCUAGGGCCGUCCCUCAAAUAUAGUAUAAUAAUAUAUGGUGCUUUAGUUACGGUCCGAGUUCAAAAAGUGGUCAAUGUGCCGGAUGACGUGAAAAUAUUAGUACUGGAUAGACGGGCAUGAGUCGGUGAUAUGGUAUGACAAAGGGAUAAAUCCAUAGAAUAUUCCUAUACUAUAUACUAUAGGUUUUUAGAUUCUGAGCGAAGUGAGUAAUGUAUUCCUUUUACUACGAUGAUUAUUAUUUUUUUUUUUUUUUUUUUUUUCGUUUUUUUAAUUAUUGAGCAAAUCCGGAAAUUAAGAUAGAAAGAACGGGGAAAUUUACGAAAACAAUACUUUUAUUAUUUUCAUUUUAAUUAUUUUUAUUUGUAAUUUUAAAAUUUGAGCCAUUUUUAAACUAUUUAUAAAAAAAUUUACGAGUUUAUUACGUGAUUUUAAUAUAGGAGGUAUUCUAUGGAUAACAUUGCUAGACUAAUUAAUAAUGAUUGAUGAAAAUGUUUGAAAAUUCAACAGGAGAUUCAUUAUAGGUCUUAAUUUAUUUAGAAAAAAAUAACUGAGUGUGAUGUAGUAUUAGUGUGCCCAACUUUGCUCUGAAUCGUUUUUCAUUAGCAAAGGUUUAUUGUUGCUUACAGAUAUGAACUAAAUAACUUCAGUAUGUAUCCUACUUUUUCAACUUCUCAACUACAACAGUGGUACACCAGUCCCCAGUAUCAGAUAUUUUUUAUAAUAAAACUAUAUGAACAGUAUAUCUACACAGAUUAUUGUGUACAAUAAUUAACGUCGAUCAAGUUCUUUCGACAAAAACUUUUUAAUAAUAUAAAAAAAAAUGUAUAUAGCAUAUACUAACAAAUUUUAAAUUAUUAGAAUUUUCUAAAUUAAUAUUUUAACUACAAAUUACCUACGCAAUUUUAUUUUCAACAUUUGCGUUCCUAAUACAGUCAUAUUGUAAGCAAAGUCGGCGUUACAAUUUGCGAGGCCAUGUACAAAUUUAUUUUUAAUAGACUUUUGAUUUUCAGUUUAGUCUAUACUACUUCUUUCAUCUAAUACUUUUAAUAAUACCCUAUACUUGGACACGGGCAAAAAUACCGUUUGAUAAGACAAUGCACGUGUACAUGUAUUUCUCAAAACCAUCGUUACAUUUGUAAAUAUAUUAUUUUUUUAGUUUUAUGCCCAUUAUUAUGCUAUUUUUUUAUGGGUCCACAAGUGCGAGGUCUCUGAAACUGUAAGACCUUAAAUGUAAGCUGCGCUUGCCUUACCCUAACGUUGUUCCUGAUUGUCAGAUUUAUUUAAUUUCUUAUUAGUUACGAAUAAUAAUAUAAAAUAAGGUAAGUAAAGAAUAUUCGACCGGCUUGGGUCGAGUGUUUUUAAUAUUUUGUUUUUUAAUAAACUUAUAAUACUGUAUAUAUUAAAAUCUAAAAAAUAAAUAAAGUUGAAAACUUUCACGGUCGAAUAAUUAAGAUUUUCGCGUGGUUAACAUUUUAGAAGGUAGCAAAACUCAACCGUUUAUCAAAGCGUAUACUACGUUAAAACUACAAUUAAUUAAAAUAUUUAUUAAAAAAAAAAAAAAAAUGUCCGAUGCCUACUUCCGUAAUUAUUAUUAAUAGCUAUUAUCUUAAACUUUAUAACAUCAGGAAUUUUUUUAAAAAUUAUAUCCGUUUAUUUUUAAUAGGUCAAUGGAAACACAUCGGAACUAUUAGUCGAUCAGUCAAAAACCGGAUUAACUUGGCUAUAUUAUAAUUACUUAUAUUAGCACUAAUUUUACCAUCGUGUGUUUAAGUAUACAAAAGUUGUAUGCUAACGCAAUAGGUAGGUGUUGAUGGUAUUAAAUGACCCAUAGACUUUUUUUUUUUAAAUAACAGUUAUUUAUCUUAAACAAUUACUGUCGUUCAUAGGAAAUGGGAAUGGGGAAGUGAUUUAAUUUCACAAUUUUUUGAUGUUUCCAGGAAAAUGUAUAAAUGUAUUAGUAAAUUAAGACUAAAAAUCUUGCUCGAUGUAUCAAGUGCAGCACAUUUACUGAAAGGAAAUUUUAUCUACAUGGUUAUUUUCGUACUUUUCCAAUUGGUUUUUAUAAUAUCUAGAAAAAAUUGGAAAAUAGAUACAAUAUUAAAGAAAUGUUUUUUAAAGAUACUAUUUAAUGCAUAUGUAAUUAUUUUAGCAUAAUAUGACCUAUAUAUUGUUGUCAAAACAACACUAUCAACUGAACUCCGCUUAGAAUCGUUUUUUCGUUAGCAGUGGUUAAUCUUUGCUUACAGAUAUACUUAAAAAAACCUAUAACAGUGACUGCAUCCAUUUCUAUUAUUCUAACAUAGCUUUUUUCCUAUAUUUUUAAUGCGCCGUUUUAUUAUAUUCUAUUAAUAUCUAGGUAAUAUUAAUAUUAUAUAUGAAUUCGCUUUGGUUUCACUGCUAUAUGAUCUAUCGUCACAUUUUUAUUACUCUCUUUUUCUAAGUUUGUCCUGGUAAGAAAUUAAGAGAUAUAUUUUUUAUAUUAAUAAGUGUAUAAUUAUUUUUAUUAUCUGUGUCCGUGUCCACUUUUCUGGUUAGUAUAAAUUAUGUACAAUUUUAAAAGCCUUCAAACUCUUCAAAUCUAUCUUAAAAAAAAUUAAGAUUUUUUCUUUUUUUUUCGAAAUAUUUUAUCCAAAAGUUUUUCUUGAAUGUUUGAAAACCUUAUGAAAAAUUUUAACCAACUUCAUUCUCGGUAAAAGUGCAAAGUUUUUAACUUGCAUUUCCAAUAACGUCUCGAAACCGAUUUUUAAAAUUUUAAUCGUAUUUGAAUUUUGGACUUUUUAUAUUUAACUGGCAAUAUUUGUCUAUGUUAGCAUUUCAAAUAACGAAAUAAUGCGUUUUCAAAAUUUUUUUUAUAAAAUUUCAUAUUCUCUCGAUUUCGCCAAAAUUUGAUGUAUCAUCGGUAGUUUUAGUCAAACUUUUGGGGAAAAUCUAUUGAGAUAUCUUGGCAAAUUUUUUAAUAAAUCAUAUUAUCGCCACAAUGAAAAUCCAUAUAUUUUAAAGUAAUACAGUGUGAAAGUGUCGCAGAAUUUUUACCGAAAAAUUGGACAUGGGCAUAAAAUAAAAUAAACAUUAUUAUAAUACAAACAAAUAAUUUUGUCAUUCCACUCAGAAAAUAUAAAAUAAAAGUACAAUCGUAUUUGUAUAUUCUCGUUCGUCGGUUAGUAGUGGUCAUAUUAUUAUAUUCAUUAAUGAUAUACUCACAGGCAUCGUACAAUAGCGUAGUAUAAAUUAUUGUAAUUGAGUUACAUAUCAAUGAAAUUCACGUUUCGCCAGUUCUAACAACCCAGAAUUUCCAGUAGACAGGUCAGUUAGAGCAAUGGUUCCCAACCUGCGAUCUAUGUGAAUGUAUCUAAAAAUUGAGAAAAAAAGUAUUUUUAUGUAUAACUACAGUGGUUGCCAGAGUUUAUUAGGUUUGUCCAUUUAUUAUAUAUAAUUGUGUAACUUGUGUUAUUAUUAUUAUUCGUUAAAUACAGGUACGUUAAGUUAAUAAGUAAAAUAAAAACAAAAAAAAAUGAUCAGCAAAUCAAGGUGGUCCGUAAGAUAUUGAAAGUUUUUUAAACAGUCCAUGGUAACAAACAAAAUUAAGAAUCACUGUGUUAAAGGAAUUACAAAAACCAAUUUUUUUCCUUUGCUUUGAAAAAUCGGUGGUAUGCUACGGUCGAACAUUUAUAUAAAUUAAAUUAUGGUAUUUUAUGAAUGGCCAACCCAUUUUGACCGUCAUAUAAAUGCUGUUUUUUGUGUAAUAAAAACCGCGUUUUUAGUUUUUUGCAUCGUUCACGGUUAUUCGAAAAAAAAUGUUAUUUUAUAAUUGUCUAAUUUCAUUGUGUAGCAAAAACAUAAAAGUUGGAAAAAUUAAAAAAGAACGGCCUCUUAAAAUGUAUGCAUGAAGCGCAGUCCCUCUUGUUCUUCCAUAACAUGGCUUUAUACUUCACUACUUUUUAAACAAAUUCCGAAGAAUGUAAUAUUUUCCAAGAUAAUGAGUACUGUAUAGAGAACUGAUUACCACAAAUAUACUUGGAACAGGAAAUGAUAAUAAAAAUUCACCCUCGAGAACAUUAAAAAUAUACUAAACGUUAUAAUAAAUACACGACACAUUACGGGUAGUACUACUACUCAUAUUUUUACAUUUUGUGUACCUACGCAUUUUUUCCUUUUGCGUAUAUGAGAAAACGGUAUUAUCAUUUGAAACGGACCUCAGUUUAAGACUGACAAACGAUCGCCUGCGGCCAUCUGUUUUCGAGAAUGAUGAUAUUGAGUAGGUUAAGGUACUUUUUUUUUAAGUAACCGUCCUAAAGGGACACAAUAUCAAAGGCAUAUUCGAAACCACAGUUUUUUUUUGUUUUUCUCCUCUCUUUCUCUCUCUCUAUCGAAGCAAGUCUAUCUAGACGAUUAUCCACGAGGUAUCCACGGACGCCGCAGUAUUCGAGGCCUGAUAAGUGUAUACUAUAAAAGGGAGCCUAAUUCAUUUUAAAUUCGGUUCAUGUAUGGAGCAUACAAUAGUGAAUAAGUUAAGUCGAGACACCGAGUGAAUACUCUCAGAAUCCAUCACUUUUCUCGUGUUAACACAUUAUAUAAUCGCAAAGAGCAACAGAUACUAUUUUAUAUAUUUCAAACGUGAAUACCUUUAAUUUCGCCUUUUUUUUUUUUACUGUAUUUCCAUUUUUGUUUUUUUUUUUGAGGAAGAGGAGGUAUUAUGUGAUCAAAAGGGAUUUUUUAAACCAUUAAAGUCCUGAUUAAUUAUUUUAAUAUCCUCACGCAUUCGCUGUUGUUGAAGUCAUCAUUCAUCGGUUUACACAAAUGUAGUUUUCGCCGUCUUCUAUACACAAUCGGAUGUUUUGUUUUGUUUUUUUUUUAAUUCUUGUCCUCAGUUAGCUUUUAAAAUUGAAAGUUUUUUUUAUUUUACGUUUUUCCUUCUCGAAAUUGUUUGUAUACAACAAUUCGGUCGGUCGUCACGCCGCCUGUUGGCAAAUAAAAUACAAAUUUCAUCGCCAUCUCCGUCAUCCUACUGUUUCACGACGAUUGGUUUAAAAUACAGGGAACGAGUGGUAGAGAUGUGAAACAAUAUUGUGCACAAUGGCUCCCCUUAUAGUUUAAGUAACUUUUUUUUUAGAGUGCUCAGUGUUUACCCUUCCAACAAAAACACCAAAAGUAUACCGAAUCGUUCAAUUAGCUGGAAAUAAUAUAAUUGCAAGGUCUUACGGAAAGGAAAUCAAUAAUCUGAUGAGGUUUUUUUUUUGACACAACAUGAAAUUUUAAUAUGACAUUAAAGUUAUGGUGUAGCAUAUAUAAAAUAAUAAAAAAAAAUAAAAGACCUAAUAACUAUUGAUAACGAACAACAAUUCGGAGAGAGGUUCAGUUUUACAUAUUUUAAAAGGUCGUAAUAUUUACGAUUUUCGUCGAAAUUUGAUUUUAAACCCAUAUAUAUAUAAAUAUAAAUAUUACAUUAAGCUAUUAUUUUUUUGGACCGCUAAAUACGACUUACCUUUUAUCAAAUUGUUCCAUUUUUUACGAAUAAUUCGUGUUUACUCAAUUAUUAAAAAAAACUGUACAGAAAAACAAAAAACGACUUUCUUGGGUACCCAACUAGAUUAAAAAUUCAACAAAAAAGGUCUCUUGUCGUUUUUCUAUUGAAGCAAUAUGUUUUUUUAGAAAACAUAAGUCGUUAAAAUUUAAAACAAUGAAAUCGUAACGCCUUAAAUUUGUCAGUUUUUAUUUUACAUUUUUUUUUUUUUUUUUGGUCUUUCCCAAUUAUUAAUAAAACUACAAAGAAAAUCUUAAAAAAAAUUACUUAUUCAUAAACUAAAUUAAAAAUAAAAUAAAAUAGGUCUCUUGUUGUUUAUCUAUUGGAGCAAUAUUCGUGGUAGAAAACAUAAACCGUACAGAUUAAAAAUAAUGAAAUCGUGCCAGAUUUAACAUAAAAGUAUAUGAUGAUUUUGUUUUGGUACAUUUAUCUGAUACCGGGCGCUGAUUUCGCUAGGUAUGACACUGAAUACACAAACCUAAUUUGAUUAUGAAGCUACUUCAUAAUAUAGGAUACCCAAUAACGCCACUACGGUUUAUUACCUAUGUUCUUAAGGGCAAACGAAAAUUAGUAUAUAGUUUACUAAAUUGUGUCAUAACUUUAUAUUAAUGUUAAAAUGUUAAACUCGUACUAUAACAAUUCUAAUCAUACCUUUUAGUUUUAUGCAAAGACGUAGACUAUAAAUAAUGAUGACUGUGUCCUGUAUUAUAGCAAGGUAUAUGAUAAUACAACAAAGUUGAAUUUUGCUAGCAAAUUAUGGGACAAUUGUCAUAAAGUCAAUAAAAUAAAUAACUAAAUAUAUUUAUUACUUUAAGUAAAUAACUAAGUAAAAUCCACUAAACGGAUUUAUUUUUCUUGAACAUUGUAGAAAUAAUUGUGUUUUUUUUUCUUUAUGAGAUAGUCAAGUAAAAGUGGUUGAAGAAUUCGUCUGAAUUAUUUAGUCUUGCGAAUUACAUAUUAUAUCAACCCCUCCCUCCUAUUUUUUAAUCCAUUUUAUGGUAUUUUAACAAUUGUUUUUUUAGAUUCUUUUACUUUGAUGUUUUUGUUAUAUGUCUGUAAAAAUCACUUGUACCAGAAAUUUUGGUUCAAUUAAAAACUUUAUAGAGAAUUUCUCGUAGUAUUUAUUUUUAUUUUUUUUGUGGUUUUCCUAAUAGAUAUAACAAAUUAUCAAUUUUUUGUAUAAUUUCUUGUCAACGAUGAAAAAUAUACAAGUGGUUGAAUCAUUUUUUACGUUAGAAAUGGUUUAUCAUUAGUACAUUUCAUACAGUUGUAAACUGAAUUACACUUUAUAUCUUUCCGACCGACUUUUCCCCUAAAAUAGUGGCACACCCAUCGGCAAUACAGCUUUUUUAUUAUUAUUCAUAUUAUUUAUAAACGAGGUUAAGUAAUUUGAGCAUCGUUUUACGCCGUUUAAAAUGGAAAUUCUACCUGCAUAUAUAAUUUAUGUUAUACAAUUACACAUUAUAUAUUUUCAUUAACAUUAUUAUAAAAUUAUAAUCAUAAUUUCAGUGAUAUUAUUGAAAUUUCGCGAAGAAUUUAAUGAUCUCAUAUACAGUACGGGUAAUGCGAUAACUAUACUUUACUGACGGUGGUUUAAAAUAUAUCGGAAUGAUAUUAUGCCUUGAAUUGACCCGAAUAGGUUGAACGAAAUUAAAGACUCUUGGGGAUUUAUAAAUAGAAUGCAAACAUAAUAAUUACUAUUUGAUAUGGUAUCAAAUAUAAUGAGAAGAGUUUUUGGAACGGAAAACGAACGUUUUACACAGCUGCAUAGCAUGUUGCGGAACACAUAUUUUAUACGAGAAUUGCGUCGCAUAAAGACCACGACUAAAGACUUUAGGAUUAAAUUUAUACCUAUUCAAGAAGUAUACUGCCAUUGAUAGAAACCUGAUACCGUUUUCAAAAUAAUAUAUAUAUAAAUUAUAAGCUUAAAAAGGAACAAGCGAUUGUAUAAACGCUAUACGGGACUAAAAUCGUUGUUAAUGUGCAGCAGUGAAUCGUUGACCUACAGUAUACGCGUUUAUAAAGCCAAACAAAUUCGUAUUAUCUAAAACCCGUGAUUAACAGAACAAUAUUAAAUUAGUUUAAUGUAGGCACUCUCCUAACGACAACCGUUAUUAUUUCUGAAAUGUUGUUUUCCAGCAGUUCCCUAGACUAAAUUCUAAAUCUGAUUAAAUCGAUUUUACCGUGUAUUAUAAUCAUUGUAUACAACUACUACCUAUUAUAUACAUCGUCCAUAGAUACGAGUUAAUUGAAUAUAACCAUCAGGACAUCGUAUUGUUAACUAAAUAUCAACCGAUCGUAAAUUUUCCGAAUAGCUGUAUACUUUUUGAUAACUGGGAAACCGUGAAGUAAAUAUAUUCUCGGUUUCACGAAAAUUAAAUAUCCUAUUCGGUCUCGAAAUUAAGAUUUUCAUUGUCAAUAAUUAUUAUAAUAUUAUAAUAUGGGUAAAUAGUUAACACGUGCAAUUAUAUUUUAAUUACUUGUGUCGUAAAAUUACGACACUUGUUUAUGGUAUAAGGGUAAGAUUUUUUAAAAUGUAAUCUAUAUUAUAUGACGGACAAAAAAGGCAAAAUAAAAAUUGAAUUUACUGAUUCAUGGCGGUAAAAUAAUUUUACUUUAUAAUAAUAUAGAUAUUGGGCAGAUUAUCAAAAAAAAAAUUACGUGCACUUUAAAAGUUAUAAAAAUAACGCAAAUAAAAGCCAAUAAAUAUAAAUAUGUAUCGACCGAAAUGUACACUUUAAUAUUUUUUUUUUUUUAUUAUUUAAUUCAAGUCACAAAAACGUUCCAAGUACAAAAUAUUUUAAUGGAAAUGGAAAUCACCUUCUUUAAGCGAAUUCUUGUGUUGAAGGCAGAUAGCAUACACAUAAAAUAUAGCUUAGAUAACAAUAAUACAACAAUAGAAUACAAUAAAGACAAACGUAAUAUACAUAAAUUAAUUUAAAAUAAAAAAAAAUAUGACAAAAUAAAUAUAUACUUAUUAAUACACUAUAUUAAUUUAAAUGAGUAAUACAAAGAUAGAUAAAUGAAAAAAAUAAAAGAAUAAGUAAGAUAACUUGAUAAAAAUAUAAUAUAGUUAGAAAAAAUCAAUUGAAAAAGGAGUCUGCAUUUCCCCAAUAUGAUAAAUAUCAAAGUAUAAAACAUUAUAUUUAUGUUUGCGGUUAAUAUAUGUAUGUUACAGAAAAUUUUAUUUAAAAGAAACACUUAAGAUGUUAUUUUGUGAUUUUCCAAGGAGUUUUUGAAACAAUUGGGAAAAACCCGAAAGAAAAUUAUUGGUAAACCGGCAAAUAUUUACGGCCCGCCGCGGCGUUAACGUUUUUAUUGUGUUAAAUUUAAGUUUUCUACCAGAAAUAUUACUCCAAUCGAAAAAUGUUAGGGACUCGAUUUUAUUCCUUUAUGUAGCCAUUAAUAAAGAGAGUCAAUUUUUGAUAUCCAAAAGUAGUUUUUAUAAUAAUUGGGAAAAACCAAAAGAUACGAAAAAUAUAAAAUUACGGCAUAACGAUAUUUUAAAAUUUGACGGCCUAUAUUUUCUAUCAUAAAUAUUUCUCCAAUAGAAAAAGAAUAAAAGAUUCUUUUGUUGAAUUUUUAAUCUAGUUUGUACCGAGAAAAUAGUUUUGUAAUUUUUUUUGUUUUGUUAAUUGAGCAAUAACGAAAAAUGUGUAGAAAUAAUGGGACAAUUUACGAAAAUAUUUUUUUAUUAUUUUGAAUUUUGUUUUUGUAAUGUAAUUUAAUUUAAAAUAUUCGUAGAGACUUGAAAUUUUAACAAAAAACUUAUAUUUUUUUUUUCUUGAAGUACUAAAAUUUUCAAAACGUUUGUGCCAUUUUUCUUUUUUAAGCUAUUAUAGACAUUUUAAUUUGGCGAGUUUGUUACGCAAUUUUGAAUUGGUAGAUACUCUGUGGGUAAAAUUUUUAGUCCAAAUAGAAAUGUUAAAAAUUUAUCCGGAGUUUCAUUAUAAGUCGUAUUUUGUAGUAAAAAAAAAAAAUGAAAAUUAAGGUUAAUGUAGAAUAUUUUUUUUUAAGCAUUUUAAAAUCAAAUUUUGUUGAAGUCCUUAAAUAUUACGGCCUUAAAAAACAUGUAUAACUUCGCACCAAAUCGUUUUUUUAUUAGCAAUGGUUUAUCGUUGAUUACAGGUGUAAUAAAUAACUUUAUGUAUCCUACCUUCCCAACUACACACCUACAGCAGUGGCCGCACCCGUUCCCUGCAGUAUUUCAAUAUAAUACUAUUAGGAAAUAGGAAUAAGCUAAAUAGUAUGUAAUUAUUAUUACGAAUAUAAAAUAAAAUUAUUUAAUCUUUUCCCGUUGAUGCUGUUCUUGGGUAUUGUUAUAAUUUCUAUUUUUUUUUUCUAAAUUCCGUUCAAAAACACGUGUAUUAUUGCGAGUUUUUAAGGGAAAAAAAAAGAAAAUAUUCUUUGUAUUUGCGGAUCGUAACUAAGUAAAACAUGUGAUAGUAUUAACAUUACGUCAUAUGAUGGACGCGAAUCAUUAAUGUAGUUUUUUUUUUUUUUAAUGUACACACAUUUUUUGUGGAGAAAUUUAUAAUUAACUCGAAAGAUCUUAGAGAUAAUAUUAUACCGGUACUGCGACGUUGAGACCAUAGCAGCUGCAGUCUUUUAAUACAGGGAAGUUGGUCAACCGCACAAAUAGAAAUAAUUGUAUUAUAUUAUUAUGUACAUUGUACAAUAUUAUUCUGUUGACAAUCAUUCGCAGUGAUAUUAGCUGUAUUUAUAAUAUAUAUAUUUAUUAGAACCCCAUGAGCUUAUCAGCUUAUUACUAUCAUUUUACACGUAUAUGUUAUACAAUAUAUACGUACAAUAAAAUUACAAUUGGUUUAAUGCACAGUGAUAGUAAAAUCGCGUAAUACAAAUCACAAAUGUGACGGUGCAUAUUACAAAAAUUAAAAUAAUUUAUAAUUUGUUGUUAUUGGUCUGUAAUAUAAUAAAUUUAAUCUAUUAACCCAAUAAGUCGAUUUUAAAUGAUUAUUUCUCCACUAUUUGUGCAAAUCGCGAGUUUUUUAAUAUUAUAAUCUGUUUUAGACUUCUAGUUUUCGAAUCCAUUUGGUAAAUACCAAUUUUUUUUAAGUAUCAUUUAUUGUUUUUUUUUUUUAAUUAUAUGUCAAUAGUUUGAAUUUAGAAACGCCGAACAUUGUUAAUGGACGUUAUAGAUUCUGUGUAUAAUGUAGUUUUACAAUGUUGUAUUUUUUUUCUUAGAAAACAAUUUUACAGUUAGUAAAAAUGCUCCAAUUUUUUUUAUGUCUUAUUUGAAAAAUGCGGAUUAAUUUUCCUGAUGAUACUUUAUUAGAGACAUUUUUUAAACUCCUAAUGCUUUUUUUUGAAAGACAUUUUAAAUUGACAUUUUAAUGAAUGCUCCAAUUUUUCCAGGCAAUACCUCCAAAGAUGCGGAUUUUUUGCCCUGGGGUAUAAUGGAAAAAUUUAUUGACAUUUUAUGAAAUUCAAUCCCCUAGGUCCUUUUUUUUGUUGAUUCUGUACUGCCUUGUAUACAAUGUAAAAACACGACUAAUAAUACUCUGUUCAGAAUUGUGUUCUCGUUCUCAAUUAUUCAUCGUUGCAUGCAAUUGAUAAACUAAAUUUACUCGGUACGUUUUACCUUUAAUGCAACUACCCACCUACAAAUAUUACGAAACAUAUUUUUUUACUGUUAUCUUCUUUCUGCUUUUUAUGGUAAAUAGGAUUUUCAAAUGAAAUACUUUUGUGAACUUUCGAGACAUUUUACAUUUUUAAAUCACUAAAAAUACUAAAUGUUCGCAUAUAAUAACUUUGUAAAAUGUCUACGCUUAUUUGAAAUUACAUCUGUUAACAUUGCUAUAUUAUGCAAUUCUCAUUAAACUUGCGUACCUACCGAAUAAUCGGACAAUAAUAUAAUUUUUUCGGUACUACCACGACUUUAACAUCAAGUUCAUCCACAAAAGAAUUCCCUACCUCUUAUAAUAUAACAAUAUUCUAAGAAUAAAAUUUAAUUUCAGAUGACACCGCGUAUGUCAUUAUAUUUGAGAUGUCUUUCAUAUAAUAAUUUUCGUUCAAAUGUGUUACAUAUUGUACUUGCAUAAGUAUUAUAGAAAUUCAACGAAUAUUUUAAGAAAUUAAUUUUAAAAACCAUAAAUUAGUUUCGAGUUCUUUGAAUAUAAAAAAUAAAGUACAUACUAAGACAAGGCGACAUUUUUAUAUUUUUACGCGGAUUAAAUAAUAAUAUAAUAAACUUUAAAAAGGUAAUUCUAUUUGAGUUUUAAGAAUUGUUUUAAAAAUUUAACUGUUAAUUCAAUAAAGUUUUAUUGGCAUCUUUUUUAUUUUUUUUUUAAAACAUGAAUUUAGAAAUAAAAUGUAUUAAUAAUGUAGGUACCAAAUGGUAUUUAAACUAUCUCCACUGCAUGGAAAAACAUAGAUUUCUGGAUAUUUUUUUGGGCAUUGAAGACUAUGUGAAGCCAAAUCAACCCUAUACUUCAAUUUUAGAAGUUUCCUCUUUUCCUUUCUACCCUUCGUUUUUUAUUCCCGUAAAUUCAUUGAUUUUCCAAACUUCUCCUUCUCCCUCUUUUUCCUUUCCAUUUUUUCUUCCUUUCCUCGUCGAUUUUUUUACUUUCUCUUCCUUCUUUAUUCCUCCUUCGCUUCUCAAUUAAAUUAAGAAGUGUUAUUCGUCCACUUAUUAUUAUAUGAAGUCUAAAAAAAUAAAUAUAAUUUAAUUUUCUUUAUUAUUUCUGGAGAUAUUGCAAUGGUUAUAUCUUCAUAGGAUACCCUGUAUGUUUAAUUUAAUUAUGGAAAUUAUUUAAAAAAAAAAAUGAUAUGCAAUACUAACAUACAUAAAACAAAUUAAAUGAAAGCGAUUUGCGUAUCUUAUCAUAUGUAACACGCUGUGUAGAUACGUUUAUUCAAGAGCGAUCUCUAGAGAAUAGAAUAAUAUUAUGUGAAGGGAAAAAAAGAUACCACGAAACGAAGGUUAAAGAUUAAAAAAACUGAAAUACCCUACACUAGCCGCACAGAAUAACGAUGCGAAAAUAAUAACAAAUGGGAAUUUCGUAAAAAACGAACACUGAUGUAGUAAAUUUGUAUUUGCUCUGUUCUGUUACUAUACUCGUAUUAUGAUAAUAAAUAACCUCUGCUGUACCCCACACGAUGUCUGCCCGUUUUGGUUUCCGGUCCACGUGAUUUGCCAUUAAUUAUUGCAGCCGUGUUAAAAAUAUGUUCGCAAAUCAACUUUCGGAUCUUUCGGUGUGUAUAAUUAAAUCUGCAAAAAUGGAAAAAUGAAAAAGUUUUGAAUUCACAAAAGCAGGUAAUCUGCUGACUUUUGAAAAAUAUAAGUAAAAGCACGUAGUAAUAUAUACGUAUCGAAUAAUCUAAUGAUAUUCAAUACGAAUCUCGUAUAUUAUUAAAUAAUAGAAUUUAUAUAGUUGUAUAAGAUAAUUGUGUUUUUUAUAUAAUUAUUGUAAAAUUAAUGAACUAUUUAUGUGUACGUUGUAUUUUGUACGUUAUUUAAAUUAUUAAUAUUUCAUUAGAGUAUUCGAUAAAUUUAAAUUUGGUUUUAAAUAAAAAAAACAAAAUUAAAUACAGUGAAAAAUGCUAAUUUAAAUUAAAUAUUAAUACUAUAAAAAUCAUAUAUUAAGUAUUCAAUAAGCUUUGAGUAGUACAUGGUCCUAUUAAAUGCGAAUAAUGAAAAUAUGUAAAUGUCUUUAUUUUAUUAAUUUAUUGCAACGACUAAGCAGUCUUAUAAAAUAAUAACAUAUACAAAAAUCUGUCCUAGGAUAACGGAGACUGGUCCAGUUACUCUUAUAGGUAAUUCAUGUUUUAUCUGUAAGUAACAAUAAACCAUUGCAACUAUAAAAAAAUGAUUCUGAGCAGAGUCCAGUUGAUAGAGAUGUUUCGGCAACAAUAAGUAUGUCAUAUUAUGGUAAAAUGAUUAAAUAGGCAUUAUAUAACUUCUUCAAUGAUAUUUGUUUAAUGUUGUAUCGAUUUUCCCUUGUUCUUUCACGGUUUUUCCUAUUUGUUGUGAAAACUUCUGGGAAAAUCAAAAACUGACCUACAUAAAGUACUUUUUUACUCAGAUUUUCUUUUUGAAAAAGUGCUAUCAUUGUAAAUCGGAUCAAAAUUGUUGGUAGAAUAGUUGUCAGUGGAAAAAAAAGAGACCGUAAUAUUUAAGUAAUAUAUUUCGUACAUUUUCCCGUGUUUCUUCCGUUUUUUUUUCGGUUUUUCAAAUUUGUUGAAAAAACUCAUAAGAAAAUCAAUUAUUUACAUUCUUAAAAUACCUUUCUAGUUCGAUUUCCUUCCAGAAAAUGUGCUACGCUUAAAAAUCAGAGCAAGAUUUCUGGUAGAAAAGUUGUCCACAUAUAAAAAAAUUAUAAUAAUAAACAUUUUUGUAAAACUAUACUGUUCUUCGCCACUCAGAAUCACUAUUAAUAUUAAUUAUGCCAGUCACAGUGUCUUUUGCUUAUUGUAUAGUCUAGAUAAUACAUUUAUGUUUAUUGAUAUUAUAGUUUUUUAAUUUCAGAAAAAUACCGUUUGGAAUCUAGAAAUUGUGUAGGUAUUAACGGACAAAAAUCCAUAUCUUUUAAAGUGCAAUGUGAAUAAUUUGGAGCAUUUUUACUAAACGGAAGUUUUGUCCGCAGAAAAAAAAACAAUAAAAGGACCUCGUAACCGUUACUGUUUUCGCUAUUAUUUUGGUUUCAAAUUUAUUUUUAAAUCAGAUAAUAUAUCACAUGGUGUUGGAUUUGGAAACCGUUGCAUUAAAGUAUUAGUCAAACAUUUAAGCAUUUUGAAAUUCGUUUGAAAUCAAAUAAAACGAUAAAUAAUCGAUCACUGCGAAUAAAAUAUUACAAACAUACCUUUAAUUAUUUAUGUGAGGUUAGGUUGUUUAACACUUUUCGUUUUUAGAAAUAAUACAACAAAUUAUUUCUUUAGGAUAAAAAUAAGAAAUAUUUUUCGAUACAUAUAAUAAUAUUGUGUAUACAUUUUACAUUUUAUACCUAUAAUAUUAAAAUUAUUUUUUAAAUAUUUGAUUGGUAGCUAUUCGUAUAGAUCAUUUAAAUGAUACUCUGGAAUUAAUUGUCAACAUUUCUUGGAAUUAGUUAUUUUUAAAUAUAUACUUUAUAAAUAUAUACUAUAUUGCCGUCUAAAAAGGUUUUUCCGUAGAGUCAGUAUAUAACUUACUAAAUGCUAACAUGGGAAAAUAAUUACACACUAUAGACCAUCGAUUGCGAAAUUUAGAUUGAAACUAGAACUUAAAACCUUUAAAGAAGAGAAUAGUAUUUUCGACAAGAAUUGAUGUUUUUAAAAAAUAUUGUCAAAAAGAAAUUAAAAAAACUACGCCCGUAAUUUAUUUUUUUCGACAAUAUUUUUGGAAAACAGCAACAUCUUGCGACAAUAUUCUCCACUUCAACUUUUAUUUAGAAUUAAUUUUGUAUUUAUUAGGUAUAAUCUUGACCUACGUGAUGUAUUAUAUGUUCUAUGAAUCAAAAUUUUGUGAUAUUAAAUGCGAGUACGACACCCUCUUAAUUACUAAUUAUCAUUAGUAAAUCGUGUUUUUAAUUGUUAUAAUUAAUACUUUUGACUACCUAUUGUAUCUUUUGCAUAAUUUCAUAAUUUUUUUAUUUCUGAACCAAUCUGUCCUCAAAUUAUAUCUACACCAAAUAUUGUAGACGAUAAUGAAUAUAUUUGAUAAUAUUUCUUUGGCGGUCGCAGUUGCGGAAUCAGAAGUGGACAAUAGGGUUAUUUCUCCACUCAAACAACAUAGUAUAUAAUGAUUUUUUUUUCUCGUAUUGUGGUAAAAUUUAUACCGAUUUUCAUUGUUGUAAAUGGGUUUGCCCCUCCCCUCUCAAAAUUAAGUACUGGAUCCGCCGCUGUGUAUCGGUGAUACAAAUUAUUCGGAAUAUUAUGUUUAAUGUAUUUGAUAAAAUGCCAAAAAAAAAAGAAAAAAAGAACACAGCCGUUAAUGUAUAUUAUUAUUAUUAUACAGUAUUAUGAAUUAUUACACGACCGACAAUAACUGGGCUAGGUAUACGCUAUAGAAAUUAAAUGAUAAAUCGAUAAUGUAGCGACGGGGCAUUUGUCAGAUUAUAUUUUAGCCGUCCCGCGAUUGGAGUUGCACUACAGGUUUCGGUGUCAUCGUAUAAUUAUUGUAAUAUUUAUAUUAUAAUUACGCCGUAACAAUGAUAUUUGAGUUUCUAAAAAUUGUUAUUGUGCUUUUUUGAAAACGAAAAGAAAAUGUCUUUCCAAGUAUAGAAACAUAAAAUUUAGGAAGAAUUUGAGAACAUACAAAAAAAACCGGAUGCUGAUAGUAGAUAAAUCAUUUAUUAGGUGUGAAUUUGAGAAGGUGGGAUAAGUAAAGUUAUACUACACUACUCUCUCUUACGCAAAUUAAAAAGGAGAAUAUCUCGAAUAUAAUAAAUUAAAAAUGUGUGUUUACGAAAACUUUACCUAUUCAUGAUAUUUUUUAUAUAGGUAACUAUUUAAAAAUCAAAAUUGGGUAAUGGUUUUAUCCACAAAUAUUUGAGAGACAAAUAAUAAUGGUACCUAAUGGACAAUUUCAGAAUUACUUAUUUUCUAAAUGAUCAAAAAAUAAAUAUUCUGAAAAUGUAAUCACUUGUUAGAUAAUGAGUGUCUUAUUGAUGAUUGGUCAUCUUGUAUGUAGCUAAUAAUAGAAAUAACAAUAUUUAAUGUUGUAUGGACAUAGGUAGGUUAAUAUUAUAUUUUUUUUAUUCAUUUAUUAUGUAGAUUACUACACACUAUUAAGUAGUUAAUAUUCUAUAUAAGAUAAAUGUCCCCGUACUAUUACUAUAUAAUAAUAUUAUUACUAUAUUAUACUUAAUAUUAUUAAGUCGUGUAGUGUUGUUCACUUAUAAUCGUAAAUUCGCUAUACAGAGCGUAACAGAAUUUUUUAACGGAUCAAAUAAAUUUUUUCUUUUGAAUAUUUUUAAGUUUGUUUAAUAAUUAAUCUCUAUUAGAGAUAUUGGCUAUAAUUUGUAUAACUGAACUUAACACCUUAAUAAAAAUCCCAAUUUUUUUACCUUUUUUUUUAUAAUCCAAGAUAGUUAUCAAUAGUCAAAUAUUCAAGAAUUUCUGUUUAGUUCCACAAUUUUAUCCACAGAUUACCUACCGAAUACAUAUUACGUAAAACACUAUCAAAAUUAAAAUGUCUAUAAAUAGCUCAAAAAAGACUCAAAUGUUUUGAAAGUCUUAUGCAAAACGUCAAUGCAAAAUAUACGUUUCCUAUCCAGAUUUAAGUCUCCAAAAUUAUAUAGAAUUAAAUUACAACAAAAAAACAUAAUUGAAAAUUAUGAAAUCAUUAUUUUCGUAAGUAGUUCAGUUUUUCCUUGGUUUUUCCUGAUUUUCCUUAAUUAUUUUAAAAACUGCUUGUAAUAUCAAAACAAUAGCUUUCUUAUAGUACAAACAAGGUAAAAUUCCUUUUAAAAAAAUGUGUUACACUUGUCACGUCGCGGUAGGAUUUCUGGUAUAAUUUUUGUAAACGUCUAGUAUAAAAAUAAAAAAAUAAUUAUCAUUGUAAAACCAAUACAUUCUUCGCUCCGCCUUAAAUAAAAUAUAUUUAAAAAUGAUUGACUCAACUUUAAUAAUAUUUGUGUUUUUGAUACAACAUUUUUUAAAAAUCGGGUGUACUGUAAAAUGGCUAUCUCAAUUUUUUGCCUUGCUAAGACAGUUUAAAAUUGUUUUAUUUUAAAUUUCUAAACAUUAAAAUUUAACUUAAAAAUUGUAUACACAAAGAUGAUUUAAAAAAUAAAAUAAAAGUAAUUAAAAAAAAAAGAAUCUAAAAAUAUUCAAUAAAAAUAAGUUUUAUUAUUUGUGAAAUUCGAGUCCUGUUACAUUCUGUAUUUCGUUUUCCCCCUCUUUCUUUCAAACCACGGAAACUUUUUGAAAUUUAUUUAUAAUUUAUAAUUACUAUAUAAACGAAAUUAUUAUAGUUAUUGUCAACAUUUUAUAUUGUAUUAAACCGUUACGUGUGUUCUAUAAGUUUACAAUAAUAGGACCUUUGUUUUAUUUUUAACGAGCUAUAUUAAUUGAACAUUGUUCAAGUUAAAUGAGGUUAUCAAAAAAAAAAAAAAAAAAAAAAAAAAAAAAAAAAAUAAAAAAUAAAUUUUAACUCGUAUUCUUUUCCCAAACAAGUUAGAAUAAGGAUGAUUCGCCUAUACCUACAGCUUUUUUAUUUUCUAUUAAAUCAUAAUAUUUAUUUGCACGUGCACCGAGUUAAGAUGGAAUUUUAACUGAAUAUAAUGAACAUAUAUAAACAUAAAAUUUACAAUUUUACUUAAUAAAUACGAAAAUAUACAAUUAACGAUUUUUUAAAUUUUUUUUUGUCCUUCUAUAAUAUGUAUUGUGUAAACGUAUAAAUUAUUCAAAGAUUAUAAAUUUAAUUUAAGACAAAACCCUGAAUAGUAAACUUAUUUAAUUUUAUAGAAUCGAAUAUUGUUGAAAAUAUUAUGAAGUAAUAAUGUUAUUUACACAGUACUUCUCCUAAUUUAAGUUCCUGACAAUCUUUUUAAUUGUUUUAAAAUGUGUAUAAAUAUUUUUAGUUAUAUUAGUUACCCGGUAUAUUGGUAUAUCAUAUCAAUAGUUUUGUAUUUAAGAUAAAAAAAAAAAAAGAAGAAGAAUUAUUAAUUUAUAAAACAAAAUCUUUGUACUUUAAAAUAUUCAAACCAUGAUUACUGUGAUGUUUGUUUUUUUUUUUUGUGUCUGUGUGCAUCUUUUCUACCAUAAAAUAUCUUGCUCCAAUCAAAACAUGACAAAAACCUUUUUGCUGGAUUUUGGCUCUAGUUGGAUUAUUCGGGAAAUAAUUAUUUGAAAUUAUCAUUGAUAUUUGAGAUAAUGAUAAAAAUCUGGUACUUUAAAUUAAAAUAGAUUAAAAGAUAAAAAAAAAAAAACGAUGUUAUUGGCAACUGUUUUCAUUUAUUUUUUGUUAUUAUUAAAUUUGUAUUAUUUCAAUUUUUAAAUAUUAUUUAAACAAUCGUUGUAAAAAUGCACGGUUUCGAAAAAUCAAUUGAACAGGAGAUUCACUAUAAAUUAUACUUUAUGGUCAACAAGAAAAAGUUGAGGUUAUUAUUCAAUCCGAAUUAAUUAAUCCAAAAUCAAAUUUGUACUACGUAGGUCAUCGAUGGUUUACGAUGUAAAAAAAUCGCAAAAGAAAUUAAUUAUCUGUGAUACGGAGGUCGGAUGUGGAUAUUUCGCUAUUCAAAAUAAUCAUAAUCCUUCACGAGAGUUUUCAAGCAGAAUUUGUAUGAUACACCUACAACUUCUAACUAAUAGGUUUAAUCCCUGGUCUAACAGUCCAAACUGCAGGAAUUUGAUACAUCGUGGAUCGCGAUUAGACUUAUAGCGGGAUUUUGAUGUGCGUUUUGUCAUUGGUGCGAAUGAAACAUUAACAAAAAAAAAAAACCUUACAAACCAUGAGAGAGGAGAGAAUGUAAAGCGAAAUAUCAUGAUAUUUCAACGUAAACCCACGUCAUCGCAGUCGCUUUUGUGCAUAAAUCAAAAACAGUACACGAAUGACCGGGCGGAAGUGAAAAAAAAAAAUUAUCCGCCGGAAAAUAAUACGAGCCUUUACCCAAAAGGCAUAAAAAUACCAGUUUUCGGUGUUUGGUCAUUCUUACACCUGUUUGUAAAUAUGUUUGUGUGUCGAACGAUCGUCAUAUGAUUCGUUAUACUAAAUAUUAUAUACAAGGUGACAUAGAAAUCAUGUAGGGAUUAGUGGACCAAUAGAAAUAUUUUGCAUUUUAAAAACAAAUAAAACAGCAAACAUGAUACAAAAAAAAACAUUGCAUUUCUCUAUCAUCGGAUUUUGAUUGAAAUCUUACCACCAUGGCGUAAAUCCAGUCUAAAAACAGUGUGCAAAUACAAUGCACAUUAUUGUGAAUCAACAAAUCAAAGAUUCGUCAGAAUCAAGGAACUUAAUCUUUAAAAUGGUACCUCGUUUUUUAUUUCGGUAAAGUAUGAAGGAAGCAAAAAGGGUUUUACCAAAACACAUAAAACAAGAUUGUGUUCAAAUGUGUGUGUACUUUAAAGAACUUGUUAUAAACUAUAAAGAAAAGACAAUUUUAUUUGAAACAGAACGCUAGAGAAAUAUAUGGGUACUCAAAUCUGAUUCAAAGUAAUACAAAUUUUAAGUACGAGUAUACGUGUAGCCGUGUGAGAUUAAAAGUGGUUUAUUAAUUUAAAAAUGUUACAUAUAAUAACAACUGCCCCGGACUGAAAGAGCUUUUUAAUGGUAAUAAAUAAAUUAAAACGUGCUUAAAAUCUUCACAAAUUGUGGUGUUAUAAGAAAAACUUUAAACCAUAUCAGAAAUAACUACUACCUAUACUAUAGUAUUCCUAAGGGAUGUUAGACGUUUUAUUGAAAAAUUAUAUUUUUUUAUUAUGUGAUGAUAAACAUGGAUCUCGUUAAAAUCAUUUCUUCUGGAAAACGAUAUGAUAUAAAAUAUUGGUCAUCGAAUGUCACUUUGUCGAAAAGAAAAAAAAUGUUGUUUUUGCCACAUAAUUGAAAAUUAUAAUUUUUUUUUUCUUUCUAGAAAAUAGUAAUUUUGUAGUAUAGUUACAUAAUAUGACACGUCAGCUUACAAAAAAGGUAAGCUAUCGUCAUUUUAAGUGAUAGUUUUUUGAAAUCUCUCCUUUGAAAUAAUAUGUAUAAGACUUUGAUAACUAUGAGGGCGGAGAUAGCAUACAAAUUGCAAAAAAUGGUUACACAAAUUCAUACAAAUUGUUUCUUUUAAUUGUUCAGUGUAAUAUAUGUACAUGAAUACUUAAUUAUUUACAUAGGUGGAAGCUUAAGACAUUAUGUCGCCAGCCUCCCUUCAGUAUUUCGAUUUAACCCGGAUACUGGUUUCGAACAAAUUCUAAAAACUGUCAAACAAAUUCGUACAAAUGACUUACAAAAUAUUUAAAUGAGAAUUUUCGAAAAUUUCAUUGGUGAGGGAGGUUGGGAACAUGUGCGUCUUUAAUUGUAAUAUGUACAAAGGUGUUCAUGGGCCACAACCUGCUGUUAAAACGUGCGUACUAUUUAAAUAGCAACAGUCCCUCCUGUACCCUCUCCAAUUACGGGUAUAUUUGUGAAUUAUUUUACAUAUUUAUAUGUACUAUCCUGAUUGUCUUUUUAUUAGGCUAAAUUUGAAAACAAAAAUCCUCUUUUUCUGCUUUUUACUCCAAAUUUGUCCAUGUGGACGCCAUAUCCUUCAAUAACUUAACCUUAAUUAAAGAGAUUAUAAGUUUUAAUGGACAUAACUAUUUAAUAACUACGGGCCUUGUAUAUUCUUAAUUAUCGAAAUAUUGUAAUUAAUAAUAAAAUUUCAAUAGAUUAAUAUAUAUGAAAAAAAAAAAACAACCAAUUGUGUUUUAUUCAAUAUACACGACGUGAACUAUCAACGUCGAUUAUUAUUUUCAUAUCAAAUAUAUUGAAGUCAACAAUAAUAAAUUUCGUAAUAAGAAAUGAUAUAUAAUUUUAUUUGAAUUAUAUUUUAAAUAGUUUUAGUGAUAUACCUACCUAUAAAUUAAAUAUUUUAUUAGAUAACUAUAAAGUUUUAUAUUUUAUACGAAACUACUGUCACAUUAUGUAUUUAAUAAUUAUUUUUUCAUUUUUCUUUUCUUUAUUUAACUUGAAUUUUAGCAUUUUGACGUUUUCAAAAGUACUUGAUAAAAUACAUUUCAUCGAUAAAUACAACUUAAUAUUUUAAAGCAUUAUGAAUUUUAAAAUCGUUUCAUUGUAAAUAUAAAGAACCCUCACCGCUAUAAAUAGAUAGUUACGUAUAAAAUCUGUACCAAAUUGACAUUUUUAUAGUAUUUAAAUAAAAUAUUGAAAUAUUUGUUCAGUAUUCGAAAUUCGAAUAUGCAAUUUAAAUACCGCAACGUAUUUUAAUUAUUUUUCGUGAGUAAAUAUACUUGAAUUCGAAUGACUUAUUUUAAAUCUAUAAAAUAUAUUAAAUCAACUUCUAUUUCUAUUAGCUAUUUAUUUAAACCUAAAAUUUUGUUCUAAUAUUUAUUAAACUUUGCACACUUGAUAUUCAUAACAUAUUGAAGUUCACUGUCUGUUUUUUAUCUCGAAAUUCAACCCAUAAAUAUCACCUAAUACAUACAAUUUUUUUGUAUUUUUGGAACGUCCACCAUGUUUUUAUAAAAUAAUAAAAUCGUAAAGUGUACGUUUUCCUACCUUUUUUCCGUUAUGAGCUUUUAUUUAAAAAAUGGCGUCAAAAAUCAAAAAAAGACAUGUUAAAAUAUAAUAGAAACAACUAGAGCUUUCAGAAAAAUUGCUACACGCACUAAUUAGAGUAAUUUUAUUAGUAAAAAACCUGUUCACAAACUAGAAAAAAUUAAAAAUAUUUUAGUAAAAUUAAUAGUACGCUACGAUCGGAAUCUAAAAUGACGGACAUACAUCGUACGUGGGUGCAGCCACUUUUGUAAAUGGAAAUUUGGGAAAGUAAGAUACAGAUAGGAGUUCAGUUGAUAGUGUUGCUUUAUUCUAUAUAAUAUGGUAUAUAUCAUAUUAUGGUAAAAUGAUAACAACAAUGUGUGUUUCCGUGACAAUAAUGAUUGUUUAAAAAAGAUUAAAAUAAUAAAAACUUAAUAAUAACAAAAAAAUAAAUAAAAACGGUUGACAACCUAUGAUAACCUUAUUUUUAAUUUUUCAAUAUUUUGUAACUGAAAGAACUAAGUUCUCGUCAUUAUCUCGAAUAUUGAUGAGAAUUUCAAAAAAUGACCUCUUUAAAGUAUCACCCAGAGAAUAUUUACUUUCAGAAAAACUGUAAUUGAUAAUCGAAGUAAGCGUUCUGAUGGAAAAAGUGUUCAUAUAAAAAAAAAUAUAAACAUCAUUGUAAAACCAAUACAUUCCUCACUUCACUCAGAAACUAAAAAACUCGAAUAUUAACAAAUUUACAUACAAGUAAAUUUGUUAAAAAUUUAGAUUAUUUGAAAAAUAAAUACUUUCUAUUAGAUUAAAACUGUAUCUGUAUUUAUACUCAAAUAUUUUCUUAGUGAAUAUUGAAAUACUCACUCAAACACGCGUAUUCUAAAUACAUUUUAAAUUAUUAUGUGUAUUUUCAUCCGAAAUAAGUUCUUUUGAAAAGUGUCUUUUAAAAGUCUGUUGCCUAUAGAAUAUAUCUAAUAUUUACAACUUUAACUAAUAAUUUUUAAUAUUUUUUGGCCACGCCAAUAUUUUGUUACAAAUUUCCCGUUUAAUUUAUAAUAUUGUCGUGACUCACGUGGCUUUAUGUACAUAAUACUCAAUAGUCACUGCGUAUUAAUUAAUUUUAACCCCAAGUGGUCUACGCGUGUAAAGUAUAUCCAUCAUGUUCAAAAUAUAAUAUUGUACUUGCGAACGAACAAUAUAUGCUAUAUUAUUACAAUGAAAGUACGUUGAGUUUUACUAGAAAAAAAAAAUAAGAAAGAAUUUCCACCGGUAAAUAACCGAACGAAAAUAUAUAAAGGAUUUUUGAUUCCAUUUUAAAAUAAAAAUCGAAACUAAAUGUUUUUAAAAAUAGCUAAUGGAUGGUAGGUAUAUGUACUUAUAGACGUUUCUUCGGAACUUUAUUUGUUUUCGCUCCGAUAAAUCGUUAAAUAUUAUUAAAACAGUCGGAAACUUAUGCGACGUUAUUGAAAAUGUUAAAACAAGUAUUCGGUAACACUAUGGCUAAUAAACUAUUCAAUAUAACUAUUCAACAUAUUCAUGUUAUUGGCAUUUCAAUUUAAUCGGAACAUACUUGAAAAAACAACAUAGAAAUCACGGUGUAGGGACAUAGUUGCAUUAUACCUACCUAUGUAUAUACAAUUUUAAGCAGCCGUAUGUUUCAUAUUAAGCAUUGAGACUUCAUUUCAAAAAAGAAACAACUAAUCAAAUAUUGUCAUAUUCGAUCUUUCUCAGUGAAAUUGACUUGAAGUCACCUUUGGUAUUAGAUUACAUUCGCAUUGUAUAUUUAAUUUUUUCAGGUAUUAUUGCAUUCAAUAUAGAUUCCUAAAUAUAGAUCCUAUACAUGAAUUUUUCCCUUUAAAUGUAGCAAAAGGUACAUUUUCGAAAUAAAAAAAAAAAAAAAAAUUAUAAUAAUAAUAAUAAAUGGAGUCACCUAGUUAUGAUGGCACCGAGGUCUUAAAUCCGCGUCAUUGUAGAUUUAAUUAAAACAAACUGCACAAUAACGUCACUUAAUAAAAUAAAAUAUAUAAACAUAUACUAUGUGCCACUAUAUAAAAUAAUAUAUAUAUAUAUAUAUUAUAUAUUUGGAGAUAAUAACUUAAUUAAUAAUGAGGUAUUUUUAUUUUAUGCUAUCAAGAUUUAAAAAUGACAUAAAUUUCAAUUAAUCCAACUUCUAGAAAUAUUUAUUUGAAAUAUGUUACAACAGCUGCGCACGGUAACAUUAAUAAUUAUUAACGUAUUGCAUAAGUAUUUUAUUAGCGUUUCAUUAAUCGGUUUUAUGUAAUACAAUAUAUUUGUUUUUUAAACGGUAUGCUAAUAGCAUUCGGACGAGUUUGAAAUAUUUAAAUAGGGAUUUAAAAUAAAGCCACUCGGUUCUAAUCUAUCAACGUCAAAUUCUCGUUUACCCGAGUCUGGAAGUAAAGAUCUAAUAAAAACAAAAACGCUAUUUUCAUUUUUAGAAGAUUUUUUUUUUUUUCGGAAGUAAUCAUUCACCUUUAGCAAUUAACGGCAAGUUAGCGCAAAUCUAUUGUUAAAAUGAAAUUAAAUAACUUUUACGAUAACCACGCAUGUAAAUUGUAUACAUUUAAAUUUGUUUAAACUUUGUCUCUAUAGAAACAGUGAUAACAUACCGUACGACACUGAUUAUCUCCAAAAGUGUUAACUUUUCCGGAAUUUGUUUUUUUGAAAAUUUAUAAAAUAUAAGCAUCUAUAAAAUGUUACGUUAUUUUCGGCCAUGGAUAUUUUUGAGGGUGAGACCGCUGCCCACUUGAUUUUCAAAUAGCAACCUAUAUUAAAAAUCGCAUUAAUUGAUAAAGUUUUAGUUUAAAUAAAUGUUGAUAUUGAAACUGUUAAUUCCCGACAACUAUGCCACUUUAAAGUUUGCCAAUUACCAUUUUGUGGACAUAAGAGCACUAUUUAAACACCAUGUGCGUUUCCGUUACACAAAUGAUAUCCCACUACUUUAUUGCUGCCAAAUACCUCUAACUCAAAAGUGGUCUACAUUAGCCCAUCAACGGGUUGAUGGAAAUAAAUUAUUUUAAUACCAAAAUUUAUUUAUGCUGUAAUUUUAUUUAAUUUAUUGGAUUUUCAAUAUAGCUAAAAAUCAAAAGUGGCAGUAGUUUCACCUUCAAAAUUAAAGAUGCAAAAAAAAAAUUAGUCAUGUAACAUUUUAGAGCAGCUAGUUUCUUAAAUUUGUAUAAAAAACAAAUUCUAAAUUAAGUAAUCAAUUCAUGAAAUGAUGUAUCGUAUCAAAUCGAUUUGUAUGUAUUUCAUGUAUUACAUAUUUCUGAUAAGUGGAUCACUAUAGAUAUAAAUUUGUAUUUGAUUUUUGAAAAUGGGGUUUUCACGACCAAAAGCUAAAAAUUAAAUUAAAAAAAUCACGUUAACCAAUUUCUACUAUAAUAAUAUCACAACGAAUCGUGACGCACGUGUAUACAUCAUUACGGUUCAUAUAUAUUAUCUGUUGAUAAAACGUACCGUUUACAAGAUUUUCGGAUUCAAUUGAAAUCACUUUCGAAUUACUAAAUUUUAACUUGCGAGCACUUAGGGAAAAAACCGCGAAACUCGUAAACACAUUACUCAUCCCUUUUAACGUUUUCUCUAAUAGCAUCUCUGCAAUCACAUUCGGUUUUAGGGUUUUGCGAGCCAUUCAGCGUGGAGAUUCACUGUGUUGCAGCUCAUUAUUAUCUUUAUGGUACACUGAUGACGGUUUUUAAUCUAACCCGAGAAAAUAAUAUUUUGAAUUUCCUCGAAACUCUCAGUGGCUCUCGAUUCAACCACUUAUGAUAACAUAACAAUAAUUCAAACACAUUUAAAACAUUAUUAUGUUCCAAACGAUUUCGUAUACCCGUCGAAAAUAUGUUUGUUGUCUCAGCGCGAAAUUAGGAUUGUAAUUAUUGUAACGUUAUGGAUGUAAUAAUAUCAAACCACAGUAAAAUAAAACUGUUCAAAUAACUUUUGAGAAAUUUUAAUCUUACGCAAAUAAACGAGUGUACUAUAUGGAAUAUUCAAAACGCGAAAAUAACAAUCAAACUUCAAAAUCUGUACCUACGUUGAAUCGUCUACUAAAUAAUUUUGUUUUUAGUAUUAAAUACUUAAUCCGGCUUUACGAAAAUGUGAUUAACAAUCCAUCAAUUGAUAAUUAUACAAUGACCAAUCCAGAUUAAUGGUUAUUACAAAAUUCGAUUUAUUUAUAAACUCCUGCGAAAUUCGGACGAUCAUUCAUCUAACCAUUUUCUGACGUCCAAAACAUUUUUUAAGUGGUUUUUGUUAACAUUUAUUAGUUAUAGAUAUUGUUAAUUUUUUUAGAUUUUACUUACUUUUUUCCUCUACUGAUUCAUCCAGGAUCUCAUAUUGAAUCAUAAUUUGGGUUUUUAUACUCGAAUAACAGAUUAAAGAUCCGUAAUUCAGAAUCAAUUUGUAAAACUUGCUUAAACAGAUUUUGUGUAAUCCGUUAAUAUUUGAUUUUUAUUUUAUUCAGAUCGCAGAUGGAUCACAAAAGUAGAAGUUUGCUUCUGCUUAAUUUCAGCAUUGUAGGUACAUUUUUAUUUUGACUUACAAAUAUUUAUGUUGUAUUUAUUAAGGGACAGGUGAGUUAUAUUUAUUAACCAUGUUUAAUACUAUUUAUUUAUAAUUAAUAAUUUAGCUAAUAUUUUUCAAAAGUUCAAGGAUGGUAACCAAUUCUAAAUUCUAAAUUUUUACAAAUAAUUUAAAUAAAUUUAUCAUAUUAGAUGUUCAAAAUAUUAUUUUAACUUUAAAAUUUUAAUUAAAUUAAAAAUAUAUUCAAAGAAAUUAGAAUCAUAAAUAUAUGAUAUAUUAAAUUUGUUUGACUAUUUUAUUUUGUUAUUUAUUUUAGUUAUAGUUUAAAAAUAGUCAAAAACAAUACAUUUAUAUGACCUUUUCACUUAUGAGUGAUUUACAAAAACCAGAUAUAGAAAAAAUAUCGCGUACUUGUACAGUUAAAUAAUUUACUGGUAUCCCGUUUAUUUGUUACGGUAUACUUUAGGUGUCGUGUUAAGAGGCUGGGUACUGUUUGAAAUUAUUGCAUUCUACAUACACUAUACGUGCUAUACAUUACAGUGACCAAAUGUAAUUACUGCUGUUUUAUUGUAUAUACGUAGACGUUAUCAUACACAAAAUUAUUUUUUAAUAGAUGUAUUUUUCGUCAAAGAUUUAUUAUUCUGUUGUACAUAUACGCGAACAACUUGACGGCAAUUCAUAACACUGUUUAUGUAUAUAUGUUUCAUUGAAAUACCGCUAGUAAAUGGGUCAGCACCAAAGAACGUUACUUAUUAUAGCGCGAGUCGAGUAGAAAACCAUUGAAAGAACUUCACAAUAUUCGCUUUAUAACUCACAAAAAAAAAAAAAUACAAUUUAUUUUCUUUUUUUUUUUUUGGAUAAGACUUACAAACAUUACACACACGCGUUUAGUUAAAAAAUGUCGGUUAUAAAUAUUAGGUUAGGUUUUUUCCACGGAUACUAAAAUACAAUGGAUACUAUAUUCCCUAUUGUUUUUUAUUAAGUACUACAAAUUAAAAUAUUGUAAAUAAUGGGCAUCAUGAAAUAUUUUUGUAUACGAGCUAAUAAUGUUCAAGUCUAUGAUCUGAAAAAUGACAAUUAUUUUGUUUGUUUACGUUGGAAAAUUAAUCCUGUGAAAAUGACACAAAAUUUAAAAUCGAUUGAUAUUUCAAUGCCACUCCUGUGCAAUAAAUAAAAAACUAAUACUGUAAAAAUGGUUGGGCCAAUCUAAUAGGUUGUAAGUGAAAGCCAUUUGAACCCGGGGUUUUCACUGUUUAAAUAUUAUUUUGAAAUUAAUUAACCACAGUAUUAUUUUAUAAAAGUCAUAAAUUUGAAGGUACCUUUUUAAAAGUCCAGAAAAACGUAUUCAAAAUAUCCCAUAGUGAACCCUUUCCAUUAUAAUAAUGGAAUAAAGAUGAGCUUAAAUCUCACCAUAUCGUUAACAUAAUUAUGUUAGAAAGUUUGAACAUUAUACUAGAUUAUUAAUAAACAAUUUGUUUUGAAAAAAACCACUAAUAUUAAUACUAUAUUUCUAUAUAAAUUAUAUUAUUCUAUAUAUUUUAAAUAACAGGAUGCACUUUAAAUAACGAUAUAAAUCAUGAAAUAAAUUGAAACUCACAAAAAAAUUAAUAAUAAUAAUACUUUUUAUUAUCAUUAUAAAUUUGCAGAUAUUAUAAUGUGGUUAUACUUAUAACAAUACGUAUAAUAACAGCGAAAAGAUUGCUUGCCUCGUCUUAGUAUAAAGAAUUAUUUUUUUAUUUUUUAAAUUUUUAUUUAAUAGUAUUUUUUUAUCUCCAGUUAUUCAUUGUGUAUAUAUCAGAUUAGAACUUUACCCUGAAGUUUUCGCGAACAAAAAAAAAAAAAACAAUUUGUAACAAUUAAGUUAAAAAUAAAAAAAAGGCUUAAGGAAAAUUGAUCACCCCGUAUAUAGGGAUAUAGAGAAAGAUUAGGUAAUGCGUAUCGAAAUCGUUCACGUGCCACCGACUGUUGUACAAUUAUGGGUUACGUAAUAUUCUAUAUCCUCUAAGUUAUCUUUUACUGAAUUCAUAUAUAAAUAGAGAGAGAUUAUAGAUAUUAUAGAUAUUUGAACUACAAAUAAAGAAGUCGGGAAAAUAAUAAUAAUAUAUUUGGUAGUAUAAUAUAUGUAAAAUAAGAUAAUUAAAUGUAUACAUAAUAUCGAACAUAAACGAUCAUGGGCCAAGAUGGCUAACAACAAAUUUUGAGAUGUCAUAAUUUGUAUGGUUUACAUCAAAAUUCGAACUAAAAACUUUUGAAUUUUGACUUAAAUCCACUCAAAAUAGUAUUUUGUUUGCAAUGAUUUGCAAUUUUCGCAUUCAUGCCGGCUUUAAACCUAAUUAUUUAUAUCUAUAUGCAACAAUUAAUCGUUGCUACCGAAAAACCUUUCUGAGUGGAGCUCGGAUAUACGUUUAAAAAGCUGUAAUAUUUAAGAUUUUCGUUAAAAAUAAAGAAUACUACGUCAAACUAAACUUUUUCUUGCUGACCACCCUAAAUAAAACUUAUAAUUAAUCUCCUGUUCAAUUUAUUUUUCGAAAUCAUACAAAAACAAUUAUUAAAAAAUAUUAUAAUAUUAAUAUUGUAAAAACUUAAUAAUAAUAAUAAAUAAAUAAAAACCAUUGUCUAUGACAACUUUAUUUUUAAUCUUUUUUAACCUUGAGAAUCAAGUUUUUCUCAUUAUUUUAAAUAAUAUAAUAAUUUCAAAAAAUAAACUUUUUAAUGUAUAAACUAGAGCCAAAAUGAAACAAAAAAGUUUAUUGUCAUGUUGUGAUUUGAGUAAGAUUUUUUGGAGAACAGUUAUUUUUAAUCAAAAAAAGACACACAGUUAAACCUAUAGGUCGCUUCACUCAGAAUCUAUAAACAUUAAUAGUGUUUUAAUAGUUUAAAGGUAGUUUGUGUUACCUAUUCAAUUCAAUUACGGCAUAAAAUACAGUUUCUAUCGUAGUAAUAAUAAUAACAACAAAUAAUGAUUUCAAGAUUUGAACGAUUUAAAAAAAUAACAAAAUCGAAUUAAUUAAUACAAUUAUUAUUUUCAUAUAAUAAAUAUUUUUUAAUAUCUUCUCAAAUAUUUUUUUUUAUGAAAAUCAAUAAAUAUCCUUAGAAAUAACUUACACUGUAUUUUUUUUUUUAUUAUUACUAUUAUUAUUAUUUUUUUUUAAUAACGCUAGAUAUCGUUGGAUUUAUUUAAAAAAAAAGACGAAGAGAAUGAAGCAAAAAUAGAAUUCAGCCUUUAAUUAAAAUCAUGCCUUUUUAAUCUGUACUUUCUUUACAUAUUUUAUUACAUUUUUUUUUCUUAUUAAAAAUGUCUUCGUUAUAAUAAUAAUAUUUUGUGUGCAAUACAAAGUAUUAUACGUUGUUGGUAGUUUUUUUUAUAUAAAUAUUAAAUUUUGUUUAUUUUAAAUUAGUUUAAAAUUAAAUGUAUAAGAAUAAAAAAUAUGUAGGACCAAGUUGCCUAGGUGAUCUAUCAAAAUAUUUUAUUCGAUUUAAUAUUAUAAAUAUAAUCUAAUUCAAAUACGUGAUUAUAAUCGAAUUGCAUAACUCAAUAAAUUUAUGAAAUAUUUCAUAUAUCAAUAUUUGAGUUUAAAAAUAAAAUUAACUUAAAUGUCUUAUAAAAAAUUUACAACAUUAUUGUUAUUAUAAUAUUAUUGAAUUUCCCCACCCCUUCUAUGUACAACUAGUUAUAUACUCUAUGUUAAAUUUUCAAGCAUCUCUACUCGACCAAAAAUUGUAUCCAUACAACAAAAAUAACGGAAUAAAAACUAAAACAAGUUUCAAACACAAAUAAGUAUUCGGUGAAAAUUUCAGCUUUAGAAUUAAAAAUUAACUAUCCAAAGAGUUCUACAUGAGUGACGUACCAUUAAAACGCAUAUAGGUAUUUUGUAUUAUAAUUUAUUUUUGCAAAUUAAUACGUAACUACUCGUUAUUUUGCGCUUCAACGAUUCAUUCGUGUAGUUUAGUAUUUAUUCGUUCGUUAUUUGUACAGAAAUAUGUAUCUAAAACCACUCGUAGCACUCAUACCACUCAUACCUAUGCACCAAUAUACUACGUAUUUUACCUCUAGAAAUAAUACAAUCGUCGAUUUUGCUUAUCAUGGAGUAGGUAUAUUAUUCUGAUAAUAAUAUUAAACAUGAAUAACCGAAUAAAUGAAUGAAUAACUUAUUCUCCGAUUGUUGUGGUAUUUAAAACAUGUUAUAAAAAAAAAAGCUGAUACUGUGGACGGGUGCGAAAAAUGUUGUAGGUGAGAAGUUGGAAAGGUAGGAUAUGUAAGGUUAUUUCAUUUAUAUCUGUAAGCAACGAUAAACCAUAAACUUGAUGAAAGAUAAUUCUAAACGCAGUUCGGUUAUAAAAUUAUUUUUGCUACUUUCUUUUAAAUUUGAUUUCAAAAUGCUUAUUAAAAAAAAAAAAAUCCAAUGAUUUUGAAAAUUUUGCCACUUUACGUAAGUCCAAUAUAGGCAUUAUUACCAAGUUCUAAGUCUCUGCGUGCAUUUAUGACCGAAUUACAGCAAAAAAACUCCUAGAAAUUAAAAUUUCUUAAAAGCUCAAAAGUUUUGACAAUGAUACCGUAAGAAAGUAAAUCAAAAAGGCAACAGAAAAGGUAUCUUUAAAUUUUCGGAUUAAAUCAUUUUUUCUGGUAGAAAACGUCAUCCGUGUUUUUAUAAAAUAAAAAAAUCAUGUAAUUGUCCGUUUUCUAAUGUAUUUUUCCACUUAAGUGCUUUUAUUUAAAAAAUUACCUCUUUAAUGUACAGUCCAAAAAACUUAAGCCUUUAGAAUAAUUGCUACACAUAAAAAUCGGAGCAAGUUAGGAAACUUGCUAACGUUUUUUUCUUACUAGAACAGACUAGAAAAAUAAAAAACAUCUUAAUAAAACCAAUAGCUCCAUCGCGACGCUCGAAAUCUAAAAUUAAAGUCUCGUCAAAACCAUUAUAUAUAAUAUUAAUUUUAAUGUUCUACUCGUUUUGCGUAUACUCCGGCGGAAUUGGUAAAGUUACAUAAUUUUUUCUUUUUUUUUUCAAUUCUGAGUAAAGUGGAGAAUUUAGAGGGGAUAUUUAAUUUAUAUCUGUACGCAACGAUUAAUCUUUACUAUCGAAAAACGAUACUGAGCGGAAUUCGAUUACACAUGUUUUAAAAGAUCUUAAUAUUUACAUAUAUUAACAUAUUAUGUUUCAUACAUUUUCUCGUUUUCCCUACAUUUCUUUCUCGGUUUUUCUCAUUUAUUCUGAAAACUUCUAGGAAAAUCAAAAAAUUACCACCCCAGUCAGAUUUUCUUUAAAAAAAAUUGCUAUCAUUGUAAUAUGGAGAAAAAUUAAUUACAGGAAAAUAAAAAUAAAUAAACGUCAUGGUAUUGCCAUAACCUUUUUCGCUCUACUCAGAAUAUCAAAUUCAAAAUUUAAAAAAUACACAUCAUAAUAAAACCAAUAGAUCCCUAUAGUUACAAUAUAAAUCAAAAAUGCUAAUAAAUCCAGUAAAUCCAAAUAUAUUUUGGGAAUGGUUCUGAAAUUUCUUGAAAUGUCUUAGAUUUUUAUUCAGUUGAAUAGUAACACAUGCGAUAGAUACUAUACAUUUCAUUUUAGUCUUUAUUAUGCAGCCUUAUUGAUAGUUAUUCGCACAUGAUGGAGAAAUUCAAUUUCGCCCAACUGACGUAAUCUAUCCCAGCAUAACAUCGGCAGAUUUUUUAAAAAUUUUCGUAGUUUAUCAGUAUGGUCGCAUUGUAUAGCUCGGCAUAUUUUAUAUGGUGUAUGUUAUCGUUUGGGAGACUCCGAGAACAUUUGACAACAUUGCAUAGAAAAUCGUUCGGUUUGUACGUACCUAGGUAUACAAAGUAGUAUUUUUUUUAUCGAUUGACACCGUCAUCGUUCGCAAUCGUUUGACGUAUUCAAGUUCAUUAAUUUAAUAUAUCUAUAAUAUUUUUGUGAACUCUUUAUUUUUUUUCUGCACAUAAACGACAUUUAAAUAAUAAAUGUGUAUAGUAAACGUGCACCGUUUGCAUGUAUCUUUUUGAAUGCAUUUAUCAUGCUUCUGUGUUUCUAGAUUCUGAGCGCAGCGUAAUAGUUUUACUAUAAUACAAUUUUACAUCUUUUCUAAAAGAAAAUAUUGUCUAGAAGGUGUAGUGUUUUAUACGCGUUUUAAGUUUAAAUUUUGACGAAAAUCGUAAAAAUCAUGUAAUUUUAAAAUAUGUAUGUUUAAGUAUUUAACCGAAAUUUUCUCAGAACCGUUUUUUGGGACUCCUACAAUACACAAAUUUCUCAAUUUUUUAGUAUAAUAUUCUUUCAUAAAUUUAUACAUUAUAUUAUAGUUAUAGUAUAUGUAGGUAUACAAAAUACAAUAUAUAUUAUACAUACUUUUAUUAUUAUUAUGAAAAUACGAUAUUGUUUGUGGUUUUUCUUAUCAUCACACGACCAUCAUAUUAUACUACCUAAGCAUCUAACUCAGGUAGUUACUGUAAGUUUUAAGUUCCGAUAAAUAUUUCUCGCACUAGUCCCUGGAAUGGCAGCUGCUGGUAUAAACCACGUACGUAGUUUUUGUACUCGUGGUAGUAUUUUGAUGAGCCCCGAAGUGUCGCAACGUAGGCGAAAUGCAUUCACAAAGUACGAGUAUAAGUGUAUAUACCUACAUUGAAAUGCGUUUACUAGUCUUGAACUAUACGAGAGUUGAAUGACACGCUAUAUAACGAAUUGACUUUCUGACGAGACGUUUCGUCUCAGGGGCCUCCUGCGGACUCUAGAUGAGGGAGAGGAAGUAAACGAGGCUAGAUAUGACAGUUGAUGAAUCUCGGCAAAGUAGCGAUUUCGAUUUCUACUAAAUAAUAUAUAGUACGAAACCUUAGGAUAUUAUUGCUAGUUGAUGGAUAAAUCAAUAUUGUUGGAACGCCCGAAAUAUCCGAAAACUAAACGAAUGGUGCGAUUAGAAAACUAUUAUAAAGUGCUUUUAAAUGGGAAAAUUUAAAUUGUUAACCAACUUUUACAUGAAUCAAACUAAGUACUAAAAAAAAGGCGUUUUUCAUUGAAAUGUUCUAUUAAUAUGUAUUUACUCAUGGUUCUUGAUGACGUCAGCAGUUGUAAUGUUUGCAAUUUUUUUAAUUUUACAUUUUUGUAAAAAAAAAAUUGAAUUUUUUCUAAAUAAAAUCCCAAUCUAAACCCCCUCCUAAAAUAAUUCCUAAUAUUUUCCCCCGAAUUUAAUAUUUUUCAAACAAAAUUCGUAAAAAAUAUAUGUCAACUUCUACGGGCGGUGACUCAAUGUAGUAGCGGCUUCAGAGCUUCGGCCUAAUGCGUGCUAGGAAUAAUAAUGUUAUGAUACCAGUGCAAACUUCCGAAAAUAGUCACUAUUCUCUAUUAUUAUAAUAUUCCAUUGGAAAUGAAACUAUUUUGAAAUAUAGUAUUGAAAAAUUGAACUGUUUGGAAGUAUGGAAUUGGAAAAUAAUGUAUUAAGAAAAUAAAACUUUGGGGAAAAUGGCAUUGAAAGCAAGAACUUUUAGGGAGAUUAGGGAGAGGACAAAUUACGAAAUAUGCCGUCCUAAAGACGACGGCACGAGUUACAGAGUUAAAUGAUGGCGUUCAGUAAAAGUGUAUAUCCAGAAAAACGAUGGUCUGACAGAGUUUUUGUGUUUAAUUUUUUUUAACGACGUCUGCCACACGUCUACAUGACUACAGCGUAUCUAUAACGAUUUUUGGUAUGAAUAGAGACCCCGAGAAAAAAAGGGCUCCACUCUUGACCUCACUAAGGACCACUAGGUCAUCCAACUGUGAAAACCAUCUGCUUUGGUAUAAGAAUUUUGUCCACACGCGGUUCCCUUUUUUUUGGCAAUUACAAACCGCUGGACCGUUGCCAUCGCAAAGGGUGGCUGCAAUAUAUUUUACCACGGUAAGCACGUCCUGUUUUUCUAUUUUCACUCGAGUGGAUUAAGUUAAUUGUACAUAUAUGUAGUCCAGAUGGGUUCUCGAUACAUAAUAUACAGUGAGCAAUAUUCAAUAUUUCUUAUAUGAUACCAUUAAAAGUAUAUAUUUUUCAGCGUUUUCAGCAUUUUUUUUUUUUUUUUUUUUUUUGUGAAAUAUUAAUUGUUUAAAUGAAAUAAUUAUGAAAAUAAAUUGUUUAAUAACGUAUAUUAAAAAAAAAAAAAAAUACGAAACGACCGUUUUUGUAAAAAACAAAAUAAUAACUUUUUAUGAUAAAUAGUGAGUAAUAAUGAUGAUAAUAUGACCAUUAAUCAUUUGGCAUAUCACAAACUAUGAAAGACUAUGGAUAAUAUUCAUCUCCCUUGACCACACCCAUUUAUCAUAUUAGUAUUAUAAUUUUUACAAUCAUUUCAAAUCUUAAAAUGAAAUAGUUUUGUAUUGCAUCAGUGUAUACAUUUUUUAUGGCCAUUUUCGACUUUCGUCGUGAUACUUGUAUGUAUUAUAGUUAGGAUUAUAGAGAUAAUUUAAGUGGGUGGCAUGUGUAUUGUGUAUAGCGGGUAUAGUUAGGUACCAAUAUUAUUGGGUGUAUUAAAAGGAUGAGUUACUGGCAUAAUAAUAAUAGAUAGUAAAUAUCGAUCACCCAUUAAACAAGUGUAUUAAAUGUAUAUACCACCGCUACCAGGCGUUACAUGAUGUGUUCUAAAAAUUGAAAUAAUUAUUAUCUAUAUAAAAUUAUAUUUAAACUAAGAUUAAACUAAUUAUUCGAGAAAUCUAUUUACUACGUGUAGCAGAAUUACAUUAUUAUCUUAUACAGAAAAUGUCGUAUUUCUUUAGUAAUACUUUGUUUCUAAUAAUAAAACAUUUACUAUAGCGUUUAGGUUAAAAUUGGAGUUUAAUCAUAAAUUAUAACACUUACAGAGGAAAAUAUUUUCAAGGGCUUUGAGUAGGGUUUUCAAAGAAAAUUAGCACACAAGUUACUGCCAAAUUAUUUUUCGCAAUUUUUUAAAUAACUGUAACUUUUUUAUUAAGACAAUACAAUAUUUAUGAUUUAAGUAACGUAAUUUGGUUAUAUCGUGCGUUAGUAAGACGGUGACAGUACAUGCGGGUGUGACAUCAUUUUAACGAAUAAAUAAUUACGGAUGUACUUAUCCUCAUAUUUAUAAUUUACCUAUUCGUUGUAAUAAUUAAGAUUGCAAUACAACUAUGUGUCACAGAUCACACAGUUUCUUAAAUUAUAAAUGCACAUUAUCGUGUUGCAAAUGGUUAACUUUUAUUAGAUUAGUACAAUUGACGUUCAAUAUAACAUUACCAGUUGAUCUGUGUAAUCAUUUAGUAUCAUUUAUGUUUGAGUUUAUUUAAGCCAGUGUGCAGAUUUAUUUGUAAAAAUGAUUAUUUAAAUGUCAAUAAUAAAAUCGAAUCUUGAUUAAAACGUUUGAUUUCAAUAAAAUUUGCAUGUAAACAAAUUUUCGGCAUAAAGAUUUGUAGCACUUAAGCCAUUUUAAACAUUUCUAUAUUCAUUAUAACUUAUGAUUUAUGACCAAUAGACAAAUAAUUGAAAAUAAACAUGAUCCGUGUAUAAAAUGUAUAAAAUCAUCUACACAAAUUAAAUUUGUUUGCUUAAAAAAUGCGUAAGUAAAGUAAAAAAUUGAAAUAAAAUAAUGAUAUGAUUCGAUGAAUUUUAAAGAUGAAGUUUUAUUUGUAUUUUGAGAGUUUUCUACCAGGAAGGAGUAAGUGGAUAACAUGGGAUUAUUAUUAUAUUAUAAUAUACAAUUUUCGAGCCGUAAAAAUCAUUGAUUUGGACAUUUAAAAGUGUAUUUGAUAAUGUGUACGUUAUGCGAGAUUUUAUUUGACGUGCAUUACAUGAUGAUGCUAUUUUGCGAUUGUUCUGUAUGCGAGUACGAGCUGUCGUAUUUUUUUUAAACAAAAACUUCAUAAAUAAAAUCAGAAGACGUAUGCAGGCAGGUACUCGCGACGUUUGCGUUGACAACACGCGAUAACGCACGUACAAGGUUAGUAGAACUUAUAUACACGAAGGAGUCGUUUCGAGAACAUAUUGUUUUUGUCGUUGGUCGAUAUGCCUAUUACGCGUGGUCCUCGAAAUAAUCAAUAUAAUAUUAAUCUACGUACUAGUCGUAAAUUCCACGAUUAUGCAGAACUCUCGCAUUAAUAUUAAAAAAUAAUUUGAAUUUGCUAUUUUAAUUGCUUGUAGAGAAUCUAAAUGCGCAGUCCGAAAUAAAAUUACACUUUUAGGUACGCUCGUAAAACCAAACACCAGUAUUUUAUAGACUACCGAAUUACAUUAAGUUGACCUAUAGGUUCAUGCGGGCAUUCAAUAUUUUAUUUGUUACCGUAAUAAUAGUUGACUGUUUAUUAAAAUAUAUAUCUACUAUCUAGGUAUUACUAUUUUAUACUUCUAUUUUUUGCAAUUAAUAAUAUUUUUCAAAAUAAACUUACAUUUUUCGUUUCUGAGUAUGUCAAAGAAGCUAUUAAUUUAACAAGAGUGAGUUUUUCUUGGUAAACACUUUUAUGGUGUUAUUAAAAAUCCAAUGAUUUUUUCACAAUUUCAAAGAUACGGAUUUUUUAUCAGCUGUACUUUAUUUGAAAAAUGUAUCAGGAUUUUCAGCAGUUCAUAUCCUAGGUCAAUUUGUUUGUUGUAGUUUGAUAUUUCCGCUCAGAAUAACUUUUUGUUUGUAUUGAUCUAUAUAUAUAUAUAUAUAUACGGGGUAUCCAAAUAACUCUGUCAAUAUUCAUUUCUUUUUUUUUAAUAUGGUUUUUUGUCAUACAAAUGCAGAGAAAAAUUUGAUUUUAAUUUUUAUUCCUUAAAUCUUAAUUAAAAAUCAAAAAUAACUUUUUAUAUUUUCACUUUUUAAAAUUUUCAAAAUAUCCGAUUUGUAAAAUAUAUUUUUUUGAAAAUUGAAAUGUAUCAUAGAUCCAUAUCCGAUCAAUAGUCAAUUAGUAAUAGCCAUUUUAAUAUCUAGAGAAAGGUGAAAAACGAGACUGCGAGUUAUGUAACAGCGAAUCAUAGUCGUAAUAGAAGAUAAGAAAUAUUGAAAUAUUGAAAUUUAAACGGCUAUUAAUAAGAAAUAUUGAUAAAAUAUGAAUGUAUAAUACAUUUUAAUUUGUACAAAAACAAAUUUUACGUAAUUGCUAUUUUAAAAAUUCAAGUUUUUUUUUUUUUUCAAUGAUUAAGGGAUAAAAUUAAAAAUUGUAAAUUUCUCUAAAUUUGUCUGCAUUUGACAAAAUACCGGAUUGAAAAAAAAAAAUUAAAGUUAUUAGAAUUCGGAUAACACUGUAGGACAACCUGAACAUAAUAUAAUGUAUCCUACUUUAACCACCAACAACAGUGAACAUUAACUAAUUUUUUUUAAAUACAAUUUGAAAAAACACACAUUUUGCUAACAUUACUCAAGCAAAUUUAAUUUAAUUAUUGUUUUAUUAUUUCCAUUAGAAGAAUGCAAAAACGUAUUUUUUUUUUCAAAAGUUUCAAAGCUUUUAAACAAUAUUAAAUUCUUGUUAUCGUCGAAAACUAUUCAUAUGUUGUUCGUUAAUUUGAUAAAAUUUGGUAUGUGCAGGUAUGUGGUUUUCGAAGGUAUUUCGCGAAUAGAAUUUAAGGUAGGUAUUCGAAAUUAAUAUCGCGAUAAUUUGUAUUAAAUUAAAAUAUUUGGAAUACUUGAAUUUUUAAUUUUUUUUUACAAAGUUUAAUGUAAUUUUUUUGUAUAAAACUUAAUAAUUUAGAAGAGAUGAUUGGAUACAUAAAAAAUCAACUAUAUAUACUUAAGAACGAUCCACGUCAUGAUUAUUAUACUAUUGUAAUAGUCGGUGUGGCACCGAUUGACUAUAUCAAAAUAAUAAUAAUCAAUGAUUUUAUAGCGUGCAUACAAUGAUAAUAUAAUAGUGAUAGCAAAUGUUACGAAAUAGCUGUGAAUUUCGAUAGUUGUAUAGCUGCUUUCAACUCAUGUUAGUCUACUCGUAAUAUUUGUUUUUACUAUAGUUCAAUUGUUGUAAUCGCCCGAUAAUAGUUCAUGAUAUCGUAUAGAUCAGAUUUCAUACGUGCGUGAUAGAAAUUAAUCCCUCUUGAUUAGAAUACAAUUAUUAUUAUUAUAAUUUUUUUUGCUGUUUUAAUAAUACUAUUUGAUGAAUUCAUUAAAUAAUUUGUUUUUUUUCUCAGUUGGAUGUUCUCACUGUGUGCGAAGCCAUUAAAGUGCAAUCGAAUAGUUAUUUAUAUUUUCUCUAUUUUUUUAAAAAAUAUUUAUUACUGCUGUAGAAUUUUUUUUCCUGAUAUAGCAUUAUAGCUAUUUACAAUACAUUGUUAAUCAUGCACAGAUCAUUAGUCUUGAAUUUCUAUUAACUAUAUUACUCGUGUCAGUAACAAAAUUCUUUACGUUGUCCUUUCUGUAAUAAUUUAUUAAUAAAACAAUAUACUAUUCUUGGGCUUUACUGUUGAUUACUCUUUUCUCCUGACAUAUAUACCUUCUUUUCUUAACUCCUAUACUCCUAUUAUUUGUCUCCUUAGACUUAUCCCCGAUACCUUUAACUAAUGAAAAUUGUUCAAAUUUGCAGAGUUUAUUCUCGGUAGAGUUCAAAAAUAGAGUACAAGAUAUUUUUAUAUAACCGUAACCUAGCGUUGUCGAAUAUUUUCCCUUCUGCCGUAGAAUAUUCCAUAAACGCGAUAUAAUAUUAAUUUAGAUUUUUAAACUUAGGUUUUUGAUUUUUGUACGCGUUUAUCAAUCAAUAAUAAAAUCCGUAUGACUAAAAUUCUUGAAAUUCUGAUCUCCGAUCAAAGGAAUGUAUGAGGAAUAGAUGUAUUGGUUUAACUAUGAUGUGUGUGUUUUUUGUGUCUGGAACAACUUUUUUACCAGGAAUAUUAAUAAAAUGUUUAGUGUAGCAUUUUUUCUGAAAAAAUUGUGUGUCUAGUUCAUAUAUGUGAAUCAUCAUGAGUUGUACAUAUAUAGUUAUGAAACAAAAACGGGUGAGCGUAAUUAUUGAUUUUUUUUUUUUUUCAUUCGCUCUAAAAGUUAAAAUUUUAAUGGGAAUCGUAAAAAUUACGUAAUUUCAAAACUUAUGGUACCAUUCAUAAUCGCUCAUAAUCGUUGUUAAUUGCUUACAAAUAUAAAUUUAAUAACUCGACGUAUUCUACAUACCCAUUAUCAGUAACAGAUAUUUAUUAAUUUUAUUUAUUAAUCAAACAAAUUUAUAUAAUUCGAAUACUAAUCGUAAUUUGAAAUGUAUUUAAUUUUAAUAUAACAAAUAUGUUUUGUUUUCGUUACAGGGAAAUGAUUUAAAAGUAAAAUGUCGGAAAAUGGCAAUAUUACGGAUCCCAACUAUGGUGACACCCCGUAUCCUGAAUAUGGGCCCGGUUGGGGGGACACACCCUCGUCGAACCAAGUGCUGGGCGUUGAGGAGACCGAAGUAACUUCCACCAUACCGUCAAACAUGAUACCGACUGGAACCGGAGGUAAGUGAAUAAUAUGCUAGUACCACAAAUAAUCUAUAAAGCAAUGAACUGAUAUAAAAAUAAAUGUAUACGUUCCAAUAUUAUUAGAAAAAAAGAGGCAAACAGAGAUGUUAUAUAGAAAAAAAAUACAAAGUUGUAUUAUGUGUAAAUUAAAUAGGUAUCAUCAACUGUAUCUGUGGUCCCGUGAGUCACUGCGUGCCAAUAGGUAAAGCCUUGAAGAAAAUAUUUCAAUUGCGGAAUACGUAAGAUACCUUUCGUUUUUAUCUGCCUUAACUAAAAUAGUUAUAACAUCAUAAAUUGCCUUGUAGUUUGUUUAAUGAUUGUGCAAAACCACAAAAAAAAAAAAUGUAGAAACAAUGGGAUAAAUAACGAAAAUAGUUAUUUUCAGUUUUGUUUUUUUGUUAUGAUUCAGUUAAAAAUAUUAAAUAUGGAUUGCGUCUCACUCUCUAUAACCUAUUUAUAAAAUUUCAUUCAGCCACAUUGGUUUCAUCAUAAAAGUCUAAUUUUUUUGGGGCUUUUUUGAGUGCAGUGCAAGAACAAAUUUUAUAUAGGAUAAUAAUGAAUUACCAUUAAGGUAGGUAAGCACUCGACUAUUCGUGUACCGUUUAUAGUUUUAUAGUUAAUAGUUUUUUGACAAAGUAUUAUUUCAAAUUAUAAUAAAUUAAACGUUUUAUUUUCACAUAAUGUUAUUAAUAUAAUACUAAGGCACUGUUCGUGCUGUUAUCGAAUUCCAACCAAUUUAUAAUACCUAUUUAAAAUAUAAAAACAUAUUUAAAACAAUCAUAUUAAUUACCUAUUAAAUUGCGAUGCCGUUCUUGGUUUGAAUAAGAAAAUACGAUUGUCAAGACAAUAAAUCAAAAUAUAUAACCCAAUAGCAGAACUUCCUAAAUUAAUAUAAAUUAAUCAUUAAUAUAGUAUAGAAACAAAUUGAAAAGCUAAAAAAAAAACCAAUGUUUUAACUCAACGGAGUAUUCAAGUAUGUAUCUAAUACUCUCUUUUUUAUUUUUUAUGAAAAUCUUUAAAAUGGUAAAAAAUGUAUCAUUGAUUAAUGACUAUAAAAUGAUAGAACAUAGGUAAACGAUAAAAUCAUAACAGACAUUAGUUAUACACAAAAUUCACAAUUGAAUUAAUUAGUAUUAUUCUACAAGAUUGAAACAGUGAAAGACGAAAUUGAAACAACAUCAUAUUAUAUAAUUACACUUUAGUGUACUACCUACUGAAUAGUGGUAGAAAUACUAAUUAAUAAUGUAAAUGUCGGUUUGUUUGUUAUUUAAAUUAUCAUUGUUGAUUUUAAUAUUAUGUUCAGUGAGUCAUAGUGCCUAAUUGUUUUAAGUCAGUAAAACACAUAUUUGAUUAAAUCAUGUGACCCGGUAAAUAAUGGUUCAUAUUUUACACUAUAUGAGUAUGUUGUUUCUCCAAUUGUUUAAUAACAAUUACCUAACCGAUCAAACAAAAACUUCUGCAGAUAUUUUCUUAUUUUAUUUUUAUAAAAUCGUAUAUAUUAUAAUAUCAAUUUGUAUAAUUUUGUUCUCAAACCAAUUUUUUAAUGAGAUAAUUCAAUAUCUUAAGUUAAAUUAUGAAGUUCUACGUACGAUUUGACUUGUAUAAAUUCAAUCAAUGAGCUGCGAAUCUCUGUCACAAGAUUUUAAUUUUACCCUGUCUAUUUUGUAUACAGGAUAUCCCACAAAGAUACACCCAUUAAAAUAUCUUCGAAGAUAAUAAAACAGCGUGCAGACAAUUACCAAUAAUAAUAAUAAUAAAUAGUUAAUUAGUAAAUACUAUGACAGCUUGAUUCAUAUUAAUAGGCAAUUUUAUUUUAUUCUAAAUAAAUAUUAUAACUACAUACAACAUGAGCGGCGUGGAAGAGAACUAGAGAAAAGUUAUGGCGUGAAGAAACACGGAAAUUAGUAUCCGCGAGUAAGAAAGAUGAAUCAAUUUGAUUUGAUAGAACUUUAGAGAUGAAAAAAAGAUUAGUCAGCUGCCUCCAUCGGCGAGGCUAAAAAUAUCUAACAAAAAUAGGAGAGAGGAAUAAUCAUGCGAGAGGGGGGCAAAAAAUAUCAAACCCGAACACAAUCAUCUAGAGGAACCUUUUCUGGACACGCUCAAUUAUGUUACCAAUUACAGACGAAUUUGGGUCCCAGAUAAUUGAACCAUAUUCGAGGGUAGGAUAUAUGAGAACACAGAAGAGGGAUUUGAGAGGAGCAAGAAGACGAAAAUCACGGAAUUGGAAUAAUAAUUAAUAUAACAUAAUUAUUAUUAUUAUUAUUGGUUGUACAUAAAUUUUUUUUUUCUGAACUUUGAAAGAUAAUAAAAAAACACAAAUUUAAUGAAAUGCAAAAGUUGAAACGUCAAAAUUUUCAGAAUUUUAAGUAUUUCAGUAUAAUUAUUUAAUAUUUUUCAAAUUUUUUUACAAAUUCAAAUAUAAUUAUUUGUAGUCCUUAUCCCUGUUAGCAAUAUAAGAACAUAAUUUAACUAUCUUUUUAUAACCGAAGAUAUUACAAUGAGUAUAUCUUAAAUCAUCCUAUAUUAGAAAUGACUAUAACAAUAAUAAAUAAUAUAAUUAAAGGAAAAUAAAACGGAAAAAAAUACUAUUCAUUAUCGUUAUUCAUUAGCUAUGUUCUAUAUAGUCUAUAUACUCUUCCUUCUAACUUCCUUCCUAAAACUUUGUUUAGUAUCCAAACCGUGUCAAAAAAAUAAUUCCAAGUUCAAUAACAUUUAAAUUAAAUUUCAUCAGAAUGUACAUAUUUUUAUUCGUGGUGUAUACGAGAUUAUACAAAAUGAUUUUAUAAAAUAUCCCAAGUAAUAUUUAAAGCGGUCUAAAGGCGUACAAAAAAUACCCAUCACUAAAACCACACAUUUUACUCGUACCUACUCACUUACCAUAAAGUGUGGGUAUACAGAAUUUAUAUUAAAUUUCCUAUACACUAUCUUAUAUAUGUAUAUCGACGAAUUUUAUAUGUUGCUCUACAUAUAAGUAGUAUGUGUUAGGUGUAUGUAUUUGGUUCUAUUUAUGUAAAUUCCAAGUGUUUCGUUCGGCGUUUAUUUCUUCGCUCGUUUAAUCAUAUGUAAAUACAUAUACCGUAUAUAACAGUGACGAUGGCACCCAUCCGCCAGAAAUAAUGGCUCAAAUUCAAAAUGUUAUUCUCCUUUGAUUGUGUACUGCGCGUCUCCUUAACCCACGUACACCUACUGCAUUUGCCAGUAGCUCCGGGUAAUAAUAUAAAUAUAAUAUAUUGCAUCGUCGUGAUUUAUACACCCUCGAUUGAGUCCCGUGUAUUGUGUAUAUAAUAAUAGAGUUAUAUUAUAUUUUUCGUUACGAUAAAAAAUCCGCGAAGUUUUGACUUUAUCUACGAAAAAUGUAUUAUAGUUUUAUUUUGAGAGCCUAGACAUUAAGUGAAUGGCCAGAAGAUUAGAUACCUAUACCAUCAAUUUAACGUCCAAACACGCAGGUACUAUUAUAUACAUUAGUAUUUUAAAUAAUUUAAAUUUUUUUAUACGUAGUACCUAUUCAAUAAAUUGUCUAUAUUUUUUACAUUGUAACUUCUUAUGUUAUUUAUAUAAUAUUUUUAAUUUAAAACUGGAACAUGAAUAUGUAUAAUGAAUAAUAUUUGGACGACAAAUAGCGUCCGUAAAACAGUUGCUAACCAAUUGAAAUCGUUCAGCAAAUUGGCCACUUUCUUAUAAUCUACGCUCUCUAGUUAUAUUAAUUUGUAAAACGUAUUUUAUCGACGGUAAAAAAACGCAAUAAACUACUAUCGAAUAAUAAUAUUGUUUCGGAGAAAUUCACAUUAUCAAACAUCGCAAUUCUUUCAAUUCAAUAUUCAAUAUUUUUAUGAUGAACAAUGUUGUGGAUGUACGAAAUAGUUUAUUACAUUUUUGUGUACUUUAUACUGAAUAAAUAUUUUAUUUUCACGUAUAGCGAUUAUUUUGUUUGUUGAUUCAAAUUCAAACCAAAAACUCCUCGUGUCGUACAAAUGAUACGCGAUUGAAUCCACACACAAAAUCCAAACUUUAUGGCACGUUUAGUUUUAUGACACGAGGAAACUAGAUUAUGAUGUAUAAAUCUAAAACGUAAUGUAAAUAUUUAAUUCAACGAUUGAAAAUGUGCACUUGAACCUAACACGAAAUAAUAUCGUGAGUAAUACGAGUAAUAAAACCUAAAUUCGAUUUUAGAAAAAAAAUUAUCGAACUUUUUCAAAAAAUCUGGAUUUUUUUUAAGGAUAUUCCGUGAAACUGGUCACUCGUAUGACGCGACGAUAUCAUAAUCGUGGACAACUACGGUGAACAGGAAAUUACCUGACGGAAAGUAGUGUAUAAAUUUCCGGCGAGUCGAGUGAUGAGUUUAAUUUUCACGCGGAAGUCUUGUAUAAAAUAGCUGCAAGCAUAUGAUAUACAUCUGAGUGUAUAGAACACCUACGUUGACACGUUGUAGCUCGAAUGUCAAAGUAGCACGAAUUUUGGCGAUUUAACGGUGGAAAAGUAUACGUGCAACAAAGUAUCGAUACCUAACGCGAAGUAAACUCGAAAAAUGUGUAAUUUAUAUAAGGCAAGUUGGUACACCUAUAUCUUCAGCGAUAUUCAGUCUCCCAGAAAAGCGGAUAAGAUAAUAUUAUUAAUUUAUAUUGGCUUCAUAUAACGAUACGCUAUAACAUGUUUUCUUUACGUUAUCGAAAAACCGUUACUGUUUGAGUAAGUAAUAAUAUAUAUCGCACACUCAUAAUUCGAUCAUCAUUUAGUCUCGAUUAAUAUGCUAUAUAGAUUUUCGAUAUCGAGAAAUACCUAAUGGGAGGAGGGGAUAUUAUCAAUAUAAAACACAAAAUAUUUUGUUCGAUUUUAGAUAAUUUCACAGACAUUUAACGUUAUAUAAUCAUUUACGGCGGAAUACAUUUAUAUUUAUACAAUAUUUUUCACUAGGUUUUCUCACAGACUUUUGCCCGCAGCCAUAUUAAAUACCGGACGUGUCUAUAAGGUGUCAAUCGAUAACGGAAUACGCGCUUUAUAGGCGUACACUAUUUCAUGAAACUUUAAGAGCUAUUUUACUACUUCUACGGGCCGGGCCACUGAAAAACCACUUCAUUAAUGAAUCAAUAACUUCUAUACUCACCGGUGCAGAAUCUAUAAAAUAGAUUACGUACCCCAUCUCGUAUACUCUACACUUUCGUUAGUCGUCCCGCGCUUAUUUAUAGUACGUAUAUGUAACCACAUGAUAAUAAUAAUAAUAAUAAUAAGAUAUACGAACCCUUAUAUUAUUAUUAUAUAACCUUAUAUUAGUAUAAAAUGGAGACCAGCCGUCCCGCGAUAAAAUGCGUUAUUGUAUUCGUGCAUCCAAAGUUCUCGACGUUGGUGUACUUACGUCUUACCGCACUAUAAAAUAACCUGAAGGAAAUCAAAAAAACAUAACAAACCGCGCAUAAUAAUAUUAUAAUAACACGCCAAAUUAUUUAACCUUUAGAUACUUGCUGUGAUUUAUGAUGCAAUAUAGGUAUUCUAUAUCAGCGGUUCUUUAACCUUUGUAUUUAAGCUACUCAAAAUAUAUACCCGAUUUUUCAAGAGACAUAUUUUUUUCAAAUCAUGUUAAAAUUUACCCGUGGGAGUUCCUUAUAACCACCUCUGCUCCCUACCUGUAUACAGGUAAUUAUAUUUCGUGCUGUCAUGUUUUCGGAUACAAGUAAAAGAAUAGGUCAUUAACUUUUUUGUAGGCAUUCCGGCUUUUUCGAAACAUCCAUUUUUUAACUUUUAAAAUUUUAGAGAGAUCCAAUCAAAAUCAUUUGCGACAUAAAUGUUAAGAAACGCUGGUAAAUAAUAUUGGUCUUUAACUAGUUUCACGUUUUAAAUUUUUUUCGACAUAGUUAUUGUAAAUUAAGAAAAUUCGGCUUGUAAUUUAUAAUAUAACCACUAUAAAUUAUCAUUGUGCUUAACGUAAAUUAAAUGUGCUGUUCUACGAAUUCUAUACGUAGGAAAAUAUGAAAUAGGUAUACAAUAUUCAAUGAUAUUGGUUUCGAUAUUGAAUUAAUUUGCAUUAAUCAAUUCUUACGACUUAAAACCACGUAAAUAACCGAAAACUAGUAUCAAAAUCGUGGUUAUAGAAAAAGGUAUAGACAUUGCGGGAGUACGGAGAGAGCAUUUUCUUUAUAAGAGACCUAGCGUCGUCUUAGUGGAUAGGUUUGGAAGUGCAAUUAUAAAUUAGUUCCAAAAUCACCAGCUAAGAUAGUCGUGGUCAUAAAGAAAAAAAUUUACUCCACCCCCAGGUUCUGCAUAUAUAUUUUUGUAGUUUUUCCUCCAUACCCUCCUCUCUUCUGUUUAUUUCCAGUUUUAGUCCGGUUAAAAUUAAAAUACCUUGCACAUCAAUAGAUUUUUUUUAUACAUGACAAUACAAUUUAUCGUUUCAGGACCAAUCGUAAUACGAACUGAAGAGGCUUUCAUCGUCAUAUGCGUCAUGAUACUGUGGGUGGCGGCCAUCGCGUUGUUCUUCAACCGCUGGGGAAAAAUCCGCAUGCUCGAACCGUACCAACCCAAAUUUCACGAAGAAGAACACCGGCCAAGCUGUCCAAUGGUCGAGUUGGCCGGUGCCUCUGGGAUCGGUCAUAGUAUUACUGGAGGGGUAAGUGAAAAUAUUAGUUUAAUUGUUUUGUCCUAAAAGUAAAAGAAUAGUCAAAUUUAAUUUUAUACCUAAAUUAAAAUUUUCAAAUUACACUUGGGUUAAAAAUAAAACCGUUAAUGAUUAAACUAUGUAUGAAUUAAAAACGUGUAAUGUUUGAACAGUACUUAAGUCAAAAAAUAUUAUUUUCUAAAAUAAUUUGACAAGCUAAAAAUCAUAUAUCAAUUAUUUACAUAUUUAAAAAAACUAAUUUUUACCAUACCAUUGAUUAAAUUAAAUUAAGUUAAUGAGAAGGAAAAUUUCUAUUUUUAAAACUUUGAGCUAAAUUGUUUUGAGAACUUUUUUGGCCUAAUAAGUGCAAUUUCAAUAGUUACUUGUUUAUGAUCAAAGUGAAGUUGUAAAAUUAUCUUAUAAAGCUCAAAUUCAAUUUGACCGUACACAAAAAUAUCAGCAUUUCUUUAAAAAUAAUCGACCACGAGGCUUCAAGUUUUAGUCCCAAUGAACCUCUUCACGCGUGACCAAAAAAAAAAAAAAAAAAAAUUGGAAUCAUGAAUCGAUAAAGUAAAAUGAAACAAUUGUAUGUUUUCUUGAAAAAAGAGUUUGUUUUAUUUACAUAAUAUACUGAUUGCAUUCAUUUUUUUUUAUUUUUUGAUAAAAGAGCCGCACUUCGAAUGUCUUUUUCUUAUCUGCCGUAUUUCUACCAAACUCAGGAAACAUUUCGAAUUUGUAUAAUAAUAAUAUGACUAAUAUACAAAUUGAAAAUUCAAUUUUUGAAACUAAACUAUUAUUUCUGCGCGUGGAACCACCAACUUCCCAAUGUCACGCAAUCCGUAUUAUACAUAUUUUCAAUUUGUUCGAGUUUUAAUAUUAACAUUAUCAUGAUGAUAUUUUGUGCAAAUUUGCACGUAUAGAUAUAGUAUUGUCUUUUUAAAAAAAAAAAAGAAAAGAAAGAGAAAACAACGUUUGUUCUCUAUAUAUAAUUUACAUAAAAAUAUAUAAUACACGACAUGUAUUGUGUGAAUUCGAAAUCGAUAUCACUCGUAAAAUAAGUUUCGUGCCAUUAUUCAUAUAAUACACGCAUAUUGUUUAUUAAUAUCAGUUGAUUCACGUAUAAAUUCGACCAGAUUCGCAAGACCAUGAUAGAAAAAAAGUUUCGCAUCCCCAAAAAAAUACGAUUUUAUGCGUGAACGUUAUGUGUUAGCCACCAACAAAAUAUCUCGUUUAUCAAACGAAAAAAAAAAUAAAUAAUGUUUAGCCUUUCGACGCUUUCAAAUACCGGAGUCUCGUUAAAAAUUGACUUCCGUUGUAUUUGAUCGGGAGGAAGAGUGGGAUGAUGUAAGUUUUACUUGAUAAAAUAUUACCUCAAAUAUCUCUAACGAUAAUUAUCACCUCCAAUAAUAUUUCUCUCCCUACUCUCUUUUCACUUAAAGUCGUAUCUUGUCACUGAAAAUUUGUAUCUCCACUAUUAUCUGUUCAUAGUGAAUCUUUUAAUAUCGACAUACUGGGUGCAAUCAGGUUGUCUCGUACUUGCUUCGAUAAAUUUCAUCCUGGGUUAACCUCAAGAUCAUUUACCCGUUCUUCAAAUAUGUUUGACAGAAACAAAUAGUGAUCUUGUGAUGAAAAUGUACAGGAUGUUUGGGAUAAUUAUCCAUAGUAUAAUUUUACCUGGUGAUUAAAUAUCAAGGGGGCCGAUUUUCGUUGUUAUACGGAUUAAACAAAAAAAAAAAAAAUGAAUAGCACGAUGGAUAGACCACUAUUUUAGGUGAAAAUUAGAAAGUUAGAGAAAAAAAUUAUUGUAUAUCUGUAUGCAACGAUUAACUUUUUCUGAAAAAAAAGGUUCUGAGCAAAGUUCUGUUGGUAGUGUUACUUUGUCAACGAUACAUAAGUCAUAUAACGGUGAAAUUAUUUCACAUGAGUUAUAUAUUUUCCUUAAUAACUUUUUUUAAUAUUGUACCUAUUUUCCCGUUUUUCCAACCUUUUUUUACCUUGUUUUUUCCCGGUUUUUCCCAUUUAUAAGGAAAACAGGAUGGAUAUUUCACAUGAAAAAAAAGAUGAUACCACGUAAUCAAUCAAAAAAAAAUGAUUACUAAUACUUUUCGUAUAUUUCCCGUUUUUCCACAUUAUUUUCCCCAUUUAUUAUGAAAUUAUAAAAUAAACUCGCUAAAUUACUGCCCCAGUCAGCUUUCCUUUCAGAAAACGUAUUUUAAAUUAAAGUUUAAAAAUUUCUAAAAUUUCUAGUAGACAAAUUUUUAACAGAUAAAAAAUAAAAUAAAUAAACAUCGUUAUAAAGCCAAUAUAUUCCUCGCUCCACUUAGAAUCUAAAAAAAAGGUUCAAAUGUAGUUUAAUAUACAGCCCUUCUUACAAUAAAGAAAAACAAUUUAAUUUUCCAUUUCUUGGAAUUUUAAAAUAUUAUGUCAAAAGGAACUUCUUUAAUGGCUAAGUUUUUCAUUUUUAAGAUCGUUUUUGAUGGUAUAUUUAAUAUUUUAGAACAUUUUAAUCUCGGGCUUUUAAAAUAGCAUACUCAAAAAAAAAAAAAAAAAAAAAUGAAAUGUGCACAGUACCUAAUCGGAGAAUUAUAUUUUUCAAAACCACGACAUAAAUAUAAUUUUAAAAUAUAUUUAUAUGUUUUUAAUGCUGUUUACCUAUAUGUAUUAUAUUACGUGAUGGUCGGGUCAAUUGCCAACUAUUCGUUUGCAUUUUUUAUGACAUGACGUUAUGUUAGUUUUUUUUUCAACAAAGCCGUUUAAGAGUUGUAAAAGAAUGAAAGACAAAAAAAAGAACUACCUCUAAUAUGGUGAGAUAUUUCCGGGGCAUAAUAUUAUAUUGAAUAUAUAGGUACUGAGCUUUUGAAUUAUUAAAACCAAACGUCACGUAAUAGACAAAACGAAAAUCAUACAUUUUUAAUUUCCCAUAAAAUAUUUAUCGUGUCCAUUGUUUGAGAAAAAUAUAAUGUGUAAGUUUUGAAAAUAUAUUGAUCAUAUUUCGUUAUUAAAAAAAGGUAAAUAGGCCAUAAACGUACUUCCGUGAACCCAUACGGCAGUAACCACAAAACGGAUCCUAACUGUUUUUGGGAAAGCUACUAUAUUAAUCGACUGAUCAAGGAAUAUGACAUCCUUGCGCAUCGCAAUUUUCUGACGUUAUUCACUCUUGAUUUCUAUGCAUUAACCUAAAUGACUACGAGUUGUCGAGUACAGGUGAGAUGGGCCGUUCUAUAAUUUCACUACGCCACGAUAUCUAGCGACAACAGAGUUGCCAAGCACAGAAUCAAUCAAGCACGUACACGUAUAUUGUUAUGUAUUUAUACAUCGUCCGGAGAGUACUAAAAAACCUUAUAUAACCUUGUAAAACCGUGUUUAUUCUUAAACACACAAAAAUAGUAUACUAACCUAUAAUAUAUAUUUAUAUUACUGAAAAUUUACUGGACUCGUUCUUCAGCGGUCUUUCACUCAAAGUCUAGGAGACCAGUGAUUUAUUGAAUCAUAUUGUUUUCAUAAUAUUUUCCAUCGAUAAUUUCACUAAAAUAGAUAUUUCACUAAACGCUACCCUUGCAUUCAACGAAAGAGUCAAAUGUUUGGCGGAUAUACUAUAGAAGCUAUUAUAAUACAUUAUGUAGGCAUAGGCUAUAUCGGCUAAAGAGAUUCGUGAUCAGUUGACCCAUUAUAACAAAAUAAAUAAUUAUAAACGAAUAUUUGAAGGGGAAAGAUUCUUAUCGCUAAUUUAAAAUUUAAAAUAAACAAAUUUGAAAUUAAAACGAUUAUAAAAUAAACUGAUAUUGAUGAUGGGUGUGCCACUGUUGUAGGUGGAAAAUUAUGAAUGAAUUAUACACAAGUUAUUUAGAUUCUAUCUGUAAGCAACGAAAAAUCAUUGCGAACGAAAAACAGUUUUGAGCAAAGUUCGUUCAUACAUGAUUUUUAAAGCUGUAAUAUUUACUAUUUUUUUUCUCAAAUUUUGCUUAGAUUUUCUUCUAAUCUUUAUCUAAAGAUGAAUACAGUCAAUCGAUUUAUACUAUUUAGAUACUAAAUUUGGUUAUAUAGACAGUAAUGUUUACAUUUUAUAAUAAUAUCAUAAGUUCAUAAUUUUGUAGACAAUUAAAUUUUAUAUUAAAAAUUAUUAAUUUAACCGGAUAUUUAUUUUACCUAUGUUAUCUAAAGAUAAAUAGGUAAAGGAUAAUCGCUCAAAUAAUUGAUUAUAUAAAGAUAAUAAAUACGUAAAAAAAUUAAAUUGUCUUGAUAAUUUUAAAAAUAACCGAUAACUCGUCAUUUAGAUGAAAAUAUGAAAUACGUUCAUUAUCUAUCAUAAAACUAAGUGCUAAAGUGCACUAGAUAUUAUGGUACACAUCUAGAUUCCAAAAAAGUUAUGCAAUCGAUGUCAAAACUUGAUAAUUACCUAAUGAAUAAACCGUAUAUUUAUAAUAAGGAAACAUUUUAACUAUUGUUUCCGUUUCAAAACGAUUUAUCAAGAUUACAAAUUAUUUAUCUAGAUAAACGCAUCAAGGCAAUCAAUUAAUUUUCUAAAUUUAUCAAGAUGAUCGAUCGUUAUAUAAUUAUUCAUAAAAAUGAUCAAUUAUUUAUAUAGAUCAAUUUAUUAUAAUGGCUUUUCAUUUACUUAGAUAAAACACAACACUAUAAAUGUUUUUUUUUUAAAUUUUAGUUUGCGCAAUGGAAUAUUGUUUCUUUAUGUCGCGAAAACUUUUUUUAAUAAGAAAAAAAAAUCGUAUUUUCAUACGAUUCAACAAAGCUUUGCAAAAGUAACUAAUGAUUUUAAAUAUAUAAGUCUAAGACAUUUUUGCUCUCUUAUAUAUUGUAUAAGUGACGAGUGAUCUGAUGGUUUUUUGAAAGAUAGUAAAAAUGCGGUUAUAAAAUUAUAUUAAAAUAGACUUUAGUAAGUACACCUAAUGCUACUGCAGUGGAAGUUUUGCAACAUUCGGAUACAUAAUGUAUCAAAUAAAAACUAAAAAUAUUUUAUAAAAUGUUUUCAAACUUUUUCGAUACUUAUCUGUACACAUCAGAGUUUUAAACAGUUUUUUGUUUAUAUAAAUACAUUUUUUUAUUUCAAUAGAAUAAAUUAUAUUUUCAAAAAACAAAAGUAUUACCAAUUAUUUAUUGACAACAGAUAACUAGUUGAUUUUUAAAAUGUUAAAUUAUAUAAUUGUGCAGCUUUUGAAUAAUAAGUCUGUGACAAUUUAAUAGGCACUUAACUUUAUGAAAGUAUAAUCGUAAAGAUAAAAAAGAAAAAUAAUAUUUUGUGUACAAUUAAUGUUUGUUUUACGAUAUAAAAAUUUAAAGAAAAAAAAAAAUACCAAUUUUGUUUAAUGGUAAAACACUUUCAAAAAACGGGUGGAUACUUUUAUCGUUAUUAUUAUAUUUUAAGGAAAAAAAUGAUAUUUGCAAUAAUAAUAAAAAAGAUGAAUUCGUAAAAUGAAAUGUAUGUGAGCCGAUAAAAACGGUCUUUAUUUAUUAUUAUUACUAUUAUUUAAAAAAAGAUUAAAUUUCUUCUACAUCAUUACUGUGUAGCGGUUAUGUGCGGUUUUUGUUUCGACAACCGAGCGCGUUCAAAACAAAAACGAUAGCCUUAUAGUCAAAAAGCACAUCAGCCGUUGUAAUGGAUGGACCAAAGAGGUUAAUGGCAAUAAGAACGAGUGUCGUUUGAUGGAUGUUCUACUCUUUUCACGACGGCUAUUAUUGGUCUUCAGUGCCGAAGAAUCAUGCACCCCAAAUGAUUAAACUUUUUGGUUGGUAAAUAUAGAAGGCAAGUGUAUAUAAGAGGACGAUGAUUUGUAUAACCGUUCAUGUACGGUCCGCAGUGCUUCGCAAACUUUUUAAGUUCGCAUCUUGUUCGCAAAAAAUAUAUAUAUAUAAUUCCACGACCCCUUAAAAACCCUAACUUUCAUCAUAAUUGAGAAACAUCUUUGAUGUACUCUUUAAGUUAUGUAUAAAAGUAAGAGUUUAAAAUUAAAAAUUUAACAAGAAAGGUUUCUUGUUAUUUUUUAAUGUAAACAUAUUUCUAGUAAAAACACAAGUUAUACACAUUUAAAAUAAAGAAAUCGUGACAACACAUUUUUCAGUUUUCAUUUUCGUCUUUUUUGGUACUCCCAGUUUUUAUGAAAACUAACGAACUCUUAGAUGUACUACCAAGAUGAAACUUUCUUCCAGAUAAGGUACUUCACUUAAAAAUCUGAGCAAGAUUUCUGGUAGAAAAGUUGUUCGCAUGUAAAAACUAUAAAAUUAAAAAAAAAUCAUCACUGUAAAACCAUUAAAUUUCUCGCUCGCUCAGAAUCUAAAAUGUGUCUAAUGUAAAAAAAAAAUAUUAUUAUUAUAUACAAUAUUAAUGUGACUUCUGAACGUGCAAUAACGAUUACGAUGAAAACAACUAAUUAAUACUUAAAAUAGUAAACAAACCUGACUGGUUAACUAUCCGGUUAAGUUACUAUAAAAUAGCGAAACGUCAAUUCCAUGUUUCAUUCCGAUCGUAUUUUUAAAUAAUAGUCAGUAGUGCUCGAAUUAAGCAGGGAGUGGACGGAUCCCAACAAUUUUUCAGAAAUGAUCUGAACCGAUUCCAUGUAAUUUACCUAAAUUACAGAGAAAAUGCGAGAAAAACCUGUAAUACAUAUUUUAGGGAUUUUUAGUCUUAAAUAAUUUCUAAAAUAUUUUAGAUUUGAAUGAAUCAUUAUUAUAACUAUUUGAAAUUUUGUUUGCAGCUUGGAAUACAUUUCAAUACUCGUAUAAUUUUUUUCUGUGAUCAACUUUUCCACUAGCAUUUUUGCUCAAAUUUAUAAUGAUAACGAAUUUUUCUAAAAGGAAAUUUGCCUAGAAAGUUACUUUAAAGAGGUUAUUUUUCUAUUUUAUCAAGACUUAUUUUCCCAGCAAAUGUGAAAAAUUGAGACAGUCGGUACAACAUUAAACAAAUAUUAUUAAAGAAAAUAUAUAAAGCUUUUUAAAUAUUUUACUAUAAUAUGACAUCAGUGUAUCCCGUACUUGAAUAGAGCACCGCACUUAAUGCAUGGAACACACUAAGGUUUAAAUAGUAAAAUAAUGUGUGAAAUCGUAUACAAUAAUUGAAUAGCGAAAAUAUAUUAUCAUGAGAUUUUGUUGAGAAAAUCCGUGGUAAGUACCAAUAAUUGUUAUUAUAGCGACAAGCGAAUUUCUUUUGAUAUGGUGAUUAUUUAGUAAUGGUUUUCAUAGAGCCGACGAACACUGUUAAAGGCUGCUAAGUUAACGACGACGCUUUUGCAAGAGUGCUUAUUUAUGCUAUUUGUAUGGUUCAUUUGAGAAAUAAUGCUCGUUUGUCGUGCUAUAUAUAUUUCGGAAAUCGAUUUUGUAUGCAAUUCAGAGUAUCUUGUGCGUAUAGAUGUUAAAGUCGAACAACAUUCAGGUAGAUUACAGGGUAAUCGAUCCAUCAAGAGUCAGUGGUUUUUCUAAACAUGUUAAGUGGUUUUGUGAUUUUUCUAUAAUUAUGGAAUCAUUUAAGCUUAAUUUUAAUACUAUUUCCAAUAUUUUUUUAUUUCUCAUACAUUAAAUAAAUUUCCGUUUAAAUACAAAUUUAAAUAGAAAAUAUAUUUUCGAACAUUUUCAUAUAACUUUAAUAUCGGAAAUAUGAGUUAUGACAACUACAAAUUUAUACCGGAGAAGUAAAGAAGGAUAAUAAAAUUCAUAUCAAUUGUUAUAUGAUAAAAUUAUGAAAACGUUCCCCUAUUAUUCCUCCUGUCUAAAUGUCAAACAGUUGUAACUUAUAAACGGUUAAUCCGAUUUAAGUGUUACGCAUUCUGUGUUAUUGAGUGUUAUAGAUUUUGAGUGGAGCGAAGAAGUUUAUAGUUUUACAAUGUUUUUUUUUAAUAAAUAGGAAAAAACAGGAAAACGUACAAAAUGUAUAGAUAUUAGUUAAAACAUAUUACGGCAUUUUUUUUCUCCAGUGAACAACUUUUCUACUAGCAAUUUAACUCCGAUUUACAAUGAUAGCACUUUUUCAGAAAGGAUAUCGGACUGAGAAAGUACUUUUAGGAGGCCAUUUUUUAAUAUAUCUAAGAUUUUUCCCAAUAAAUGAGAAAAAUUAAAAAAACAUGGGAAAACCGGGAAAUAUGUAGGAAAAACGGUACAAUAUUUAACAAAUAUUAUUAAAGAUAAUAUAUAAUGCAUAUGCGAUUAUUUUUACCGUAAUGUGACAUAUAUAUUGUUAACAAAGUAACACUAUCAACUGAAUUCCGCUCAGAAUCGUUUUUUCGUUCGAAAUGAGUUAUCGUUAUACGUUGAUAUAUAUUCAGUCUUCCCUCUACUACCUUCCCAACUUCUCAAUAACAAUAAUGGCUGCAUCCGUCCUUAUUAUUCUAGAACUGCUUUUUUUAUACAUAUAUUCUAACACAAAUCUAUAUUUAAAAGAUGGUGAGUGAUUGCUAUUUUAGAAUCAAACGUUUUGUCUACAUUUAAGGUAUAAGGGGUAAAGCAAUGUUAAAAAAAAAAAUGUUAAAAUAAAGCCUAAACGGUUCCAUUAGUAUUGAAAAAUAAAUCACACUUUCACUAAAAAUCUUCCGAAAAAAUCGCUGUAUCUCGUAAUAAAUGGUCUACUCUGUAUACGGCAUAGGUGCUCUCGCGGUAUCUCGUGAAAUGAUUGAGAUUGCCAAAUAAAUAUAAUUACGUAUAUAGUCGUAUUAUUAGUACACCGUAAACAACACUCUAGUGAUGCGUAUAUUAUGGUGCGGUGCUCUUGAACCGGGUCCAAAUACGCGAUUUACCGACAAGACCGAAUUUAAUGAGCGUUCUCUAGUAAAUCGAUUUAGAUAUUGUUAAUUAUGAUUAAUUAUUAGAACGUAUAGUUUACGGUGAUAGUUGUAAUAUAUACGCAGCCACGUCUACUCAUACAGUGUGUCUGCGAUUGAUAAUAUACAAUAAAUACCUACCGAUGACGAUAAAGUGAUAACCGAACGAAUGUAGAUUUUUAUUCGAUUACAUUACGAAAUACAAUUAACAUAUGUAAGAUCAGGAUUUAUAUGCAUUUCCUUAUUUUUUGAAAUAUUUAAUAUUCGGUUAGAUUUCAUGAUAUCGCAGCGGAGACUAAAAUCGUGACAAAUGUUGACUUGAUUUUUGAUGAUUUUGAUUUAUUUUUUUUUCCUUCACAUACCUACAUUUUUAUUUUAAACACAUGAUACGCUUUUUGUUUAUGUAAACAAGUUUUCGACCUGAAUAAUUUACCGAUAAUCAACGUCAAGAAUGGUUUCUGGUAGCAAAUUUUAUCUAGUUAGUACAUUGAGGAUAUAUUUUUAUAUUUGAUAUUAUGUAUAUAUAUAUUGUUAAAGAAUACUCGAAAAAAUAAAUCAAAAAGACGGUAAUAUAAGUAUAUGGUACAUAAGUGUAUAACGAUUUUAUCAAAAUUGAUUUUAUAUUUGUUUUCUGUAAUGAAGUAAUAAAUUUCAGUUCUUUUAAUUAGUAAAGCCCUGAAAUUUCUACCAAAUAUCAAUGGCUGCUUAGACGUGGUAAUAUUUUCGAAAUAUUCUGAUAUAUAUUGACUGGAUUGAUACUUUACGGAGGUCAUUUUUUGAUUUUCCUAAGAGUUUUCUCAAUCAAUAGAAAAAACGUGGGAACCAAGAAAUACGUGAGAAAACUUGAAAAUAGCUAUAAUAAUAAACAAAUAUUACUAAAAAAAAUAUAAUAUAAGAAUAUAUAAUGCAUAUGUGAUUAUUUUAAAAUAAUAUGGCAUAUAUAUUGUUGACAAAUCAACACUAUCAACCAAACUCCACUUAGAAUCGUUUUCUGUCAUCAAUGGUUAUUAAGUUACACAUCAAUCGUAAAAAGCACAAUCUUUAUGAAAUGAGGAUAUCAAUCAAAUCUGGUACAUAUUUAAUACUUUUAAGACUUAUUAGUUUAAAAUGCAAUAUAUAUAUUUAUAUAUAUAUAUAUAUAUAUAUAUAUAUAUAUAUAUAUAUAAAUGUUUAUCUAGAUAAAAGAUCCUUAAUCUUUCAUAUUUAUCUGGAUAACUUCUUAUCUUAAUUGUAAUACACAAUUUACCUUCAUUUUGAUAAUACUAUUCUAGCAAAAAAUUAUUUCCUGUUUUAUCAAGGUAUUUCAAAAUGUGUUUUUAAUUUUCAUAAAAAAAACUGGCUUUUAAUAAUAAUUACAGUCAAUGUGUUAUUUUACACACUAUUAUAAGGUUUUAAAGUUCAUUUAGUGGAGAUUACCAGAUAUUCAUUUUUAUUACUUUCAUUUCCUAAUUUUAUUUUACUCGAACACUAAAAAUCUAUGUAUCUUAAUAACUUACGACCAUUCGAAGUUGUAUUGACACUGAUUGAAUUGAACACAACCUUUAUAACCACUAAUGUUCGUGAAAUUUAAAACGCGCAUAACAUCUUUGAAAAUAUUUCCUAACCUUAGAUUUUUUUUCUUUGAAAAAAUUUAUAAUAUUUAUUGUAAUUUAUUGUGCACAGUUAUUUUACUUAUUAAUAAUUAUUAAACUAAUAAAGUUUUGUAAUAUUUGUGAAAAUAAAAUUUAAGUGAAGGACAAUAAUGAAUCCGUUUAAUUAUUUGUGACAAUAGUUUAAAAACCAAGAAUGAAACUCGUAUUAUUUUUAAUCGUUUUUACAGGGCUAAAACAAUUUUAUUCACAUAAUACACUAAAUAUAAAAACCAAAAAAUUCGAAAUAAUAUUUAAACAAAUUAAAUAGCUCAAAUUUUUGGUUUUUAAGGUUACUUUUAACUAAAUUACCAAAAAUAAAAAUAAAACAAGCAAACUGUCAUUGAAUAUAUUUUGAAUUUUCCCGUUUUCCUAAGGGUUUCCUAAAAUAUUAAGAAAUCUAUUAUGAAUCAAAAAAAACCUCCCAAAAAAAAAAAUUGUUAGUAGAGUAUAGGAACAAGAUUUUUUAUUGGUUUUUUUGUUUAUUGACUGAAAAUAGAAAAUACAAACAUCAUAAUAAAACCAAUUAUUUUCUUUACUUUGCUUAAAAUACAAUUUCGUUACAAAUUAUCAACAUGAGAAAAACUCAAUUUUAUCAAAUAUUAUUUGUCGGGACUCGUAAAAAAAUAUACUUCUCGUAAUUAAAACUCAAUACACCUGCCAUUAUUAUUAAUAACCAAUAAUAAUCUAUAUGAAUGAUAUGAUUUUAUUUCCCUAUGAUUAUAGAUAAAAUCGUUGCCAAACGAGCCUUAAUACGAAUUUGUAAACCACAAAUAUAAUAUUAGUUCUUCCACGCAAUUAUUUGAUAUAUAUCUUACCUAUAAUAUAUUACACAUACUCCUGCUAGUGGAAUAUAAAUAAAUCACGUUCAUAAUAACUAUCACAAAUUCAAAUCGCAUCAUGAUGCCUAAUACUUGAUCGUUAAUAAAAUUCACGAUACCACGUAAAAGUUAAUUUUUCCUAUUGGUACACAUCCAAUUGUUUAAUUUAUUGGUGACGGUUUUUCGGCAGUCACUCUCCUUUCUUUAUAUUUACCCCUCACCUGAAAAUCGAAAAGACUCUUUUAUUUUAACAACACGAUAAUAUUAUGUAAAAUCAAUGGUAUGAAGCUUGCUAAUAUACUUGGAUAUUUCCGGAGCCACCUUAUAUCCUAUUCAUUAGAUACUGUUCAACAAACGUGUGUCUUAAUUUUUUGUUUUCGUACCAAAACUUAUCAAAUUCUCAGUAAAACAAACCUACUUUAUAUUACAGAAUACCCAAUGUAAUGUAAAUCUCAAUCUUUGUAACUAAAAUCAGUAGAAAUAGAAAAUCAUUACUUCAACAUUUUCUUUACAACGCGUUUAGUAAAGAAAUAUAUGUAUAUAUGUUAUGAAGGUACCCAUGAACAUAGUUGAGUCACUGUACUACUAACACCGUAGUUUGAAAUUUCAAAUUGUCAUCAACACAAUAUUAUAUAUUGUUUUUAUAGUAUAGUAUAGUAUAGUAUUAUAUAAUAUAAUAAAAUAUAGUAUUUUUGUAUUAAAAAAAACGUAACGGCCAUCCCGGAAAAUUAAAAUCGUGCACAGUGAAACGAUUGCGUACUCGAAACGAUUUCUUUGACAGAAAUUAAUCGACGGAAACGAUAACAGCGUAAUAAUAUUAUAUUGUCAUUUAAACUUCGUGACGCAUCGUAUUACGUUUUUACUCGUUCUAUUUAACCGUCCUCCGCUGUAAUAUCUUUAGAUUUCUUAACGGUUUUCUGUGCUUUAAAGUGUCCGUCUUGUUUAACAGCGGCUCGUCUGUACGCUGAUUCCACAAAACGCAAAAUAUUUUCUUUUACUCGUUUCCUCGCCACCGCUUAUUAUCAGUUUUUCCUUUUUUAUUUAUCGCGCGUCGUAAAACAAUUUAUAAUAAUCUGUCAAUAUAUAAAUUUGUAAGUUGGUAUAUUACCCAGAUAUUUUUGAAAUUGUAUUAUUUUAGUGACUAGUGUAUAAGUUAUUUGAAAUGACAUAAGAUAUACCGAACAAAUUUCGAAAAGGGGUUUGAACCUUCUAAAACUCCAUCAAGUACAGCCUUGGCUAUAGCUUAAUACAAUUUAACUUAACUAUGACUUUGUAAACUAAUAAUUCCAUUUUAGAAUUCACUAUUAAAUUACAACGCACAAGAACAAUUAUUUAAUGAACCGUACCGUCAAUAUCACACACCAUCAGAUAUCGAACAAACACUAAACAAAUAUUAUUUGUAUACGUUAUAGAUAUUUGUAGGUAAUAAAACCGUAUAUUGUUUUUAUUAACUAAUAUACCUACAUAAUAAGUUGUUGUAACCGAACUCGAAAGCCUAUCUAUAUGGCACUACUACAGAUAAACCUGUGUUUUAAUGUUUUAACAAUUACACGUGUUAAGAAAUAAAAAAAAAUUUGACAUUUUUCAAGAUUUAUAGAAUCGAUCUUCGUUGAUUUCGAUAAAACGUGAUGUAUGCCAUACGUAGAUACUCAUAAAAUAGUAUAGUCUGCAAACUUUAAAUAGAUGACAAUAAAAUAAUUUGUAUUUUAUACUGUUGGUGAUAUUUCACAGUAAAUUAUUUAAAAACAUUUCCGCAUAACAAUAUACGAUACCUAUAAUUAUAUAAGUCUCGCUGUUGAAACGCUGAGAAUAUUCGAAGAAUAAACGUGUAAGGGGGGAAAUGAAAUAAAAGCUAAGUGUAAAAGAAGAACCAUUGUGUUCUCUUCGAGCCUAUGUAGUUUGUGGAUUGUUGUUCGACUGUCAAUAUUAUGGUUUUAUUCGUUUUGAAAGAAGGCCAAAAUUGACUUCCGGUUCCCGUAAAUUCCAAUAAUCCGGUUCCGAUUUAGGGACCUUUUAAAUUCACCGCAGAGAAAAAAAUAAUGCGUAGUAUAGCCUCCGUUACCGGAUAUAGAAGCAUAAAAUACACUUCUGCACGACCACUCGAGUCGUUUGGAAAUAUACAGGGUUAUUCGGUCUUUGCGGAUCGGUGAUUUCGAAAAUGUUGACAAUCUCGGUGCAUUUGAUUAAGAGUUUUAAACACAUAGAAUCAGGCCAUAAAUAUUUUGUAUUGCCAAACGCUUCUGUAUAAUGUGAAUGCCAGAAAAUUCUAGAAGUCGAAUUUAAUCAAAACCUUCUUGUACCUACUCAUGGAUAAUCGAAGGUGGUUCGAGUUAAAAAUAUAUCACACACUCACAAACACACCCUGUGCAUUCUCCGAUCCGGAUUUAUUACGCGGAUAACUACUGUAAUAUAAAAACAGACGCAAUUAGUGCAGUAUUUUAGUACUACGUGUCGUACAUUUUCAAUCGAUUCUAAUCGCUUUAUUAUUCUUUAAAAACAAUAAUUUUUAACAUUUCGCAUACGUCGUUUUCGGGUCACCGAUAUCAUAAAGUUUGUUAUCAUAACAUUUUAAACAUACAAAUUUUAUAAUACAUAAAGUCGUCUUCGGUUUAAGGGACACACUCUACACAACGGCUGUACAACAAGUUCAUCGUAUACAAAUAUAAAACUCCCAUAAAAACAUUUCGGUUCCGUUCGAGCAUAUUGUAUAACGAUUCCCACGAGAUAUUUUAUACGCUUAGAAUAAAAUACACAUUCACUGUAAGUUAAUAAGAAAAAUCUACAUUGUAUGGUAUUGGUUUUGCAAAUAUAGUUUUUUUUUUUUUUUUAAUUUAUAAGAUGUUUGUGAACACUUUUUCGGUUAGUAAAAACCCACACCGAAACUUUCACUCUGUAUUUAAAAUUCUGCAAUUUCAUUUAUAUAUACAUAUGAAUAUGAUUUUACUAAAAACCUUAUUUUUUUUUUUUUUUUUUUUUAAUCUGAAAAUCGGGUAUUACAAAUCUACGAUGAAUUGCCGUCUUAAAUUGUUAUCUAGAAACUAGGAUUUAUACAUUAAAAAAUGUUUCAUCCGUCGACUCAUAAUCGAAUUUUAUAAUUUUUUUUCCAAUCUGAAACGUACGCAAUUACACAGACACUUUUCAUCGUUUUUCGUUCAAAGUAAUCUGUUCUAGAGAAUUAUAUAAAAUUAAAGAUUUAUAUUUUCGGUAUAAUUUUAGAAUCUGUGUGUACCAAAGAAGCCAUUAGUUUUACAAAAGUUAGUUUUUUUAUGGAAAAUAUUUUUGUUACUGUUUUCGUGGCAUAAUUUUAAAAAAUUUUUCAUCUGAUAAUUUGGUACUUUAGUUGUAUUUAUUGAAAUUGUCAACAGUUCACUCUCUAUUAGGUCCAUUUAUUGUUGUUAUCUAGAUUACCUUGACAACAAAUGAAAAAACAAGACUUUUACUACUCCGUUUAGAAUCGUUAUUGUCUCGUUUGUAGCCUACCUUGAGCAAUACAGACUUUUCUUUUCUAUAUAAUAUAAUCAUACACACAAUAUACGUAACUAUAUAUAUCUUCCAAAUAUUAUAUUAUCUUAUAUUAUUCCGCAUUUUGCUAAUAAAAUGUAAGGCAGCGUUCGAUAUUUCGCCAUUGUCUCCUGCAUUUGAGAAUUUAACAGUGUAAUCCAAACGGCUAUGUACGCCCUCCGGGUAGCCGUCGUUGCAUCGUCGUGAUACUCUUAUACAUAUAUAGUAGAACGUUCGGAUAUUGUUUUUCGAGAGAAGAUUAACACUGCACACCGCAGGCCACCCGCGGCCCUCUUGGGCUUUCCCUCUUUAUAUAUAAUCAACUCUGACGGUGGCGGUCACUGCACAGCUGAAAAAGCAGUGGCUUCAAAAAUUCGAAAUGAAUUAAAUUAAAUACUAUAGUAAAAUAAACAAUUUUGUUGAACAAUGAUUUGGCGUGCUGGUUGGUUUGUUUUUCACACACGGUAUUACCAAAAUUUUCGAUAAUUCAUACAAGAAGGAAAAAUUGUAUAUACAAACAAAACAAAAAAGAUGAAACAUUUUAAAUAGCUCCAUAAAUAACUCGACAUAAUUUAAAACUAUACUCCGUGUCUAGAAAAAAACCCAAUAAAAUUGUUUCAGUUUUCUUAAUGAAUUAUAAGAAGAAAAAAAAGAACUGAUACUGAGGACGGGUGCAGACAAUAUUGUAGGUGAGAAGUUGGGAAAGUAGGAAACAUAAGGUUAUUCCAUUUAUAUCUGUAAGCAACGAUAAACCAUUGUUUGAUGAAUGACGAUUUCAAACACAGUACGGUUAUAAAAUAAUUUUUGCUAUUUUCGUUUAAAUUUGAUUUUAAAAUGCUUAUUAAAAAAAUAAAAAGUCGUCCAAUGAUUUGGGACAUUUUUUAACGUCUACACUAUUCCAAUUUAAGUAUUAUUACCAAGUUCUAAGUCUCUGCGUGCAUUUAUAACCGAAUUACAGCAAACAAACUCCUAGAAAUUAAAAUUUUUUAAAAGCUCAAAAGUUUUGACAAUGAUACCGUAAGAAAUUAAAUCAAAAGGCAACAAAAAAAGUGUCGUGUGAUUUUUCGAUUAAAUUAUUUUUUCUAGUAAAAAACGACGUCUGUGUUUUUAUAAAAUAAUGAAAUCGUGAUAUUGUACGUUUUCCUACGUUUUUUCCCACUUAAGUUUUUUUAUUUUAAAAAUGGCGUCGAAAAUCAAAAAAUUAUGUUUUAAAGUACCGUUUUGACAACUUGAGUCUUCAGAAAAUUUACUACAUAAAAAAAUCAAAGCAAGUUUACUAAGAAUAAACGUGGUCACAGGCUAUAAAAAAAGAAAGAAAGAAAGAAAAGCAUUGUAAAACCAAUAGUUCACUCGUCAUGCUCGAAAUUCGAAACUAAUUUCAAUUUUAACAAACUGCCAAGUUAGUAUCCUGAAAUAUGAUUGCUGGCAUAGAAUAUAAAAAGAAGAAUUUUUUAAGGAAAUGCUGAAGAUUGGAAGCAAGUGGAAAAUGACGGAAGAGACCACAACCUUCGAGGAGGGGAUACAAAAGAUGAUUCCUAUGCGUAAAUGUACUAAACGAUCCAUCUUUUUAUCAUCAUACAAGCGAUACUAAAAAAUAUUGUAAUUUAUUCGAUAUGAAUUAUUUAAUUCUAGGCAAUUUAGCUAACGAGAAUUUUAUAAACGCUGCCGCAGUCGAUUUACAAUUCCAAUCAGUUAGGUCUACGAAAAAAUGUCUCGAACGUAAUAUUAUAAUCUGCGAAUGAAAUGUGUCCAAAUUAUUGACAGUAUAAGCAAUUCUCCCCAAAAUACCAUAUAUUCAUAAUGAUAAAUGUUUAAUUAUCGGAUCCGUUAAAAUUCUAAAAAAUUAAAAAUUCCGCGAAUAUUCAAAUAUGUAUCGUACAGCGUGAUUUAUUCAUCAUGAUCCCGAGAUCUCCUUAUUCGGUACUUACAUAGUUAAUACAUGUCAACUAUUAAUUUUCAAAUAACAACCAUCUUACCCUUUUCAACACGGAUUCGAAAAGAGAGUAGUUGUCUAAAUGUUGAAACAUACGUCUCGAACCAAUCUGGGAAAAAUAUCUGAUAUUUUUAUCUAAAUAAAAUAUAAUGAUAACCGUUGAAUAUUUAUCUUAGAUAGUUAUAAUAGAUGACGUUUAGUAGUCUAGAUAACAUAAAAAUAUAGUAUUAAAAUAAUUCAAAAAAGGUUUGAAGGGGAAAAAUUCAGAUUCAAAGUAUUAUUAUUUAAUACGUAGAUGAUAGAUGCUAAGUAUCUUAGAGGAUUUUAUCUGGGGUCCUAAUUUCGAAUUGUAGGUAAAAAAAAACUAAGACCAAAGUGUAGGUCAUCAACCGUAAUUUAGAUUAAUUAAUAAAGAUAAUUAAUGUUUGUAGCAUAAAAUAUGCUAAAAAUUAUGAUUUUUAAUCGGAAAAAAUGUGUUCAUCUUGUAUUGAAUUAAAUUAUAAUUUUACGCCAUAAACAUUUUCCUACGAUUUUCGAUAUUUGUAUCACUAAAAGGAAAAUCGAUACUUUAAAUAUAUCUAUAAAUAGGCAGAAAAUUUGAAAAACUUCUCGUUGAACUCACUCGAUCGCAUAGAUACAUAUUCAUUAUUCUAGGAGAUAAAUGAUUCAAUAAAACAUUAUCUUUGAUCUUCAUGUUUUAUUAGAAAAAAGAAAACUAUUUUGUUUUAACGUGCUCUGUGAACCAAAAUAUUUUAGUUUAUCUUCAGUAGUUUCUUAUAAAAAAUUCUACAUUACACUCAAUAUUUUUUUUUGACUACCAAGUACUACCCAUAGUGAACCUCUUUUUAAAUUUCGUAGCAUUUCUGUUUGAUCUAACAAUCUAACAAUUUAAUACACAGAGUACCAAAAAAUUAAAAGUGACUUUCGCGAUCAAUUUUUCUAGUAUACAAGUUUUUUAUGAAUAAGAUGUUUUUGUUUUUUUUUUUUUUGAAAUCACACAAUCGUUAACUAUGGAGAAAUAUUUAACUAUUCGUAAAAUAAAUAACCCCCCGAUCGUUUUCCAGGUUCAAUACCUGUGGUGAGUAUGAAAUAUGAUUAUAUGAAUAUGGUUAAUGGUGAUUUUUAAGAAAAACAACUUUUAUGUUUUAACUUAACUUAGAUAUUAUUUUCCUGAAAAUGUGCGACUAUUAUCUUUGUACCUGAAAAUCUUUUUAAUUUAAAAUUAAUUUUAACUCGGCUUCGUUAUUUUUUAUUUGGGGAAUAAAUUAACUUAAACUAGUUAAACAAAUUAGGUAAUUUAUAUGUCUGACUUUGAAUUUAUUCCCUUGGGAAAAAAAGAAAAUCACGAACUAUAACCUUCUCUUCUUUAGAGAUCUCUGUAAAUUAUAAUAUUGUUUUAAACUCGAAUAGUAAUAUAAUUGUAAUUACUAUCGGAAAACGAUUUACAAUUUUGAAUUCGCCCAAUUACACGGGUACCAACUUUUCGCCGGUUGCAAUAAAAUACAUUUUACUGCAGCUGGCUGUAGGUAUAUGGUGAAUAAUAUUAUUGUCUGCCGACGAAAUGUUAAAUUAUUUGAAUUUACCGCGCAAUAAUAGUGGGUAUACGUACAAAUCCCGCAAUAUUGAAAAAUAAUUUGGUUUUAUAACACGGUUACACAGUAUCUCAACCGUACCACGCUAUUUGAAUAUUUUAUUACAUUAACAUGCGGCAUUUAUGACAUUUAUUUAUCGCGUAUGAGUACAGUAAUAAUGAUUUCCAACAUUUUAUUUUAUAAUUCGAUUUGUAUAUGUUUUAUACAUAUACAUGCACACGACAUAUUAUUUGAUUCACCUCGAACCGCGAGCUUCACAUAAAAAUAUAUCAGAGAAUAACAAUAAAAUAUUUUUCACUGGUUUAUUCUAUUAAUGAUCUUCAUUCUUAUAGUUUUCCAGUCUACCGAUUAGUAUUGCCUUCUUACAAUUCUUCUCCAUUCCAUUCUUUUCAUCACCUUCACCUUCGCCCAAACUAUUUGGGUUUGAUAACUCUCGUGCUCAACGUCCACAUAAUCUGAUUAUUAAUCAGAAAACCGUUUUUCGUUAGCAAAUGUUAAUCAUUGCGUACUGAUGUACAUUCAAUUUCCCGUCUAUCUUCCCAACUUCUCACCUACAACAGUGGCCCACCCACGUAGAAAGUAUGUCCUUUUUAUGAGUGUAAUGUUUAUCUUCUUUGAUUCUAUUGAAUUUGUCUUUUUUUUUUCAACUGUAAAAUGCAGUGUUCACUAUUCUAUUUUAUUCCUUGAUUCUUAAAUUGAGCCAUUGAGGUGAUAUUGAAAUGUUUUUUUUUCUUUGCUACCCCCUACUUUUCAAAAUAAAAUAAAAUGUCUGACUAAAGGCAUAAUCAUCUUUUCACAUAUUAUACGUUUUACGAAAACGGGCCUCGAUUGAAAUUUGAUUCUUGGUAAAAAUAUUUAAUAUACAUACAGGGACAUAAUUUUACACCAUCUAGAUUAAGGCCCACCAACAAAAGUAAAAUACUGUAUAAAUGCUUCCCAUGAGCUUUAACCAAAUAAUUACUCAAUAAUCUAUUGAGUAUUAUGCUGUAAGAAUUUAAGAUUCUUACAUUUAAAUUUCUAUUGUAAACUAUAUUUUGAUUAGUUGUGGGCACAUCGAAGGUUGACGAUAAAAUAACAUUAAUAUUUUAAUAGCUAUUUUACCAGUGGCGUAUAUAGAAAUUAUUUUCACUAUAGACCAAUCUACCACCAACAAAGCUACUUUUGGGGGGAGGGGGGAUGGUGCCGUAUGGUUUUACUAUAACAUAUGUAAAUAAUUCAAAUAGAGGAAUUACAGUUUUAAAUGCUUAUUUAUUAUAACAUUAUAACACAAUAAAUUUAGCAUUUUGUACACAGUAGGUAGACUUAAAAUGUUUUCGAGAAAUCCACAUGGAAACAUUUAGAGGAUUCAUUAUUUAAAUAUUAUAUUAUUUUUCUUUUUUGUUUUGAAUACAAAUAUUAACAAAUCCUUCAAUAGUUAGACUUUAGAGGUAAGUAAGUUAUAAUGAUCAUCAACACAAGGCUUGACAAUCUAAAGUUUCCUUGUUGAUUUCUCAAAAACGUUGUAAGUUUUUUGAGUAUUUGUAACGAACAUACCUAUUCACCGAUAAACAUCUACAUAGCAUCACAUGUUACACAUAGUACUUCUGUUGGUUGAUUUACACACGUCGAGUGCGUGUGGUAUACGUUAACUAUGUACUAUCAGUACAUUUCCAAAUUUACUAAGUUACCUACAUCACGAAACUUCCUUGCUUCACCCUAAAGCAAUAUGCAUGAAAUUGUUCAAUUGAAUCUGAAAUUUCACUACGGACUCGGACCUAAGGCCACCUCUCCUAAAUACACCACUGCAAUGUAUCCGUGUUAUAUAAUGCAAAUGUAUUGAUAAUGAUAACAAUCCGAUAUGCAACGGCGAAAUAUUGUAAUUAAGUUUUUAAAAAUAUCGUUGAGUGCUGUAUACAGUGCUUUCAACCGCCAUAUAAAAAUGUGAAUAUCCUUAUGUACCACAACCGGUCGUAUAUAUUAUAUUAACGAUACGAGUCAAAAAAUUAAAGAUACGAGCGCUUAUGAAAAGAAUUCGCUUAUAUGAAAAAAAAUGACCUUAAUUUUUUUUGAAAAUAGCCUGAUAUAUUGUUUUUAAUUGAAUACUCAUGAAGAAUUAAGAAACAAUGAUAAUUUGAAUAUAUUGCCGUUUAAAGUUGUCAAACCUAACCCAACUUAACUUAAUAAAAUAUGUUAAACUUUUUAUUUCUUCCUUUAUGGUCGGGCAUACACCGCCUACGAAGUUUGCCCUUACAGCACGCUACAGCCUGUGCAUAUAGAUUUAAAUAUAAUUAUCUCAAAAUACAUCAAGUAUUAUCAAAUCCAGUAGAAUGCACCAUCUAAAUGACUAUAAUAAUGACUUUUAUUUACGAUUUUUAACUAUCUCCCUUAUUGCUCGUAUUUUGUAUUUUACUAAACGCCACCGUGUGUGUGCAGUUUCGUCCGAUUUAAAACGAAAUUAUAUAUUUUAAAUAUUUUAUGUAUGAAAAUCACGCGUACGACGAGUUUACGUGCGAUUCACUGUAAAAUUGCUUAACCGAUUUUGAUAAGAUAAUGCCCAACGGGUUUCAUUUGCUCCAACUUUAAUGAUAGUCUUCAUCUCGAUUAAUGACAUACAAGGGGAUGACAGGUUCUUAGGUAUUUUCGGUAUAAAAAUUAAAUUAUUUUUGUUGAAUUGUGGGUUACUUUAGUUGCACGGAUAGAAUGAAAAACAAUAAAUAAUAAACAGAAAUAAAAAUGUCAUAACAACUAUAACAACGUAAAAUAACGAGUCAAUCUGACGCCUGACGGUCUAUUAUUGGCUUGAACAGCCAACUUGACAACAUGGAUGAAAAAAAUAAUAAAUAACUAUGUUAACGCUGUACAGGGUGGGUAAGUGAAAACACAUACAACGUCAUCUUUGAAUCUUUGUACUUUUUGGUAAACAAUAUACUACCGUAUAGUGUACCACGUAAUAAUUUAUAAGUGUUAUUAUAGUGGAUGUGUGUGUAGUUCAAUCAUCCCUGUGCUGGGCGGGUAUCUAUGGUAACACCCACUUUCUACCUAUUUUUUUUUCGUUCUAUAUACUGAUACGUGCAAAGCAAAACGAGAAUAAUGGUAAAAAUAAUGAAAAAUUGGCACGGACAUCGCCGAGCGUGGGACUAGCUGUCCCACGUAUUAUUAUACGAAUUGCGUUAUCAUAAACACAAUAUUUAUAUCGCUCGGUUUGGUUGUUCAAUUUGAAACCAUUCAAAUUUCGACCUCUACUUGUAAAUUUUCAUUAUAUUUUGAUAACUUACAUACAUUUGAAUUUUAAUUACAAAUAUUUGCUGAAAAUAUAUACGAUACGACGUGUCACGGGUUAAAGUUGUUGAAAUAAAUCGUAUGAAAAAAGCGCGUGAAUAAAAUCAAAUAUUGUCCAUCAAUCGGGUCAGACGAUUUUCAGGUUUCGGGUUUGAUUGAUAAUCCCGGUAAAAAUUGUAAUCAUUUAAAUUUUAAUAUAGGUUUUUUACCGUUAUUAACUGGCAUUAAACACCUGUUUCAGUUCAAUCCCUAAUAAAAUUAUAAUAUGAUACAUUUUUCGUAAUUCAUUCUCUAAUACCAAUGUUUUAUUUUUAUCGUAAAACAACAAAAUCAUAUUUACUAAUGCAAUUAGUGAAGAGCGUGCAGUUCUCAAUUUCACUAAAGUUUGUUGAUCCUCUUAUUAUUUUACCAAAACGUCACAGAAUCAUUACUGGCCCACCAGUACUAUAAUUAUAGGGGGAUUGUAUUUUUUUUCUUCUUAAAAUUAAUUUAACUCAUAUUUUUCCGAACGACCAAGAUAAAUAAAUGUUUUGCUUUACAUUAUCAUGAUGAAACUAUAUCGUUAUAACUUAUAUUUUAUGGUUUCGAUUUUUUACUUAGGUUAUAAACCGAUAAUGUCGAAUUCUGAUGAUGAACGCACGGAUUUUAAUGUUGACCCCAAUUGUUUUCAUUUUAAUCUCAUUCUUGACCUCGUUAAAUCUCUCCAUGCUUCAUCAUUUCUUCGGUAUUGCUCUACAUCCCUUCAUGCCUCCUUUAUAGUCCUUUUGUUUUUUGAAAUUCCUCUUCUCUACCUUCCAUCAUGACAUACUGGUGACUUUCUCCUUCUCACAGCGCGCCCAUUGCCCGCUUACAAUCUCAAACUGUUAUCUCUUUUUUGUCCAUUAACAUCCGAUAAUAAUAAUAAUAAUAAUAAUGUUUUUUGAUUAUAGCACCGGACGUCGUUUUCCAAGUUCAACGUAAACAGCUGUUUGGAACCGUCGGCCAUAUUCCAGACGAUUCAGCCCACCCACCGAGCUCUGCAAAUCCGACCACGGCAAAAUUCCAUGUUUGCGGGUGGUGGGGCUCUGCCGGGUGCCUGCGGACCACCUGUGUCCAGCCACUGUACGCUAAUGGCCGGUCGGCCACGGAAGGCCAAGUCGGCGGCCGACAUUAAAUCGCUGGUUCAGCACGAGUGCAGUCCCGCCAGGACCAGUCGGUCCAUGUUGCCUAUGACGAUCGGAGCAGCCGCAGUCGCGGCGGUGGCCGAACGUCGCGUGUCGUGCGCGGCCCCAAUGACCAUGUCGUCGUUUGGAGGUUAUGGCGGCGGUGGAGGUGGAACCGGCAGUGGUUACGGUACUCUGAUGGUGGCUGCAGUCAAGGAACGCCGAUCGUGCAGCCUGUUUCCGUCGCCUGGUGCUGAGAAACGGUUGUUCACGACGUCCGCGUCUACCACCACGCCACCAGCCCCAUGCCUGUGUGACGUCCCAUUUGGUGGCCAAUCGUCGUCGUCACUGUGGACGUCGGCUAGACGAGACUUUCUCAUGACACCAUCCACGUCACUGGGUGGCGGCACAAGUUUCGGUAGUAGUGGCGUCGGUGGCGGACGGCGCACCUCGUGUGGCAUGGACCAUCUGUGUCCCACGUCCAUUACGCUAAAAGACCGUCGGCCGUCGUUCAACAACGUCAUCGCUCAGGUAACGGCCGAACGGCGGCCGUCGUCCAGCAUGCUCAGAAUCAGCAACGUCUAGUCUGCGGACAGUAGACAGUGGUGGACAGCGAUUCUGAUGAUCGAUUGUACUCACGGAUUUUGUUUGGUUUAUUUAAUUGUUACUGUUUCUGUUCUGAGACGCUCGGGAAGUUUCACUGACCAAGGUAUUUGUAACGGUGGACAUCGUACGUCGAUAAACCUAAACCGUUCAAUCCGUCCGCAGCGAAUUCGUAUACCUUUCAAACAUUUUAUUAACCUUAAUAAUAUUUUCACAGGUUGAACAGACGGUUCACACUACUUAAACGUUUCGAAUAAUCUCAUCAGAUAGGGCGAAACCGAAGUAUUGUCGCGUGUAGGAUUGUAUCUAGUUAACUAUUUUACUGAUACUCAUAUUAUGAC